AUGCUUAUAAAAGAGUAUCGCAUUCCACUUCCGAUGAGUGUGGAUGAAUAUAGGAUUGCCCAGCUGUACAUGAUACAGGUUGGUUCACACAAUUGUUGACAUGCUGUCCCAGAAUAACAGAUUGUAUGGUAAAACCAUAAAUGGCGCAAAUUUUCUUUGAGCCAGUGUGUAAUCAGAGGAAUGCCAGCUUCUGAGGUACGCAGAAAUCUCUCUUACCUCUUGGCGAGGGUGAUUAACUGAGUGCAUAAAUUGAUGAAUGACUUUAAAAAUAACCCAUGAAAGUGGCAUGUUUAGCACACAGUUUCUCAUGGAGUCUUGUUCGUUUUUGCGUGGCUUCACCCAAAUAUGCUUUUUUUAAAAAAAUCUCUUCCCAGUUUCUAUAAGAUGUUUAAAUAUGUUUUGAAAUGUUUAAAUGCUGCUAAGCAGGGAGAAAGUGAUGCUACAGAGAGGAAGCUAUGAAAAAAAUAACGGGAGGCUCACAAACUUGUAAAGCGAGAAGGUGGGGAGAGGGACAGACUCAGUAGCUUGUGUGGGUAGGGAUAGAUCAAUCAGUUUAUUUCCAUCCUGUGUCAUUUCCUCCUGUAUAAAAACUGGUCUGUGCCAUCCCAGAUAUGUAUAUAUUAAAAAAUAAUAGAACAAAAUCAUAGAGUUGGACGUGACCCUGAGGGUCAUCUAGUCGACCCCCCUGCAAUGCAGGAAUAUGCAGCUCUCCCUUACAGGGAUCAGACCUGCAACUUUGGUGUUAACAGCACCACAUAGUUCUACAAAAAUUUAAAAUCAUAUACUGGUGAGGUGUCCAAGGACUACCCUCCUUCUUUUCUAACAUUUAGCACCUGCUUGGAUUUGCUGGUAACUUCACUGUGUCCAUGCAGUCAAGAAAUAUUUUUAAAUGGUCCCAUGAAGUGGUUUGUUUCCAGACACAAUUCAAAGUGCUGGUUAUGAUCUUUUAUGGCUUAGAUCUAAGCUAUCGGAAAGACUGUAUUCCCUCGUUCUCAGACUUUGAAAUCUUUGGGAGAGGUCCUUCUAUUGGCCCCGUCACCCUCACAGGCACACUUGGUGGGGACACAAGAGAGGGCCUUCUUAGUGUUUGCUCUCAGACUUUCAAACUCCCGCCCUAGAGAAGUUAGAUUGGUUCCCUCCUUGCUGUCUUUCAGCUGGCAGGCUUUUCAAGAUGGACUGCUGUUAAUGAGGGGCCUGGUGCUGUGAGUGAGUGUAAAUCAUUGUUCCCUCCCAUAUUUUUAACUGUCCUUUUAUCUGUAAGUUGCCUUGAGUCCCUGUCAGGGAGAAAGGUGGGGUAUAAAUAAAUAUAGAAAAAUAGUAACGGUUAUAAUGUGCAGUCCCUUCCUGAGGAGAAAAAGUUGGCUGCCCCCCUCUGCCUGUAGGGACAAAAAAAAAUUCCAUGCAAUGUCCUUGUAAAAAUCAUUUUGGUGGUUGGAUUUGACUGGCUUGCAGCAUGCCAGUUGGCUAAUAGCUAUGCACAUGUUGUUAUAGACCUUUGUAAGGCUAAUCCUAGCCUUAGGCAUACUUAAGGCUUGUUUGCACAAUUAAAAUUUAGAGGUUAUUAUCCUGAGGUAGCGCCUUCUGCCGACACAAACCACUAAUUCUGGGGUGUUCCAGUUACACAGCCUUUCUGAUUACCUUGCGUUAUUUAGUUGCCUGUCUUUCUUCAUGCAAUUAUGAGAAUUCCACCCACACAAAUUUCAGCUGCCAGUGUUCACAUGAGCCUUAAUUUGGGCUUGGAGAGAAACAAGGCCAGAGCCUCCUGAUAUUUCCCUGAAGUGGACUGCAGUCCACAAAAUGUUAUGCUACAGUGAAAUUUAUUGGUCUUUAAGGUGCCACAAGGCUUUUUAGCUUUGUUUGCUGCAGCAGACUCACACACUACUGGAAAUCCGCUUACCUUUCUUGAGGUGUGGCGGCAUUGUGGCCAGUGACCCCUCUCCCAAUGCAUCCCAAUGUGGCUGCCUCUGCCAGACGAUCCUGGCCGUUAGGGUGCCAGAAAGGUUCGCACAUGGCAGGAGGUUUGAAUGUAGCCUGCCUGCCAAAGUGGCAAAUGGCAGGCAGGCUUAGGGGUGGGCAUUCCUGGAGGGGCGGAACUGACUGAGCUGCAGGCUUCACUCAGGUCCACUCUUCGGGUAUUUAAACAAGUCUGCCUUGGCACAGAGUUUGUCAUUAGAUUUUCCACCCACCCUCCCUUUGUAUUCUGCUCUCUAUAUUUGUCAAUUUGUGUAUGUUUUUGACCUUGCUGUGGACUAAGUUAGUUGCUGUAUUCAGGGCUGGGUAGGAAUUUCCCCCUCAGAGUAAUAGGCACUUUCUGAGGCUUUAGCCUACCUCAUCGCAGUUGUCACAGCUGUGGGCAAUUUUAGGCAUUGGGUAAGCCUUAGUCAUGGUUGGAGGGGAGGUUACAAGCCUCUGCCUUCUACUCCAAGAGUAGGGGUGUCCCGUUAAAGGGAUCCUGGAGGAGGUGCUUCUGUCCAGAUGCCCAGGUAGUGGCUAAGGCAGUAGUCCUAAUAACCUCAAGGUGGUGAUCAAGGGGCUCAGAUUAUGAUUGCUGGGUCCGGUACUUUUCAUGUGGGGAGAAGCAGCCCUUGAAGUAUUGGGAUCCUGAGCUGCAUAAGUUGUUUUCGGUCAAAACCAGUACUUUGAAUUUAGCCUAGAAACUAAUUGAUAGCCAGUGCAGUCAUCUUAGAAUUAGUGUUAUAUGCUCAGACUGUUCUGCCCCAAUCCAUAAUCUGGCUGCUGAAUUCUGCACCUGCAGAAGUUUCUGAAACAUCUUCAAAGUUGCACUAUGUAUAACACAUUACAGCAGUCUAGCCUAGACAAUACCAGAGCAUAUACUUUUAGACUGUCUCUGUCCCUAUAGGGCAGGCUUCCUCAAUCUUGGCCCUCCAGAUGUUUUUGGCCUACAACUCCCAUGAUCCCUAGCUAGCAGGACCAGUGGUCAGGGAUGAUGGGAAUUGUAGUCUCAAAACAUGUGGAGGACUGAGGUUGAGGAAGCCUGUUAUAGGGGAUCAGCUGAGCCACCAGGCAAAGCUUAUGGAAGGCACUCUGCUGCUGAGGCCACUUGAGCCUUAGAGACAAUAAUGGAUCCAGAGGUAUUCCUAAGCGUCUCCUUCUCCUGCAGAAGGUGUGUAAUGCCAUCCAUAGUAGUCCACAUCUGCACCAUCUGGUCUAGGAAACCACCCACUAACAGUGUCUCAGUCAUUUCUGAAUUAGGCUUCAGUUUAUUGGCCCUCAUGCAUUCCAUAACCAAGGCAAAACAUCAAUCUAGCACAUCCACUGACACACUUGCACAUGUAAAGAAGUGUCACCAGCAUUUUUGCUGACAGCGUACUCAAAAACUGCUAAUGAUUCCACUCAUAGAUAGAUAUAAACACCAUGGGAGAUAGUAAUGAAUCCUGUGAGACCCCACAUUGAAGGCACAUGGGGCUAGGCACAAGCCCUGUCAUCUGAAAAUGACCGGAACUACCACAAAGCAGUGCUGUCCACCCUAACUCAGACAGCCAUUCCAGAAGAAAACCAUGGUCAAUGGUACUGAAAGCUGCUGAGAGAUCAAGGAGAAUUAAAAAGGGCAAAUACACACCCUGCCUCUCUCCCAACAGAGAUCAUCAUACAGGGUGACCAAGGCAGCUUCCAUGCCCAAACUGAGUCAAAACUCCGACAGAAAUGGAUCUAAAAAACAGUUGUCCAAGCAGGGGAAAUUAGCAGCUGGCUGGUAAUUACUUAGAUUUUCUGAAUCCAGGAAGGAUUUCUUAAGGAGUGGUCUUACCACUGCCUCUUUUAAGCUGGAAGGAGCCACCGCCUUACAAUAAUCACCUCCCUUGCUCAGCCGGCUGUCCUCUCUGUGCUAGUUUUUUCAGCUCUGAGGUUCAAAGGUCAAGAGCACCGGUGGUUCCUCAGGUCAAACCAAACACCUUUUCCAUGCCCUCAGGCCUUACUAACUCAUAUAACACAGCAGGACUAGACAGUGCUUUGGACACCUCUUGAAACUCAUCUGCUAGAGUAGUAGAGACAAGUUCAGGGGAUGUAGGCAAUUUUUUUCUUCAAAAUGCAUUGUUAACCAAGUUCCUUGGGGCCUUUCCCUUGAAGUACUUCAUGGUAAUGUGUGCUUGGAUUUUAUCUGAACAGCGCUGGAAGCCAAGAGAAAUACCGUAAUGUUCCUGUGCUGCUUCUGGUUUAAAUUUAAAAUAGUAUGUUGUAAGUGCACAAUGGGUGGAGGGCCAUAAAGAAGUAUGGAAUUGGUCCUCUGUUCUGUAUCACUUUGCUGUUUCUGUUCUAGAGGGUGUGUGCAAUGAAUCAUCUUGUGUCUCUCACUUUCAUGCAUCGUUUCUCCUCCUGGAAUCCCCUGCUGAGGUUUCAAGUGCCCAAAAGCUGAGCCUGGAUUAAUUGUAACCUGUGAAGUGCUUGUCACUGCCCUCCCCCACCACUCCCCAAUUCUUUUCCCCUAGAGCUUUCAUCACCUUGGCUGCCUGUUGUCCUGGUGGUUUGGCAUUCUGCAAUGAACACAUAACAGCUUCCAUCAAUUAGAAUUAAUUUUACAUUACUGCAGUGGACUUAAUGUACCCUGGAUUUGCUUGCAGAUCAGCAGAUGUGAACUUGACUUUGUUGUCUUUAUUAGAUUUUAGACUCCAUCAAUACCAACGUUUUCCCAUCAGGUGCCUUCUUAGUACAAAUGCAGUGUUAGAGAAUUCGGUUUGGUAGCAUUUUCACCCUCAUUUUCAGUGGAGCAUUAUGGGCACUUGUUUGUGGUUUAUUGUUUUCUUAACUUAUAAGCCACACUUGGAAACUGAAUUUGAACUUUAAGACAGUUUAUAAUUUAAAACAGUAUUAAAUACCAGAAUAGUUAAAAUACUAAAAUUACUAAAUAAAACACAAUAAAUUAAAAAAUAGAACCAGUAACAGAGUGAAAUAUUUAAAUUAACCAAGAGCUUGUAAAAGAAGAAUGAGCUUCCCCUACUGCCACACUGCUGAUGCUUUAGAAUUGUAAAAAGGAGUAGUUUAUAAUGCAGUUGUAUGUGAGAUUCCCUUUUCAUCAUUUAUUUUCAUGGGAAGAAAGGGGAUGCCUUCGUCAGGAAGCAGGAAUAGCCUUUGUUUCAUCCAAGGUGGUCGGGCACACAAUGCCGUUUGUUCAUCACUUCCUCUUACCUUCCAGUUGAAGGCAGCCCUUUGGGUACAAUCCAUUUCUAAUACUGUCACUCAGAGAUGUGAGAACAGAGUGAUUCUGCCUAUCUGCAAAUGUCAGCUUUCAAACAGCAACAAGAAGUGCAGGGUGCAUGUUGUUAGUCUUGCCUUUUCUUCUCUUUUCUGUCUUUAUGAUCACUUUAUCAUGGCACUCAUUGUAGCUGCUAUGAAUCUAAAAAUGGUUUAUUAUUUUUGUGGGGUUUUAAUUUUUUUUUUCCAUUUUCACAUUCUACAAAUAUUUUAACAAAACAAGAAAAAACCCACAAAAUCUCAACAAAAUUAGUCUGCAUUUCUUUCGACUUCCCUCCCCUCCUUUCUGCAGUUACUUAGUUUGUAUAUUUUUAUUACUGCAUAUCCAAUUCAAAGCUGUUUACUAUUUCCCCCUUACGUUCUCAUUUAAUUAAUUCUUACUGCAUGAGUUUAUGUCAAUCCUGCUAAUGUUUUAAGAUAUUUACAACAUAUCUUCAGAUAAUCAAUAAAUUUUCCCCGUUAGAUUUUUGUGGGUACUUGGCAAGAAGGCCUUAACUGUGUUGGGGAGAUAGUGGUGGAAGCAGUAUGUGUGCCCAGCCUUCAUUGUUCCUGGCAACUGUAUGGAUUGGCACAGCAGCGCUGCUUGAAGCAUCGUCUGUGUGUUUGCCACAGAGACUGGGCAUAUUUAAACAGUAUUAUCUCAUGCCUUCAGUGGAGGUGCCCACGAAGAAACAUGGGAUAGUUGCCUCUCUGGAGUGGGUGUCUUCAAGCCCUCUGUACAUUUGGCCAAUUACUCUUUUUCCUUUGCCUCUUUUAGAAUCAACCUUUUAGGACAUUGUACCCAAAUUUUGCAUGAUAGUUCUUGAUAUUAAGGAGCAGGGUUUUCUCUCUCUCUUAAGUUUGAUACAGUUGGAUGCGAUUUUGAAUUAAGAUAGACUGAACAUUUCUGUUAUGUAGACUCUGAGUAUAUUUCAAUUUCAAAACUGUUCUAAUUUUAACCACUGAUUUCAAAACUGCACCAGCUUUUUUCUCAUGUAAUGGGCAGAAGCUUCCUAGUAGUUCAUAUUAGCCCCUCCCCUUUUAAAGAGCAUUACCUUAUAAGUUAAAGCCUCUUCUAAUUGAUAUCCUAGGAAACAGAUGAGCUGUUUCUCCAGGACCCAUUUCUAGUCCUUAUGUACCUACUGUGAGAAAGUGGUGGAAUCAUGAUUGAUGGAGUGUUCCUCUUUUGUAACAGCUUAAGUUGGAAGGAGGGAAUACAUGGAGGCAGUUUCUUUCAAGUCUUUCGCAUAAAACAUUUUGCAUUCUUCAAAGAGUAGAAUGGACCUGAGCAUGCUUCAGGUUUUAUUUGUUGCUACUCCAGACACUAACAAACUCCAAAGUUGUCUGGGCCCAAGGAGGCCAUGCUCUAAAUGUCCAGCUACUUCCAAAGUUUGCAUCCCCUUCCAUAAUAUCUCAUAGCCUAGUAUUUUCAUGAUAUUCUGCAUUUUUCUGCCCUUGCUCCACACAGUUGGAUGCCAGUGCCUACAGAGUGGGAAAACCUGAGGCAGUGUAAGGUCAGGACAUGAAACAAAUUCUACUAACUAGGUGUGACCAAUGCAGCAGCAUACAAACAUUUUUGGAUUUCAACUCCUUUCAGUCCCAGCCAGCACAGUCAAUGACCAACAUCACUUGGAGAUAGGGAUGGGGGACACAUACAAUUCAUUGUGCAUUCAAAGCUAGAUUUAUCAAGCAUUCACUUUUCAAAACAAUAUGAAAAUUGAAACACAAUCACCCUUCAAAAUUUGCACUUUUUCAAAUUUUUUGAUGCAUUUUUCCAACCAAACAAUGCUUACAAAAGUGCAUGUAUAGGGGAAAAUGUGCUUGGAAAUGAAUAAAUGAGUGGGGGAAAGCAUAUUAGGAGAUAUCUCUUUCAAAAUGUGUUCUUCAGACUAAAUUUUAUUUAUUAGGAGAAUUUUUAUGAGGAUUCUUUUUUAAGUUCACAAAUUGCUACAUAAAUCUGGAGAACUGAAUGUAAGGUCGGAGAAAUGAGAAAUGAGAAAUGGAGAGAAUUGAAAUUGGCUGAUCUAUCUAUCUAGAGGGUUCUAUGUUAGUUUUCCCUGUAUUUGACAAGGGGCGGGGAGCAGGACACACAAUUGUCAUUUCCUGUGGUAACAGCAUGUUAAGGGGAUAAUGGCUAACAUUUGCUUUCUCCCUCUGUCUCCUUCCCAUCUUUAUUCCUAUAAUGACGGCUAUGUUGUUAUCAACCUAUUCCAGUCAUAAUUGUGGUAACAACAAUGGCAAAAGCCACGGGUGAGAUGUGGCUAAGUUUGAAAGCUUUUACUUGGCUAAUGGAUGCACUUACUUCAUCUUUGUAUUUAGACAUUUAAUGCAUCCCACCAGCAGCAGCCCAGACUGCCAGUGUCCUGAUACAAACUAAAUUGCAGCAAAAUGCAUUACAAAGUAAUAUAUUUUAAAAUAGGUAUUAAAACUGUGGUGGAGAGAUAGCUCAGUUGACAGAGCAUGAGGCCCUCAAUCUCAGGGUCGUGGGUUCAAGCCCUACGUUGGGCAAAAGAUUCCCACAUCGCAAGGGGUUGGACUAGAUUACCCCCGUGGUCCCUUCCAAUCCUACAAUUCUAUGAACCUACAAUUCCUUGAAAACAUACACUUUGAAAUGUGCUACACAUAAAAAAUCUUUACUUGUCGAAACAAGCAAAAAAUCCAUAUUACCCAAUAAGUGCUGCUGCUCUUGAUACACUGCAGUCUUGCUUAGGGGAUACCUUUCCCAUGGCAAAAAAUAAUUGCCCUCUUGAGGGGUUAAAUUAGCAUAGUGAGAAAAAGAGCAUUAUCACCAGGGACUGCUGUUGGGAAUACAUUACUCUCUUAUAACUUUGUAUAGUUUACAUAGAAAUAUGACGAACCUAUUGCAAAAUAGGGGAAGGGAAGGGUGAUGUGGAUUUGGGGAGUUGGAUUUACUUUGCAUAUAUGUUAGAUUUUUGAAAGAGAAAUAUAUAUUUCACAUUAGCAUUCCUAUCCUAAAUAGGUUUUCUCAGAAGUCCUGCUGAUUUUGCUGGAGUUAACUUUCAGUCAUGCCUAGGAUUGUGGCUCUGCUUCUAUCUAUUAUCUAUCUAUCUAUCUAUCUAUCUAUCUAUCUAUCUAUCUAUCUAUCAUCUAUCUAUCUAUCUAUCUAUAUCUAUCUAUCAUAUCUAUCUAUCUAUCUAUCUAUCUACAGUGGGACCUUGGAAGCCGAACAGAAUCCUUUAGACGUCCAAAAUGUUUGGGAACCAAGCCGCAUAAGCCGCGUCGAACAUUCGGGCUCCAAGGAAUGUUCGCAAACUGGAACACUCACUUCUCAGUUUGCAGCAUUUAGGAGCCGAAAUGUUCAACUCGCAAGGUGUUUGGGAUCCAAGGUACAACUGUGAUUUGUACACGGAAACUGUAUUUUUCCAGUAACCACAAUGGGCUUAGUUCCAUGUCUUGGGAGACUGGGGUGGGUGGGGGUGCUCCUUGCCCUCUGACACUGCCUGUGCUGCUUCAUUUGUCAGAUGAAGUGAGAGUCCCUGGGCCAUAAUAACACUUAAAGAUCAAAGCUCCAUCUAUCUCAGUGUUGUAUGCAAGCACUGACUGCUAGGGAUUCUCCAGGGCACCGGUUUUCAACCAGUGUGCCAUGGCACCUUGAAUGAUGGUCAGGAGUGCCAUGCGAAACACUGGCCUCUGUCCCUCUUUCCUUCCCUCCCUCCACUGAUGCCUUCUCGCAUUUCUGCCUCCCAAAGGCUUGUGUUGCAGCCGCCCUGACUACAAGCUUCCCAGGUGAAUGGUGCCUCGGGGGCUGGUUGGGGGGUGUUGGUUGCCAGGAGCCGAGGUGGCCUUUGGGUAAGCAAGCAAGCAAGCGGGUGAGGGACCCCAGUCCACCAGCCUUUGCUGUUGGGAAUGGACAGACAAAUCCCAGGAGGCACCUCUCUUUGGGGUGGGGCAGCCCAGAGACCAGGGAAAGCAGCAGCAGUCACCUGGAGGUCUCUCAGGGACAGGAGGCUGAAGAAACACUCCACAAGAGAGAGUGCUUAAAAAAGGGUAAGAAGCUGCCAGCUCUGUAGGCAAGGAGUGACAUAGCUGGGCUCCUGAGCCCCAUGGGGUGCUGCAGAAAGAAUGUAGUUGCUCAAGGGAGCCAUGGACUCAAAAAGGUUGAAAAGCUCUGCUCCAGGGUUUUAGAAAGGGAUCCUUUUUCGCUCUAUCUGGAGAUGCUGGGCAUUGAAUUUGGAACCUUCUGCAUGCAAAUGUUAUGCUCUGCUGCUGAACCACAGCCCUUUGCUUCCACGAAAACUUAGGUAACCAUAAAUCUGCUUGCUAUUUAAGAACCCCAUUUAUGUCGGAUGGAAACCCUAUUUGACCAAAGAUGAUAGUGGCACAGAAGUGAGUGUGCCAAGCAUGAGCAAUGAUGGCCCCCUUAGUGCACCUGCAGAUCCCUGAAGCAAUGAGCAUCUGUCUACAGCCUUUGAAAUAUGUUUGCAUUUCCUCUCUUAGCAUUUGGUGGUUGACACUUACUUGGAAAGUUCAUCCCUUUUUCUUGCAUGUGUGUGUGUGUUUUUCUUUUUUGAAUGCUGAUCAAGAAGCAAUUGAUCUUUUGGUAUGCUCGGCCAUCUGGAGAAUGCACAUUUUUCUUUUCUGUCUUAGAACACAGCGGGAGCUAUAUAAUUAGGGCUAGUCAUCUUUUUCAAAGAAUCUGAUACAAAUUCCUGUGAAUCUCUGCUUUAAAAAAAUUAAAAUAAGGCAUACCCGAAAGGUUCAUAAGCAUUUAAGUGCUCUAUUUAUUUCAGUGGGGUGUAGUGGCCAACCAACUACACAAUGUCUUUGUAAGAGGAUCCCAAUGCCUUCUGCAAAAACAAAUCAUGUGUUUAUGAGGGAGAAUUGGUUGGAUAGUAAUCUGAAGCAGAGAAAUGGAGGGCAGAAGGGUCAAGUAUCUUUCCUCCUACCCCCCACAGCUGCUUCUUUGCUCCAAAUCUCUCUCUCUCCCCCGCCCCCAAAGCAGCUUCUCAUUUUUUCAUUUCUCUCUGUUUCAUUCAGUGACUACUAGGGGUGUCAGAUCAUUCUGAUGAAAAUGGAAACAUGAGUAGAAAUUGCCAAAACUUGUAUUUUGUGACCCAUGUCUGGAAUGGAAAUCAAGCCAUUGUUGCUUUCAGCCUGCAAACAAAACGUAAUUGAUUACAUUUCCCCAUCUCCAUUUGCAUUGCAUUUCUUUUGCAUUUGAAUGAAUGGGUUGGAAUAAUGUAAUGACAUUGACAUUUGCGUAAUUAAUUAUGCAAUUUACAUAGGUUAUGUAAUUUCACCGCAGAGUGACAAUGACAAACGAUGUAAUUUUUGAUGGAAGACAAACAGCAGCAGAAAAGUGACAGUGCUGCGUGUGACUACAGUAGAGACUUGAACGCCUUGUGAAGACCCAGUAACAGCUGCGUAGAGCAAAGAAGCACAAGCUGCUAAAUAAAACACUCUUGUGUUUUAGAAGCUAAGAGCUUCAGUGUAUCAAAUGGCUGCUUCUUCUUCCUUAGUGGCUUCCACAGGUCUCAGUUUGAACUGAGGCUUAGUUAUGUGACUAGAGGUCCAAAGGCAUUGCUGUGAGUGGGAAAAUCAGAAGCCUGGUUGCUACUGAAUAAGCUGAGGGAGGCAGGCAAGCAGGCAGGUACACUGAGGAAGAGGUACAAGCAGGUUGACAGCAGCUUUGUCUUUGCUCAGGAGAUGAGCUGCUCAGGCUGAGGCCAAAGGCUGAGGUGUUAAGAAACUCAGUUGACCCCUUGGGUUCACGGUUAAUGAGCUGCAGUAACACCUUCUAGCCAUUUACUUUGGUAGUGGCCAAGUGCAGCAGAAAGCAAAUCAGACUUUUUCUUCUGGCGACACAAUGCUAUUCAGGUCUGGCUGGCCGUAGUAUCCAGACUGAAACCCCCUUGGUAUCUUAUUCUCAACCCCAGAACCGUUCUGAAAGCCAGGGCUCAGUCCUGGAGUAUAAGGAAUGAUACAAAGAAGACAUGGCUGCUGAGCAUAUGCAUGCCCAUUAGGGCGAGGAUUGUUUCUCUGUCAGAGCAGCGCCAGCCUGCCCAUGAGGCAAGGUGAGGCGGCCUCCUCAGGUGACAGGAUCAACAGGGGCAGCAUCCUGAUGCACAUGAUCAUUAAUUUUUGAACUUAUUUAUUCAAGGUCUCAGGGCGGUUCUUACUCCCUUGUUCCUGAUGUAGAUCUUCACUCACCCCUUCUUCCCUGGCUGGGGGCACCAUUUUGCAGUUCUCCUCAGGUACCAAAAUGUAUUGCCAAAAUCCCCAGCGUUAGAGGAUGUAGCUUCCUAUUGUUCUUGACACAUGACGUGCAUCUUUACAGAAAUAAAGAUUUGGGCCUCCAGCUGUGCCAAUCAUUUACUAAUACAUCUUUUCCAGAGACCACAUUUCGCCAUGGGGGGGUGGGGAGAAUCAAAAUUUCACAACUAUCCAUUUGCUUUUCUGUAAGAUAAAUGUCUGGGUAUUUUAAGGAUUUGCAUAAUUUAUGUUGCACAUACAAUCAGGCCCCUUUGGCCACAGGAUGCUAGUUUGUUGCCAUUUUUAUACCAAUAGCCUUGCCUCUAGAUAAGCACUGCAUCGCUAUAUCUGCCUGAGUGCUCCUUGUUUGUAUUCUGCGUGCAUCCCUACAACUGUCUUGGAGCUGCCCGAGUUCUGUUGGUAUUGAUCUUCGUUCUCAGUUUUCCAGGAAAUCCAGUCCAAGGCUCUCAUCCUGGGCAUUGGCCCAUGCCCCUUUGCACAGCUGCUCUUUAUUUAUGUGUGUGUAGAGAUACAGCAAGGUCUGGGCAAAUGGCUUCCUCUCCUAACAGCUGUGUGUGUGGUGUGUGUGGAAUAUGUCCUUGUGAGGUAUCCAGAUGAAUAGCACCGUAUUAUGUGACCAUCUGUUAUGGGCAUGCUGAAAAAGAGCAAUAUCUGACGGUUGUUAUUAGCAAGCUACGUCCCCCACUCUCUCAUACACACUUUACACAUGUCUGUGCCUAGCUGACUGUCCCCAGACAAUACACAAUGCAGCUUAGUUUCCGUUGGCCAGACUUGCCCCGAACCAUCUGCCCAAGUUGUGAUAUGGGGAGAAUAAGUCACAUGGGCUGGGACCAAAAGAGCCGUCAUAGUUGCAAAGGUUGCAUGGAUUGCGCAGCAGAUGCACUAGUAACAAGCCUUUUGUGACCACCAUAAAAUCAUAGAUUUGGAAAGUAAUUGGAAGGCUGCCAACUGCAAUAUAAAUAGAGUCUGUCCACUGACCAAGCCCUACAUAUCUAUGGCUAUCAGUUGGUUGCUAGAUUUUACAACCUGACUCUCCCUCUCAGUCUACUUUGUAUCUGUGUUGCAGACAAAAUACUUUUUCAUAAAGUAAGUGAUUAAUACACUGAAUUUACUGCCAGAAAAUGUGGUGAUAGCUUAAAUUGAUUUAAAAGAGAAUUGGUGAAUUUUAUAUAGGGGAUGGAUCUUUCACUGGACUAGUGGUAUUUUGUUUCAUUAAUGAUGUUUUAUUGCACUGUAAACCAUAUAUUUGUUUUAAUAUGCUGUUCACUGUUUGUUGGGGGGGAUUGGGGCUGAAAAACAGCAUGUAAAUAAACCAUAAUAAUAAUACUCUCAAUCAGUGCUUUUUGUGUGUGACAGUAAUCACUAGUAUUGUCACCUCUUUUUUUCUUUCCAUGACAGUCAUUCUGUACUGGCACCCACAGCACUUUUAUCAAGAUAUGAGUACCAGAACCUCAUUUUUUUUAACCAAAAAAGCACUGCUCUUAAAAAAGAAUGUGAGUCAACAGACAUGUACAUGCUUUUCCCCUCUGCCCAGAGUCAGAGAUUACCUUUGGGAAUCUUUGAGUCAUUCCUCUAUUUUUCUGGCCUGCACACUGAACCCAGUGUAUUAACAAUGGGAUCCCCCCCCUCCAGAUUUUUGUCAGCCAGGUGGUUUAACUGGGCUGGCCACACUGUGGAUUUUACUUGUAACUAGUAGAAAGGGCAUCAAAAGCUGCAUUAACGGAGAACACCACAUUAUUUGAAAAAUAAAUAAAUAAGCAAGCUGUUGGAAAUUUUCAGCAUUCAUUUUAAUAACACCACCACCACAAAAUGGACUUAUUUUCAAGUUAACACCGAAUUGAGCCAAAGUUAACCUCCCUCUACUCAGCCUCAUUUUGGUUUUUUUUAAUUCGACUGAUUUUAAUCUGAAGAUUCUGCAAACAUAUAUAGAGAAAAUGUACAUUUUAAUACAUAUAACAAUACUGUAGCCACGGUAGAGAUAUGUUGGAUUUAUCUAUAACAGUAUCAAAGCGAGUUCUGACAUUAUUUUUCAAGAGUCAUCUGUUUAAGCAUACUACUAUUGUGUAACUGCCAUAACUUUUUUAAAAUUGUAGCCAGGUUAGUCUAAAAUCUCUAAAGGCUAAGCCCUUUCUCAAGUUUAGCCCCUGUUUUUACUAAGUGGCCUCCUUGUAUUAAUUACAUUUUCUAAAGUAAUAUAUCAUACAUGGAUCAAAUGGAAUCCAACUUAUUUUUGUGUGUCGUAUGUAAAAAAAUGCAUGUUUUGACUCAAAUGACGUACACAGAUCUUGUGUGUGGUAGCCAGUGACAUCAUUCAAUUUGUUAUUAGUCCUAGCAAUUUAAGUGCUACGCAGAAAACUGACCAAGGCUGGCCUGAACCAAAUCCAUUGGGUUGCUGAUGCAAAUCCAUUGCUAUGGAAACAGAUGCUGGAGCUUAAGGCUGCUUCUGUCUAUAACGGGAUGCUGGCUGGAUAACUAAAACGAAAAACAGGCGGGGGGGGCAGUAAACCUUAAAUGUAGAUGAAUAUGAUAACUAGCCUACAAACAAGGAAAUCCCCUUUAACGAUUCUUUUUAUUUUGAACUAUAAGCAUUGUUUUAAAUUCUGAUCAGUAUCUUUCUGCAUUAGUGAUGAUGAAUGGUAAAGAGAUGGAGUGCAAUGAAACAAACCUUAAAUUAGCUUUUGAAGGCAAUAGAAGUGAAUACUUUUGUAUAUUGUAUUUUAUUUAGGUUUCUGGUUUUCUCUGUUCUUACACUCAGGGAAGACUACAUAAUGUACAAUAUGUAUAUAAAAACAAAUUGGGUGGUGUCCAGUGCUAGUGUUCUUCAGAAUAGAUGCAUGAAAAAGAAUGCAUGGAAAAGUUAGUCUUGUCUGCUAAUUUCACUGGGUUUGCUUUGAAUAGAGCUAACAUUGGAUGCAACCCAACAUAGGUAGGUAAAUAAAGGUAAAGGAUCCCAGGACAGUUAAGUCCAGUCUAAAGUGACUAUGGGGUGCAGCGCUCAUCUCACUUUCAGGCCGAGGGAGCUGGCAUUUUUCCACAGACAGCUUUCGAGGUCAUGUGGCCAGCAGGACUAAACCACUUCUGGCACAACGGAACACAGUGAUGGAAGCCAGAAACACCAUUUACCUUCCUGCCACAGUGGUACCUAUUUAUCUACUUGCACUAGUAUGCUUUCAAACUGCUAGGUUGGCAGGAAGUGGGACAGAGCAACAGGAGCUCACCCCAUCAUGCAGAUUCGAACUGCCAACCUUCAAUCAGCAAGACCAAGAAGCUCAGUGGUUUAGAUCACAGCGCCUUUACCUUUACCAACCCAAUAUAUUUCUAUGUUACAAAUAGAACAUGCAACAAUCGUUGAUAUAGACUGUUGUGGCCUGUACAAAUAAGGCAGCUUCCUUUGUUCCCUUUUCUUCCUUCAAGUUACCCUGUUUUAACUUCACAAGAACUCUUUGUGAAUUAGUCAGAGAGAUAGAGAGGGAAUUAAUCGCCUUAGGAACAUAGGAAGCUGCUUUUUGCUGUGCCAGACGUUAGUCCACCGAGUUUAGUACUGUCUACAUUGAUUAGCAGUAACUCUCCUCUCAGGCAGAUCUUUCCUAGCCCCUUCUGAAAGUACCAAGGAUUGAACCCAGGCCCAUUUUCGAGCAACAAGGCAAAAACCACCCAGUGGUGAUGUGUUUUAUGUCUAAGUGGGGAUCUGAACUCCAGACUCCCUGAGCCUCCAAUCUUUUAUCCACUGCUAGACCACACUGGCUUUAGCUAAUGUCCUGGUGAUGUUCCAUAGGGGAGGGACAUAUCUUGGCUGCAUAGUUCAUGGACCAGUGAACUGACUUAGUAUAAGAGGUGUACCCUAUGUUCCAGUGUUGUGACUUAUUUAACAUUCAUAUUUAUUACAUACGACUACUUGUUUGUAGGGGACGCGGGUGGCGCUGUGGGUAAAACCUCAGUGCCUAGGACUUGCUGAUCGUAAGGUCGGCGGUUCGAAUCUCCGCGGUGGGGUGAGCUCCCGUCGUUCGGUCCCAGCUCCUGCCCACCUAGCAGUUCGAAAGCACGUCAAAGUGCAAGUAGAUAAAUAGGGACCGCUUACUUAGCGGGAAGGUAAACGGCGUUGCGUGUGCGGCGCUGGUGCUGGCUCGCCAGUGCAGCCUUGUCACGCUGGCCACGUGACCUGGAAGUGUCUUCGGACAGCGCCGGCUCCCAGCCUCUAGAGCGAGAUGAGCGCGCAAACCCUAGAGUCGGUCACGACUGGCCCGUACGGGCAGGGGUACCUUUACUUAUUUGUAACAAUAGUCUGUGAAUUGACCUGGAAUACAGGUGUUCCUAGGAAAUAAUUGCAGAUGGUCCAAAAUAUGGGGAGGAUAAACCUGCUCCAAUCCUCCCUCAGUAGUGCCGUCACUUUGAUAAUACUGGAGCACUUCAAGUACUGAAAAAUGGUGUGACAUAAAGAUAGUUGGUCUUGUCAUUGUCUCUAUACCCGCAUCAGAAAGCAGACAGCACUGUAGAUAUAUUGCUCCUAAUGAAUUGCAUGUCAGAUUGAAUGAUUCAAAAGAAGUGGUUAAUGAUACCCAGGUCUUACUAACAUCAUGGAAACAGACAGCCCAGGAUAAAACAGGUACUCCUAUAUGCGUGCAAAUGACUGCUGCCGCACAAGUAGGAGUUAUUGUUAUCUAAGAGAGCUUGCAGUGUAAAAACCAAUUGAAAAUCAACUGUGUCUUAGUUGCAUGUAAUUCAGUCAAUAACUGUUGGCAACAUUCUGUUUUUAAGAUUUUACUUAAUUACAGCUCCCAGCACAAGAAGCUGCAAGCCUAGCUGUCUGUUGUCAUCCCAUUUAUUCGUGCCUCUCAAAUGCUGCUAGACUUCACAAAUCUUACUGUUGCAACAGGCACAUACCGACUGGAGUGUUUGAGGCUGGCUGGUUGCUGUUUCCUUUUGCUCACACCUGCAUUUCAGACAAUUACAAUACAUUGAGCAACCAUCUAUCUAUCCAGGAGAGGCAGCUCUAAAGCUCUAAAUGGGAGAGGAAAGAAGGAGACUAUUAUUUCAAUCUAUCCUACUUUCCUUCAGUUUUCUGCUUUAAUAGCAAUCAGCAACUUCCUGGUGUUGCUCGGGAAUUCUGAGAAACUAACCAAUCAAUGCAGUUUUGACAUCAGUGGUUAAAAUCAGUGCAAUUUUGAAAGGCUCUGUCUUUCAAGCCUUAUUGAGUCAAAAGGUGCCCAGUUGUAUCCAAACAUAAUGACCUCCUCCUUGAUCUCAGGAACCAUCAUGCAAAACUUGAUUAUGAUAUUUUAAGAGAUGUCCAUAUGCAUAGCCAACUAACAAGCAACUUUCCAAAAUAUAUGGCAGAAGAUUAUGUGAUGCUACUGUCCAUACCUCAUAGGAUUCUAUUACAUGCAUAUCUGCACUUCAAGAGCCUGAUCUGAAAAUACAUCUACAAUCACCUUGCUCAAGUGGAGCAGGUCUGGGUCUGGUCAGUACUUGGAAUGGAGAUUGCUUGGAAAUGCCAUGCUUGCUGCCUUAAUUCUGCAACAGAAGAAAGAUGGUUUCCAGGUACAGGAAGUGUUCAGCCAGCACAGGGCAGGACAAGGGAGAUAAAUAAGACACAGGACAUUGGUAUUGGGUUAAAAUAGGCCACAACUUUAUUGACUACAGAUGUAAGUAGGCUUUGGUGAAGGCAUUGGGUGUGUAUCCUGGGUCAACCAGCCCGCAUGCUGAUUGAUUAAUUGGCUGGGUAGGUCCUGGAUUAAGGGGUCAUCCUAUGACAUACACCAGACAGGGCAAUCCCACCAUGGCCGCCAUUUUGGAGGGUUGCUAUGGCCCAUUAUCCCCUUUGUGGGCUCCCGGAUAGAGACAUACACACCCCAUACUUCUUUAGUAUGGUACUCAUUAGGCCCAACGCAAUGCCUUAUUUGCUACCUGAGCAGACCUCCCUGAGGCCGUGCAGUAUACUUGUAUAUUAGUUCCAUUGGAUCCCAAAUAGAUAAUUCUGGAAUAUCUGAACAAAAUGGGUGUAAAAUAAGAAAGUGAAUUUAUUAGCUGUUUGUUAAUUGAAGCAAGGUAGCUGAGUAUUGGCAGGAAUUGGAAACAAAUACUGGAACGUUAUUAGUUAAAAUGUUAACAACAUUCAAUAUAAAGAAGCAGAAUAAGAGAGACUGAAAACUUAGAUGUGUCAAUAACACCCCCCCCCCCAAUUCUGGAGUAAAACCAGAAGCACUACACAGCAGUGUUGGAUUCCAUCCCUAGUUGCAGGGCAUACUCUCAGUUCUUGGGCUCCAGAUUUGGAAAGCACCCUACAUGAACUGAUAACGUGCCUUAGAACGCUUCUAGAUUUUUUUUGCAAUAGACAGGGUGGGAUUGGUGGCAAAUGUGCAGCAGAUGAGUCUGUGUGGGAAGAGUUCUCUGAGCAGGUUACAGGUUGGAAGUUAUCAGUGGCCAAAAUGAGACUCCUAGAACCUCAGUGGUGAGGAGGGACUCUUCAUGUUAUGAGGUACCUUUUUUCCUAUUGUUCUCUCCUCUCUGCUCCCCCUCCCGUGGCAGAACUGUGUUCUGUAAUAAACACAAAUUUGCCUAUUAUAGUAGACAGCAAUUUAUGGUACCCUGUCAACUCAUUCACUUACACUGCAAUUACUCAAUGACAAAACAUGAUGAUUGCAUGUAAAUAUACAAGAGGGAAAUGACUGGGGCUAUAGAGAAGUGACGCAUCAAGGGAAAAUAUUUAGAAGCAGUACAAAGUUGGGUAGAAGGCAGGUAGAUAGUCAUGGCUUUAUGAAUUUUAUUACCAAUUUGACCUGGUACAAGGAAAAUUCUUACGUUUACUAUGAUAAAGGUUAUACUUGUGUUCUGAAAUGAACCUUAGAAGCUGGGCAGAUAGUACCUUAGAGGGCAGAUCUACUCCAUACAUUUAAAGCACACCCAACAUACAUUCAAAGCACAUGCUUCCCCCAAAGAAUCCUGGGAACUGUAGGUUCCUCUCACUUAGUUUCAAUUCCCUGGACCCUUAGCAAACUACAGUUCCCAUGAUUCUUUGGGGGGAAGUCAAGUGUGUUGGAUGUGCUUCAAAUGUACGGUGUGGGUCUGUGCACAAAAAAAUGGAGCAAGGGUGAAUCCAAAAUGUCACAGAAGAGAACAGUCCAAUUUAGAAGUUCAAAACAUGGGGGAGCAGCACUUCUUAGUAAGAAUUCAAGGUCAAUAUAGCAGAUAACAAAGUGAGCAUGAGUUAGCCAUGUGCUAGUCAUGUGCUGCUGUAGCUCACAAGGCCAAAGCAAUCUGAAGUUGUGUCAACAGGAACAUUGUUUCCAUUAUGUGCUAAAAAUAAUAGUACUGCCCUUAUGCUCAGAAUUCUUGCUGAGAAGUACAGAACAGUUAUUUCCAAACAACUUUCAUUGACUCUUUGUAUAUUAAUGAAUGCCAUACACCAAGAAGGAUAUUGACAGAUGGCAAAGGAUGUGUAGGACCAUUAACUUCUUAUCAAAACUCACAAUAUUGAUGGAGAAUAUAGCUUUAGCCCUUAGACAGGGAUGUGGGUGGCUAUAAGCAGCAUUGGUGGCCUCAGGGGCACCCACCCCUCCCCCAGUUUUCUAGGCCUCAAUAUUCCAUGAUGAUGUGUACACACAGUGAAAUGUGCUCAUGUCACUCACACACACCUCGUGGUGUGCUCACAUCGUCACAUUACAUGUGCAUGUACAGCAUGCAGCGCCUGCCCCCUCAAUCGCAGGGGCAAGCCAGCGCACCUGGUUGCCAUAUUCACUUAGUUGAAAGGCCAACACAGUGCGAAAGCAACUGAAAAUACAUAGGCAGGGACUGAGGCUGGGUACCAUGCAGAAGCAGCAGCUUUUGAAGCAGCUGGUUACUAGCAGACUUUCUAAGUGACAGAGCUGAGCCUUGUUGGCAACAGCUGGCAAUUUGAGGAAGGGAGACAGGUAGGAAACUGGCAGCCCAGAGGUCAGUGCUAACAGGCUUUGUACGAACAGUACUAUCAUACCUUGGGUUACAGACGCUUCAGGUUGCGUGUUUUCGGGUUGCACACCGCGCCGAACCCGGAAGUACCGGAAUGGGUUACUUCCGGGUUUUGGCACUCGCACAUGUGCAGAAGCACUGAAUCACAACCUGCGCAUGCGCAGACGCGGCGCUGCUGGUUGCGAAUGCUGUGGGUUACGAAUGUGCCUCCCGCACAGGUCAUGUUCGCAACCCGAGCGUCCACUGUACAUUUAAAGCACAUCCUCUUCCACAAAGAAUCCUGGAAAUGGUAUUUUACCUCUCACAGAGCUAUAAUUCCCAGAACCCUUAAACUACAGGAUUAUAUGGCAAGGAGGUUACUUCAAAUGUGCUUUAAAUGUAUGAUGUGUAUGCAGGCUUUAUGAAUUCUUUCUGCUCUGAGGGAAAGAUAGUGGUCUCUCCCUUUGCCUACUAGCUAACUCUCUUCCAUUGGAAUCAACAAGGCUGUAAAAAGUUUUUGAUCUUUGGAUUGACACCUUGCUGAGGGGCGUCUUGUCCAUAGAGGCAAGUGGCACGGGCUGCCAGGGCACCAAGUUCUGGAGGGCAGCAGGGAAGAGGCUGAGGCUGGAUGCGGCACUUCCCAGCAUCAGCUUGCUGCCCUCACACAUCUCUGCCAUGGUGCGCCGAAGCAGCGCCGUGCCCGGAGCCUCCGCCUGCCAUGGCCACCGCGGCACGGGCGCCAGGGAAGAGGCGGAGGCUGGGCACAGCACCUCCCGGCAUCAGCUCGCCACCCUUGCCUGCCUCGCUGAAGCAGCGCAGCACCCAAAGCCUCCGCCUCUUCCCCACUGGAGGAGCCGCCCUCCAGCCACUGCCUGCCUCCUCCAGCCCCGCAAAGCUGCUGGCAGCGCUGUAAAAAGGUCAGCAACUCUGGGAAACAGGGGCGGGCGGGAGGAAUCUUUGCACCACGGCGCGCCGGAUAUACUUAAGACGGUCCUGACCUUGCCUAUGAUUCUUGCACCGCAAGGACUUUCUUAGCAAACAGCCUUUAUGUUGUUGUGACUUGGGUAUUUAUAAGCAACAGGUUUUAUUUCGUGAGUAUAUUGCUGUCAGACUUUGGAUUAUAUAUCGGUGCAAGGCUGCAAGCCUUUCAUUUGAAGCAAAAUAUAUCUCAGCGAUCCAUGGAAACAAAAGUGCUGAGCUGAUUGUAAAUGUUGUCUAACUUGACUACCUUUGAAAGGUUGCUCUGUACGCUGUAAUCUACAGUAAACGAGAGAACAAUUGUUUUCAUCUGGUUUAAAAAUCUAGGCAAAUGCCUGGCUCAGCUAUUAUCUCCCCGGGUUUGUGCAGCUCCCUUUUCUUACUACAUUUAAGUGCAUUUUAAUCCUAGGUUUCCCAAGUGACUUCCCUUCCCCUUUCAUUUCUCCCUUACUUUGUCUUUUGAUUGUAAGCCUGCAAACAAAGCUAGCGUUUCCAUUUUACAGGGUAGUUCAGGUUUCCUGAUUUUAUUCUCCAUCAGCCCUGUGAGGUAGGUUUAGGUUUGAUAUAGUGACCAGCGAGAUUCAUAGUUGAGAAGGGAUUGAACCCAGACUUCUCUAUUCCAAUAAACAAUAUCUUCUAACAUGUAUUCCUCUUUAUCUUCCCCUCCCCUGAAUACAUUUCAAAUCUGCAACAACAUGCAAUCAUUCCACCCAUAAUGAUAUAAAUGCAGCUGUUUUCAGAAGUGUCCUUAACCAGUUUGAUGAAACCACAAAAAUGUGGUGGUUGUGUGGAAAGAGCCACCUAUUUCUUUCAAAGCUGGUUCUCUGCCUAUAUUUGCCACUGUUGAUUCUUCUUUUAACCGCUGCAAUCAAAUGUCUAUAAUUUAUUGUUUUCCAACACAAUAUAUAUUCCAGCAACUCUGGUAGUUUAGAGGUUCAAACUCAGCCUAAUUUAAUAAAAGUAACAAUAUAUUAUUUAUUUAUUAUAAACUACAAAGGUAUGAUAAAGCUAAUACUAUACUUCAAUUUAUUAGUGCUCCAUUAAGACUUACAUUUGUUGUAAUAAGGUUACUGUCUCUUUAGUUGACAGUUGCAAAGGUUUGCAUAAGGCUACCAGAUAAAACUUAGUUCCUGAUCCUAUUUAAUUUAAAAGCCAAUUACCUUUAGUCCCUUUCCCCAGUUAAUCUUGGGGAAAUGACUGCAACGCGUUAUAUGUGGCACUGUCUCUGAAGAUGGUUCAGAAAUAUCAGGUGCAGCAGACUUGGGCCGCCAGGUUACUCACCGGGCAAGAUGGUUUGAGCAUAUAAUGCCAAUCCUGGCCCGACUGCACAGGCUGCUAGUUAGUUUCUGGGCUCAAUUCAAAGUGCUGGUUUUGAUCUAUAAAGCCUUAAACGACUCAGGACCUCAAGGACUGCCUCUCACCAGAUGAACUACUGCAGUCCCUGUGAUCAUCAUCUGAGGCUCUUCUUUAUGUAUCUCCCCCAUGAGAGGUCCAUUUUUGUCCCAAAAUUGGGACGCUAGGAGGGGCAUGCCUUCUGGUCCAGCACUUUAGCAGAGUUGUGCCAGAGCGCUGGACCAGAAGACGCUUUGGCGUGCCCCUGCUGAUGAUUGCCAGAGCGCUGGACUGGAAGGCACUCUGACACUCGUCAGCAGGGUCAUGCCAGCUCUGGUGGAAUCCUGCUGACUUGUGCCAGAGUGCCAGAGCAUAUUUUGGUCCAGUGCAAAUAAUGGGACAUUCCAGGAUCCAAACAGAAGCCAGGAUUAGCUUCUGUGAUCUGGAGUGCCCCGCUUAAAAUGAGACAUUUGGUGGGUAUGGAGGUCCAGGGGGUGGCAACAUGAGAACGGGCCUUUUCUGCAGUGGCUCCCCGCUUGUGGAAUGCUCUCCCCAGGGAGGUUCGGCUGACACCUUUGUUGCAUAUCUUUAGGUGCCAGGCGAAAACAUUCCACAGGCUCCCACACACAGAACAUCUCCAAUAAAGUCAUAUUUGUGAGAGAAUUUGGAAGUGCUUGUUACAGAAAACUCAGGGAAGUUAUUAUACCUUACUAAAUCUCUUUACAGAAAGUGUGUCACAUAAAAGUAAAGGUAGCCAUGUUGGCCCUUAAGAAAAUUUCCAAAAUUCAGACAACCAAAAUGUCACAAAACAGUGUGCAAGUAUUUGAGUUCUACUGUGUGGAAACAUCCUGGAAAGCUGUAAUUGGCAGUCAUAUAAAUUCUUUAUUGUGCUUCUGCAAUAUACCAGAAUAACAGGGGCCAUUAGAACCCCCUUAGUGACUUGUCUAUUUAAUUGGGCUUCCCUCAUUGACCUGCAUAUUUAGCUGGAGGAAAGGCUGAAGUGGAUCCAAAAGACUAUGGCUCAGUCUGUUUUUGUUCAGCUGUUUGUGGCUUUUCAUUUUCUGUUGUGAAGAGCUGGUGAUACCAACAGGGAUGCAUGAUGCUUCAAUGACAUUCACCAGAAUUGUUUUUCCAUAACUGCUUACAUGAGGUCAUGUGCUAUGUCCCAUUCCAUGUUUAUUCCCAGAGAUUUAUUUUAAUAAGAGCCUUUAAGUAACUGCCAUUCUUGCUAAUCAUAGCGCAUCUGCUCCUCUGGGUUCCCUGUUACAAGUAAUUUAAUGCUAUUAUUUUAGCCAGGAUAGAUCUGUGUCACCAUCUGCCCUAGAAAUCUUUUGAUGGGCACUGGGAGGAUGACUGGAUUUUCCCUUAUAAUUAGAGUAGGUAGGCACGAUAAAAAAUUAGAUGUAACUCACCUUUAACAUUUCCAAACUGGAUUUGCAGGUUGAUGAAACCUUUCCCCUCAGGAUGUUUCAAGAAGGACACACUCUCUUGUCUCUUAACUUUGUGCUAGCUUUCUGUCUUUUUUAUCACCAUGAAGGGUCAACAGGAGUGGCAGAGCCAAGGUAUGUAUCCACCUGUAAGGACUCAAUUUGUAGGAAAGCUGCCUUCGUCCUAGAAGCGAGAGAGGGCACGCCACAUACAACCCAUGUCUUCCUCGAGAUGGGGCAACAUUUGAUGGCAGCAGCUAGGGAUGCCAGGACUCAGGGCAGCAAAGUUAUGGAUUAUGGUGAAUUUUAGGGAGCAACUUGACAUAACAUGAGAGAACCAUGAUUAGGGUUCUUGUGGUGGUGGUGUUUUAAAUUCAUAGUAGCUGGUGGAAUCAUAGAUCGCAGUACUGAAGGGGGGGUGACUUGAUUAUUUUCCAUGAAACAUUUUUCCAAUUAAAAGCAAGCCCCCCAGCGCUAUGUGCUCCAUGGAAGUAAACUUACAGAUACUAUGCUAGGGUUACCAGACACCCCCAUUUCCCGGGGACAGUCCCCAGAUUUGCAAAUCUGUCCCUGGACAAAUUCCAUCCCCAGAAUGUCCCUGGAUUUCAUUAAUUGUCCCUGGGAAACGUGGCAGCGGCAGCAGAGGCUGAGCAAGGCAAGUGCCGCGUGCUCCGGGUGUCAUCCUGACGAAGGUGACACUCGUUGUGUCACACGCACUGUUGCCCCUGUACUCCCAGCUGGAGGAGGGAGGCAGACAGGAGAGAGAAUGAGCUGCGCGGCUUUACCAGCACCACCGGCAAAGCAGAGCUCACCCCCCUUCCCCCAGGCUCGGGGUACACUUGGGAGUUGGGGGGCGCCGGCGCUCCCAGCUGAUGAUCCCGCUGAUCUCGAUCCGAGCCAGGCAGAGCCUGGGAGUUCUCUCUUCACCAUCAGAAGGCUCUUUUUAUUUUUUAUUUUUUGCCUUCUCCUCUUCUGCCUGCAGCAGCUGCUGAUUGGCGCCUCCUGAGUCCCAAAGACAGAUGUGUUCUGGGCAGUUUCUGUCUUCCAUGACUCUUUUUAAAAAAGUCAGAAGAGAGUAUGCGGGGAGAUUGGGUGGUGGAGUAAGCCCUGCGCCCUCCGUGCAAGUUGCAGAAGGGAAUCAGAGGUUGGCUGGCACUGCUGAGUAAAGUCUUGGUUUGCUGGGAGGGGAGCUUGCACUCUGAAACCCCAGCUGCAAGCAUUCUGGCCUACUGGAAAUACAGUGGUGCCCCGCAAGACGAAUGCCUCGCAAGACGGAAAAACCGCUAGACGAAAGGGUUUUCCGUUUUGAAGUUGCUUCGCAGGACGAAUUCCCCUAUGGGCUUGCUUCGCAAGACGAAAAUACCUUGCGAGUCUUGAGAUUUUUUUCGCUUUCCCCCUUUAUCUAAUCUGCUAAGCCUUUAAUAGCCUUUAAUAGCCUUUUAGCAGCUAAUCCCCUAAGCCUUUAAGCCUUUAAUAGCCGCUAAACCGCUAAUAGCGCUAAUAGCGCUAAUCCGUCAAUGGGCUUGCUUCGCAAGACGAAAAAACCGCUAGACGAAGACUCUCGCGGAACGGAUUAAUUUCGUCUUGCGAGGCACCACUGUAAGUCAAAUUAAUCUUGGCUCCCGAAAAGGGCUUUGGAAACCGAGUGCGUAGUAGUAGGUUAGAGGAAGUUGUCUGAGAAUUUGGGGUUCUGGGGUUUCUCAAGAGUGGGGAGAUGGACAUGUGGCCUUGUGGUUAGCGCAAGGGCACCUUAUCAUCCAUUGUUCAGGAAGUAGCAGUGGGGUGAGAAGGGGACAGCUCUGCAGAGCCGAGCAGAACCCUCAAUUCAGGAGGGCAUCAUGGGUAGGAAUGGGCCUAGCAAUAAAACUGCUGGCACGUUUGCAAAGCUAAGCAGGGUCCGGUAUGGUUUCACAUUGGAUUGGGGACCUUGUAUUGAGAUUUCUGCAUUGCAGGGGGUUAAACUAGAUGACCCUCAUGGGUCCCUUCCAACUCUAGAAUUAUGUGAUUCUUUUGUCAUGAAAUGAGUGUGACUGGGAAAAAAUAUGUGUAUAACUGUGUAUUCUGAGAAAACACAGAAUACCAAUGAGAGGGAAGGAGCUCGAGGCUCUGCUAGCAACUUAUGUGGAUGGAUGUAAUAUCUGUAGGAGGAGGCAAUUAUGAAUUUUAGCAAUAAAAAAUAUAGUAUACUUUUAUAUGUCAUAUCAGCAGAAUUUCCAUUUCACAACAGGUCUACAAAAGCCAACUCAAGCUGAAAUUGUUGUGUUGGUGGAAGCAGUGCCAUAACUACUGGGGGAGAGUGGCUAGCUGGGUUUUUUGCCCCAGAUGAAGCCUCGGGGGGGGGGCACCAUUCAGGUCCCCUGCCUAUGUGUGUAUGUACACAAAUGUGUGUGCCAAACUGGGUCUUUGACCCAGGUGAAAUAAAGUCUACAUACACCCCUGGAUGGAAGCGGUGCUUCUAAAUGACAGGAAUAUAAUAUUACACCAGGGCAAAACUUCUAAGGCCCAGUCCAUAGCUCGGCUUAAUGUGGAUUGUGAACCCCUUGUGCCUCCAUUAAUUAUGGAUAAUAAAGCAUGAAAUAAAAAAAAAGGGUCCCUGGAUCCAUUGAAAAAAAUCUGGUAACGAUAUACUAUGCAGAUAUGUGUAAUUUCACUUAGUUGGUAUUUAGAAAAUGGAGCCGAGGGGGAGAAUUUAAUUAACCUCCCCCAGCCCUACAGUCACUAUCUGAAUGGAUGCUUUAAAAAAGAAAUAUCCACUCAUCUGGGACUCCAGGUGGGUGGCCGUUGCCGCAUGGCGCAGUUGUGGUGGGUCCAUGGAGGCCACCAUCUUCUGUCAGGCCCGCAGGUGAGGGCAGGCAGUGCCCUCUCAGCCAAUCUGAGGCAGGGGCUGGGGGCUGUGAGCAGCCCAUUCCCAGCCUAUUUAAGGGUCUGUUACCCUGGGAUUUUCCACCCACCCAGUCUUUAGGGGCCCACUUGGGGGGGGAAGCUGGCACAUUGCCUAUGGACCUUGCUGUGGUUUAUUCGGUCACUGUAUUCAGGGCCAGGGAGGAAUUUUCUCCUGCAAGCAAAUUGGCUGCCUUGCAGGUUUUCACCUACCUCAUAGCAACCAUCACAACUUGGGCGGAUAAGGCACUGGGGUGGAUCCUUAAUCACAAGGAUACCCCAUUAGAGGGGUCCAGAGGGGUGACUCUGUCUGGGAGUCCCAACGGUGGCCUGUGCAGGAUCGUGGCAUCCAAUCCAUGUUGGAGGCGAUUCCCCAGCACAGGUUUGAUCCCACCAGGUUCCUAUCAGGUAGCAGGUGGGCUGCCAGAUGCCCAGUGCCUUAGCCAAACCUACUCUUUCCUGUAACCAAUAAAGUUGUAGCCUAAUUCAACCCAACACCAGUCUCCUGUGUCAUUCUUGUGGCUCUCCCUUCACCUGACAUGGUCAUUAUGUGCCUGUGCCGGCAAAACCCUGGGAGACAGGAGAUCACCUAUAUCUCAGGUAGUUUCUCCCUUAUUCAGCCACCCCUUUGGCACCUGAGAUUUCAUGAGGCAGCACUUUGUAGCCUAUCUUUGCUACUAAGAGCUAGAAAUUUGCAUUCUUAAGGAAAAUAUCCUCAGAAAUCAGAAUUGCCAGAGCUCUUUUACAGUCAAUCCUUCUUCUCAGGGUACUCUGGAAACACUAACAUUUUGAGGGUAAUAUGGAUCUCCUGACUCCACCCCUCCAAAAAAAGGUCCCACCACUUUUGCAGGACAUGUUCAUUUUAAAAUGUGGAGAAGCAAUAUUCAACCUUACUCUAAUGCACACACAUUUACCCAUAAACAAAAAACAAACCCAGAUCCUCACCCCAAGGAACUUACAAUGUUGGCAAUGGAAAGAGAACAGAGAUGCUCAAAAGUAGGACUAACAGUGGAUGGGUGUGAACAAAUACAGUUACAGUAUGUAUAACUAAAUGCUUGUUGCAGGUGGGGAUGAAGAUGGAGGCAGGCGAGGAGGCGCAGCUAAACCAAGAGGUCUGCCUUGGUGAUAUGGCUAACUAAACAGCUCUGAAGAUCUUGAUUUACCACUGUGGUACCUGAUGGCAGGUCCUGAUUGAUUCAGCAAGGGGCAACGUUGAAUCUGCUCACUCUGUUUUAUUUUGUAAUUUCAGAAAAAGAGCCGAGAAGAGACAUGUGGUGAAGGCAGUGGUGUAGAGAUUUUGGAAAACAGACCAUAUACAGAUGGUCCUGGUGGCAAUGGGCAGUAUACCCACAAAGUAUACCAUAUUGGUAUGCAUAUCCCCAGUUGGUUUCGGUCUAUACUGCCAAAGGCAGCUUUAAGAGUUGAGGAGGAGUCAUGGAAUGCGUAUCCUUAUACAAGGACAAGGUACUACCUCUUAUAAGAGCUUUUCAUUUCUGUAGCUCACUUAACAGUUGACAUUGGCUUGUAUUAACAACAGCUCUAUGUGGUAGAUAGGCCACAAAAAGUCCCAUUUUGUAAAGUGGAGAUAUGAAGCUAACAGGUAAAAUAAACACUCUCCUUGUUGUUGUUUUAAUUAACCUUCACCACACAUGGAUUCAAGGGCAUGUGCACGUGUUGAUAUUUUGCUCAUGCUAAAGGAGUUGUCUAACUUUGCCACAGGUAGCAGUGGUGCCUGAGAAUGAGGGUAGAACUUCAAUUUUUUGCAUUUUAAUGAGAAAUUAUCUAAUUUGCACUUCUCAAACCAAUGUGUGAUUCAAAACUCAAUUGUUCUUCAAAAUUCUCACUUCUAUUAAUUUUGUUGUGCAGUUCGCCACCAAAUAUUGUGUACAAAAUGCUCUUUUGGGGAAAAAUGUGCACAAAAGUAUAUACAUUAAUUAAAGUAGUAUAUUGUCUAAAAUAAUAUAUUUUUGCCAAGUUAGCAAACGCUGGAUGUUCAUCUUAUGAAAACUAAGAUGCUAAUGAAAUCUAUGCUACGCUAUAAGUCAUUGAGGCUCCCCCCCCCCAACUCUCUUCUGGAAGAAAAGCACCUGUAUUUAUGUGGGUGUUCAAAUUAUUUUCUGAAGCACUUUGGAGUGUAGAAGCUUUAGAUUAAGCUUCCCUGAUGCUAUUUCUUUCUCAGGUAUACGUGCCCAUUUGUGGAGAAAUUCUCUAUUGAUAUUGAAACCUAUUACAUAUCUGACUCAGGAGAGCAAGCCAACGUCUUCAACCUUUCCCCUGCAGAGAAAAGGCAGACCAUUCUUGGUGAGUAUUUUCUUCCCACUCCCAAUCUUUCAUUCUGCCUAACAGUGGCUUGUGUGUGCAUGUAAACAACUAUAGUGUUAAUUAUUUGUAUGGUGAGCCCUUUAUAUGUUUGAAGAUGGCUAUCUCCUCUCAGUCUCUCCUUUUCCAGACUCAGCAUACCCAACUCCCUCAACCAUUCCUCAUAAGACUUGCUUUUCAGACCCUUUAUCAUCUUGGUUGCCCUCCUCUGCACAUGGUCCAGCUUGUCAAUUUUCUUCUUAAAUUGUGGCUCCCAGAACUGGACACAGGACUCCAGGUGUGGUCUGAGCAAGGCAGAAUAGGGCGGGAGUAUGACUUCCCUUGAAUGGGAUGCUGGAAUUCUGUUGAUGCAGCCUAGAAUAGCAUUAGCUUUUUUUGCUGCUGCAUCACACUCUUGACUCAUGUUAAGUGUGCGAUCUACUAAGACCCCUGGAUCCUUUUCAUAUGUACUACUGAUAAGCCAGAUGUUUUAUAUUUGUGCAGCUGAUUCUUCCUGACUAAAUUACCUUAAUUUUGUCCCUAUUGAAAUACAUUUUGUUAGUGUGGGCCCAGUUCUCCAGUCUAUUAAGGAGAAGGUAAUCUUGAAUUCUGUCUUCUGUGGCAUUAGCUACCCCUCCCAGUUUGGUGUCAUCUGCAAAUUUGAUGAGCAUUCCCUCAAUUCCUUCAUAUAAGUUGUUUACUUUUUUAAAAAGAAAUGAACAGCAAUGGGCCUAGGAUGGAACCCUGCAAUUUUUAUGUGUUUGUCUCAUGAAGUUCUAUUUUGUUAUAUGGAUUAUAUGGAUAAAAUUCAAAAGAAUACUAUCCAAAAAUGUGUUUAUUAGGAUAAAUAGCAUUAAAAUGCUGAAGAAUUUGGAUUGAUGAGGAGUGCUCAGGAGGGCCAGGGACAGAGGUCAGGGAACUGCAUUCAUCCCCUAAACCUGAGGUUCCUCACCCCUAGAUUAAGCAAUUGUUUAACUCAGUGCAGGGCAUAUUAUAGUGCCAAUGUGCAUGGUGCUUUAGCAUAUGCAAAAAGCAAGCCGCUGCCCUGAGGGGCAUACACAUAAAAUUCCACAGUGGAAAGUUGGGAGAUAGAUGGAAAUGCCGAGAGAGAGGAUGAGGUGACAAGGAAUAAACAUGUUUGUCACCAUCUGAAUGUUAAUGUUCCCCCAUUCUGGACAUUCACCUUGUGCCAUCCAUACAUAUCAAAGUCAUAUUCAGCAUUACUAGGUGACAAAGGUACCAUUCUUGAGUGUCAGAACACAGAUUUGGGAACUAGGGAAUAUGCACUUAAUCUCUGGGCUCUUUCUUAAGGAUUGCAUUCUGGACCACCAAGAAAAUAGAGUGAAUCUGGUGUUUGUUCCUCGGCCUCAAACACAUGGUGUGUGAGUGUGCCAGUGACAGCAGAUAUCUUAAUUAGUUUUGGCUGCAGUCUCUGCCACACCAGAACUUGCUGGCUGAGGCAGAGAGGAAGCACAGGGUCUGGUGAUGUCAGUGAACUGCUUUGACUUGUCCAGCGUCAAUAUUUGGGAGGGCUGGUGCUUUUGCUUGGAGACUUGUAAAUCCUCCUGGCAUCCCUGAACUGUAUCUCAAUCCUUAAAGCAUUUCUGCACAUAAUCAGGCAAAAGCUUGCCUUGGGGGAUAGUGUUUGAACAGCCAGUACUCACCCAAAUAUCAUUCCCUCUGUUUCCAAAGUUCUGAAGUGAGUGUGGAGCCUCACCAUCCACACAGAAGCAGGCUUCAGGGAAGCCCAAGAUUAUGGCAAAGGCGAGUCUCUGGAGCCAACUUAUUGACUGCAUCUCAUUGUAAAGAACACCUGAUUAGCACUAGUGUAGCAAUAACACCUCAGUUGUCCAUGCACAGUUGAUGGUGAUGGAUGUGUCAUUCAGAACCCACAGACCAGUUAAUUCUCUGAGAAAAUUAACUGAAAUGCUGAGACGUUUUUCAGCCUGAAUUUUAAAUGUACCCCUGACACCAGUUUCUGCAUAAAGGUUUAUUUAAGAGGAUAGUUAAUUAGUUCUACUACAUUUGUAUGAAACCUCUUCCCUUUGUUUAAGUGUUUGUUAAAUAACUCUCAAGGCUUAAAAAGGCAGAAAAUGUGAGCUGCAGGAAGACUGUGGUGGAGCAUUAGCAAACAAAACAGUGUGUCUGCACUGUCUGUGGGGCUGCCAGCUGCUUUGUGUCUAAUGCAGAAAAUUUAGAUGCUUCCCUUCCUUCUGUUAAAUUAGGCAUGAGGGAACCUGUUGAACUUCAGCCCCAUCCUCCCAGACCAUUGGCUGUGAUGGCUGGGACUGAUGGGAAUUGGAGUCUAGCUAUAGCUGAAGGACCAAGGGUUCUCCACACCAACAGUAAAUAAUAAAGUCAUAUUCACACUGUACAUUUAAGGUACUCUUAUACCACUUUAACAGUCAUUACUUCCCACAAAGAAGCAGUUCCCAAGCUGUUCUAUACAACCUUCACCAACCUGAUGCCUUCCAGAUGUUUAGGACUCCAGCUCUCACCAGCCCCAACCAGCAUGCUCAAAGGUCAGGAACAACAUCUGGAGAGCACCAGGUUGGGGACAACUGAUGUAGCCAAUACUACAGUAGAUGGAUCAAUAGUCUGACUAAGGCAGCUUCUGAUAUUUCCAAAUCCUAAAUUUCAACCUGCUGUUAAUGUCCUACAAGUCCUGACCUAUAUGAAUGAUUCUUGGUGCACAUGAGCAACAACAUGUUGUUUUCGGUCUGUUUGACCUUCAUACUGUAGAAACUUGUGGAACUCCAGUUUAAAUCGUCUGUGUUCUACAACCACAUUAGAAAAUGGUCAAUUGAUAUUGAUGUAGCCAAUUUGUUUGUUCUAUGAUUUAAACCUCUGAGACAUAGCAUUUUUCAAAAGAGAUGUUGUGGUCAAAUCGUACAGAGAAUUCUCUGAUUGCCUGCUACACACACACACACACACACACACACACACACACACACACCUAAACAGUUAUGAAAACAAAACAAAGCUUUGAUGAAAUUAUGUUUGGAGUUCCAUGCACUUCAAUGUUUUUGUUUAAACUACUUUUCUGGACUUAGAUCCCAUUGAUAUUGUUAAAGAUCCCAUCCCUCCACACGAAUACAAAUCAGAAGAAGAUCCAAAGCUAUAUAAAUCAGUGAAGACCACAAGGGGUCCUCUGUCAGAAGACUGGAUCAAAGAGCACAAGAACAACCCUGGGAGAUACCCUAUGAUGUGUGCAUACAAGCUGUGCAAGGUGGAAUUCAGAUAUUGGGGGAUGCAGUCUAAAAUUGAGCGCUUCAUUCAUGAUGUUGGUAAGUUUUUAACUCAUUGAGCUCUGCUCAGCAUAUUUGCUACUGGCUCAGUCAUUAUGGAAGAAUCUUGAAAAGCUGCCUGGGGCUGAUGGGAAUUGAACUCAGUUUGGAUGGCCACAGGGUUUCUUUUGUCCCUGGGCUCACCCAUAGACCACACCUUCCUACCAAAGGCUGGUGUUAGGAGGGUGCUGGCAGGGCUUGGCCCCAGAGCCAGACCAGAGCUAAGCCCAAGAACAAAGUUCCAGUUAAAUCUGCAUGAACUGGUUCAGGGCAUGAUCUGAAGGCACGUGACAUGGCAGCCUUGUGGAAACUAAGUAGUUCUGGGUCUGGUCAGUGCUUGGAUGGGAGAAUGCAAGGACUGGCCAAAUACAUUUUGCUGUCUGAGAUUAAAGAUAAGUUGAAACACACACCCAUUCCACAUACAGCCAGGCUAGCAAUUUAACUUUAUUUCAACAUUGGUGAUAAGACACCUUUGUCCACCACACCUGAGGGCAGCAUCUAGCUUACACAUACAAGGCAGGCUCUGGCUUCCAACACAUUUCCGCUGCCCCACACACCCCAGCACCCAGCACUGGGAGUGGCCGUCUCACUCUGCCUAAUGGUAGGGCCAGCCCUGGAGACUGCAUUGCAACUUUAUGUCCUCAAAUACAUCAGAGAGUCCUUGCAGAACCCCAGGGGGGAAAAGCCAAGGCUAGAACUCCAGGCCAUAUGUUGAGCAGAGGUCUAGCUUACCAGAAUGUUAUGGAGGCAUUCAAGAUUUAUUAAGAAAAACAUAAACCUUCAUAAGUCCAGAAUUCCAGGAGGGGAGAUCUGGGUAUGUACAGGAAUCAGCAUCCAAGUGUAGCACUGAAGCUUUCGUUGAUCAACAAUGGAUUGAAAUGUGGUGAUGCCCCCUAAUGUGUGUUCUUAUUAGCUAGAUCAGUGGCCUGCUGAAAAUUUUUGUGUCUCCCUGUCCCCAACCCCAAGGCUUGCGGAAGGUGAUGGUUCGGGCCCACAGGCAAGCUUGGUGCUGGCAGGAUGAAUGGUACGGGCUUACCAUUGAGGACAUCCGGCAGCUGGAAAAGGAGGCACAACUGAUGCUGGCACAGAAGAUGGCCCAGUUCAGCUGCAAUGAGAGCGAGCUGGAGCAGCACCUUCCCAAAGACCCUCUGGAUGAGAAUGAUACGGAAACAAAGGCCAUAUCUCCAUCCACCGAGGCGGUGGACACUGCUAGCAAUAUCGGUGAAGCCUUGCCGGGGAGAGUGCUGACCAAGCAGUGGUCGACGUCUUCCAAGUCCUCUUCAAAAAGAGGAGGUGAGUCACACCCACCUGGUUAGUUUCAAAAGGAACAGAGUAUGUAGCUAACAACUUCUGAAGGUUGAUGUACAGAGUCAUAGCGUUUGGUUGUGGCAUUAAGCUGAAAGAGUGAUGCAGUGCAGUGCCACAGCACCUACUUGUGUGUUGUGGUGGGUGGGGUGCUAGAAGCUGUCACACUCCAGCCUCUAUACACUACCAAAAUGAGCCGAGGGCCACCACCGGCUAGUUCCCGCUUUGUAAGGUGUUAAUGGCUGGUUUCCUGCUAGAGGAAGCAUUAUGGAAUCGUCCUGCCUAUUACAGUUCCCUCCCUCCAAAUCCCUCAGCAUUGAUUUGUAUGUUCAUUUCUCCCUGGUGUGUGCUUUGUUGUGAAACUUGAUUGGUUGGAGAACUUCAUCGAAAAAUUCAGAUAAGUGCAAUUUAUGUAGAAUGGCUGUGUUUCAGUUUUCAUAUUGUUUGGAAAGUACAGAUUUGAUAAAUUUGGCUUUAAAUGAAAACUGAAUCAGUUUCUCCCAAUCACUAAUUGCUAGCCACUCACCCCCUCAAAUUACUGCAGUUUGUUGGGAAGCAAUUGACUACCGACCCCGUUUUCCUUCAGUGGAGAUAUGCUUUGUAUAGCGACCCUGGAAGAGAUAGGAUUUGAUCCCACAAUUCCAAGAUCCAAGCCCAGCUCUGAUGAAACCAAUAGGCCAUGCUCUCCAAAGUACACCUGCUUCUGAGGACCCAGAUAGGACACUUGCUUUAACCAAGUCUGGGUUUAUCCCAACCCAAAACGAACAUUCUUGCAUUCCUUCAAACAGUGAAUGAAAGAUGUUUCCAUGUGGACAUGCCACAGGAAUAGCCCUCGUAGAGCAUAGCAGGCAUUCCUGAGAGAGUUUCCUUUUAGUUCGGUAGAAGCUGAUUCUAUUCUGAAGAAAUGUUAUACUCCCUGACUGACUUCAGUAUGAAUUCUUUAUAGCUUUACAACCUAGAGGUGUUUCGUUCCUUUGAAAAGCUACAGGCCAAGAAAAUGUUCCAGCGGGUCAGGUUCCCUUCUUUGUUGGUGUUCUUUUCCAGCCAUCCUUCAUUGUGAGACAGUAGUGGAUUUGGGUCGUCGUUCCCCCCCCCCCCCGAUAUGGACUGUAUAAUAGAGCUAUCAUGGUCUAUAGUGUACAGUUGGUUCUUCUGCCUAUCUGCUAAAGAUCUGGUCAAACAAAUCUUUUAAACACUGCAAAAAAACACAAACCGUAUGAAGGAGGAGCAUAACAGGGUGAGUGUCCAGACUGUGGACAAUCAUGGCACUGAAUCAGGGUGGGGAACCUGUGGCCCUCCAGAUGUCAUUGGACACCAGUUCUCAUUAGUCACAGAUCAGAAUGCAGGAAAAAAUAAUUCAGGAAGAAUUUAAAGCUGAUCCUAUAACAUCUGCACUUUCUGAAACAAUAUACAAACUGAAAAACACCUAUCCUUCAACAUUCACACUGUAAUUCCCCAAACAAUGUUCAAAAAAGUCAUAUAUUAGAGGACAGUUGUGCAUGAAAAUGAAGAUAUUAUUUGAAAUAACAUUCAAAAAUGCAUUAUAUUGGGGGAAAUUGCUUGCAAAAACAUGUCCAUUAGUCAGAAUUGCAUAUAAAAAUGUGCUUAUUAGGAGGGUUUUGGACUAAAAUGCUGAGGAAUUUUUAUGAGGAAUUUAAAAAAAAAGAAUUUGCAAAUUGUAGAGAACUGGAUUUGAGACUGUGAAAAUGAGACACCGAGAAAACCAAAAUGUACAGAUCCUUAGUCCCAGCCAUCAUGGCCAAUGGUGAGGGAUGAUGACCUAACAAUAUCUGGAGGGUCACAAGUUUCUCAUACUUGCUCUAUAGCUAUCACUUUUUGAAAGCACCAGUCUUUUUCCCACCACUAGAACACAGAGGAAUCCAGAUAUGCCAAGUGCUUCUUUUAGGGUUGCUUUGUUUUGUCAGCCAAAGUCAAUUUGUUUGUCUAAAGAAGUGUCCCUGGUUAGUCAGGCAACUGACGUUAAUGUUUCCAAGAUUAUUUUGCAUUCCAGUACUUAUAAAAACUGUAGGUGGCAAGUGCUGUCUUAGAAGGGGCAUUCUGUGAUAUGAGACGUAAUGGGGAAUGCCUGUUCUAAGAUGUGAUGACCAUAAAACUAAAAUAUACUUCUUAUCACAAGGGGCAUUAGAAGAGCCCUGCUGGAUCAGGCCAAGGGCCCAUCUAGUCCAGUCCUCUCUUCUCAAAGUGUCCAACCAGGUGCCCAUGGGAAGACUGAAUGCAAGCAGAAACGGAGGGCAACAGCUCUCGGCUUUCUUUAGAACUGCUGUGUUCCCCCCCCCCUUAUGUGCAAAUGUAUGCAGAUUUAAUCAAUUAAUUGAUUAACCUACUAAUAUGAUUCAUCAGCUAAGAUUGCUUUAAUUGUGUGGCAGCCAUAGCUUCAUGGCAUCAGGGUUUUGUCAGGGCACAUUCUCUAUCUGGCAAGAGGAGCAGGGUUGUACACUGGAAAGUGUGGGUAAGGGUAGGAGCAAUAGAAAUGCUUAGCGAUUUACCAGGCAUGGAAACUUCUGCUGUGGCAUGACUGCCUCAAGCGAUGUGCUUUUCCUGGACAUGUGCUUGUCUAAUGUGAAAUGCUAGACAUAAAACAAGCGACACUCAUCCACGAGGCUCUGUUACUGCUUGGAUCCUUUAAUCCCCUGUUUUGGAGCUCUUUGGAAUCCAGUGACCAUAGCAAAGGUACUGCACCAUGUUUAUACAUUAAGGUGUUUCCACUAUCAACACCGCCCCCCCCCCGUACUUUUCUCUCCAAGGAUUAUAAAAUUAAUAAAAUGGAGCUCAAACUGCGUUGCAAACCUGGUCUCGCAAGGGAGCAUUUCUGUGCUCACUGGAGGGGGAGAAAGAGACAAUUUAAAGAGGAGAUAGGAUCCUGAGUCAACUGGAGCCUUCUCCCAUUCCAAUGUGUGAUUGGAAUGAAUCGUCCCUUAGAGAAGACCAUACUAAUCUAUGGUGGAUUUGUGGGACAACUUUUCUUCCACUGCCUCAUCAUAUCACCCUGAUUUGGAACAAAGAGCUAUUGUUUUGCUCUUAGGAUGCUUCUCUGUGCUUAGUUCUAGAAUGGGGGAGGGGAGUUAUUUGUUCCAUUCCACUUUUAAAAUCAGUUUUAGGUUAGUGCUCCUGAUCCACAGAUCUUUGUGCACCACAGAGGACUGCAGUUGCACACAAGGGCCGCUGCACACUCAUCUGUGGUGCUGAGUCCAGGAACAACACAUUUAAAAGCUGGAGCUCUGGCUCAGCAUUUUUGAGAAGCACUGGCUUUGGUACCCAGCGGUCGGUCACUUUCCACAGUUGCAUGCAUGCAGAAAGCUGCAUGAAAUCUCAUACGCACAGAGCAGGAUGUUCACUACAGGACUGUCCUGCCAACCCACUCCUGGAAAGGCCCAGCCAUCCUCCACCUGACUCUCGGCAGAGCUAAGCCAUGAGCAUAUCCAGCUCACCCCUCUGCAUCGUGGCCUUGUUGCUAGCCAGGCGCCCCCAUCAGACUGGAUCUGGCUAGUGAGAGAAGCGAAUUGCAGUGAGUCAAGUUAGGGAAGCACAUCAUGAGAGUCUUUUUAAUCUCCUCCUCAGCUUUUUUAGGAGAUGGCCACACAUUUGCAUGCAUGACCACCAAGGGAGCUGCUCCUCAAGUUUCCUGCUGAUACAGAUGAGAUGAAAGCGGCUUCUUUUGUCUCCUGCAUGAGGGCUCGAUCAGUCUUCUGCUGUGUAAGCGAGACCCCUGGUGUAAGCGGGGACCCUUGUCGCACGCACGCCUGUAUUAUUAUCUGUUCUAUUUUUAGCAGCUGUUCUGCGAGGGCCUUUGACGUCAGUCCAGUGUGGUUUAGCUGUGUGCUGUCAAUCACUUGGCUCCCUUAUUCCUAAAGGAAUGGGGUGGAAUAGUCAGGGGUGACAGAGUGAAUGCUGAAGCCAUAAUUAGCUACGCAGUUGAUCCAGUGGCGGGGUGGGAGUGUUACAGCAGUGACCUUUCUACAUGACAAUUAGUAAAAGUAGAAUCCAAAGCCAUUGGAACCAGACAGAGGGCCUUCUCGGUAAUGGCGCCCGCACUGUGGAACUCCCUCCCAUCAGAUGUCAAGGAAAUAAGCAGCUAUCCUAUUUUUAAAAGUUAUCUGAAGGCAGCCCUGCUUAGGGAAGUUUUUAAUAUUUAAUACUGUAUUGUUUUUAACACUCGAUUGGGAGCCGCCCAGAGUGGCUGGGGAAACUCAGCCAAAUGGGUGGGGUAUAAAUAAUAAUAAUAAUAUAUUAUUAUUACCCAGCAUGUGUGGCUGCCUUCUGGUGGUACAAUAAUAAAUGGGUUUUUCUUGCUGGUGUGUCAUUUAACGCGAACCACUACAUGUCUUCUGGGUGGCUCCAUGUGAGUUUAAUACGCUAAAAGCUAUUUGGCUGCCUUUAUUAGAUUAUAUGUGGUUGUAGCAUUUAGUGUGGAUUCUCUGGUGUCUAUUACCGAGCAGUGCCAACCUUCACUAAGUGGGGAUAAAGGAAAAGGGGAACAAAACCAGGGUUUCCUCAGGGGAGUGCUGAGGUUCUGGCGAAAUGUCCAGCAGCACAAUAGCACUGCCAUCCUUGGGGCCAAACUAUAAGUGUUAUGUCAUUUAGGGGUGGAUGAGAAAUUCUGUUUUGUUUGCAUUUUAAUCAGAAAUCAUCUAAUCUGUACUUCUUGGAUCAAUAUGCAAACCAAAACAUAGCUAUCGUUCAAAAUUUGCUCUUCUCUGAAUUUUGCAAUGCAGUUCUCCAACCAAAUAGUAUGUAUAAAACUGCAAAUAUUGGGGGGGGUGGAUUUAAAAUGUUCAUAUUAGUGAAAAUAACAUACAGAAAUGCUUUAUAUUAGGUCAAAUUGCUUGCAAAAGUGUGUAUUGGUCAAAACAGUGUAAAAAAUGUGUACAUUGGGAGAAAUUCACAUUAAAAUGCUGAAGAAUUCACAAAUUGCUGCAGAGAUGUGGAGAACUGAAUUUAACUAUGGAAGCAUCAGAAACUAGGAAAGUGAAACUGGAAGAUUUCUCAAUAUUCCUACAAGCCAGUGCUUGCUUUUUAUUUUUAUUACUCCUGAUGGGUUUGGAGUUGGUUUGUUUAUUUUGGUGGUGGUUUUUAUUGAAAGCUGUUUCAGAGGUAGCCAUCAGGAGUAGGAAAAGGAGAUGCUAGCCCUUUCCUUCCUUCCAUUUGUCCACUCAAAACCACACUCAAGCUGGUUCCGUCCCUGCAGGGGGAAAGUUAUAGGGCUCCCACAGAGAGGGUAAUUUUGAGUGGACUGACAGCAGAACGCAGUUAAGCUUUCUUUAACCACUGGCGCUGCCCACUGCUCUUCUGCUCCUGAUUGUAGCAGCCAAAUUUGCCUUUCCAUAAAACAGCUAACUGCUGGGGAGGAGCACAACUAAGUAGCACCCAAGAUGUCAGGGGCAGUGCAAGAGAUUGCUCGGUUUGCUUCUUCUGUUUUAAUUGGACCACUAGGAAUGCUUUGCCUGAGGAGAGUUUUCAAAAUCCUGGAGCAGAAACACUCCAUGGUGGCCAGUGAGCACUUUUCAUGGGUGGCACAAACUGCACAGCAACCCCCACAGAGGUCACUUUAAGUUGCACAUGCCUGUUCAUCUCUUUUGCAUCUCACUGUGUGGAGAAACCACCUUGCCUUUUGCCACUAAAAUGUGGUGAUUCAAAGAGAGUGCUUCACCUGGUUGCAUGCCGCUACCAACAAACAGCUUGGUUCAUAGAGGCAACUGCCACAGAAAGCCAUAAAAUACGGCCUCAAUCAAGACUCAACAGCUGGAGUUUAAAGUGUAAAUACUUUGACAUGUGGUCUAACAUCAGUCCCAGCAUUGCCCUUUCCCUUCUCUCCUUCUGUCUUUUUAUUUUUCAAUAUUCAGUGUGAGGAAGAGUCUUUUGUGACUCAAAAGCUUGCAGAUAACAUUGUGAAUAUCUGCUUUCCUGAUAAAAGAUACUUCUUUUGCCGUCCUUGUGAUUUCUGAGGAGAAGACCAUGUAUAAUCAGGCAGCUUCCUUUUUUUAAUUGCAAACCUGUAAAACAGAAAUGAUUUUACACAUCCUUCCGAUGCUUAUAAAUAGCUGCUCUUUGGAAACAGCAGCAGAGGCUUGCAGACUGCUGUGGCGUCUCGGCGAUGGGAUUUAAGAAUCAUAAACUAUGCAGGACUCAGGGAGGAAAGUUUGAUAUCACACUGGCAUCAUUAGGUCUGCUGUGUGCCCCACUUAGGGGACACAUUUCCACCAAGACCACCGAAGUGUGCCUCUACCACAGAGAGCAUGACAGGACCUCCCUUGCUUUUUCCUGAGCAUCGCUGAUUGCACAAAUCCAUUCUGUUUCUCCUAGCAAGCCCCUCACGCCAUAGCAUAUCGGAGUGGAGAAUGCAGAGCAUUGCAAGAGAUUCAGACGAGAGCUCCGACGACGAAUUCUUUGAUGCACACGGUAGGUGGGGCAUAGAAAGAGCAGCUGCUAAGCUGUGUUAACGGGUGUGUGAGUGCCAUGGUGUAUAUGUGCAGCCAUUUGCAUGAGAGAGAAGCUGUCCUUUCUCUGAUGAAGCUGUGUCACUUCAGCAUCGCUCCAGAUGGAAGGCCUGGACUUUCCUCACUCCACCCUUUCUAUGUUAUUGUGGACACUUUUCAAGUUCAUCCAGAUGCAUCUUUUGAGUUUAGACAUGCAUUUGUUUACUAGCUGAAGUGACCCAUUCAUCCGCACCCACCCUCCCCACCCCUGGUGGUAAAAAUAUAGUAAAAUGUUUUUUUAAUCAUUAACAGUUUGCUUCCCGUUAAUGGUGCCCCAAAGUCUGUUCCCUGAAGUGAGUUAAUCUACCAUACCUAAUGAUUUUAUGAUGUGCCUGCAGCCUAUGAAACACUAUGUUUCCCUGGGAGUGAUAGUGUGGGGAAGGGAGGAAGGAGGGUAUGCAGCCAGACAGACAGACAGACAGAAAAGGUGUGGCUGUAAUAAACAGCUUGUCUGCUUCAGUGUAGCUUGAUGUCACCUUGUUGUUGUUGGCUUAGAUAGAUGACAUUAGAUAGAUAGAUUAUUUUUUAGAGAUAGUGUUGUCCGGUAUAGUCAUUAGACUAUUUGGAGCAGGAAGGCAUGGAUUCAGAUCUCCUCAGUUAGGUGGCCUUGGAUCAAUUGCUGCCUCUCCUCCUUAGCAUCACUUUCUUUGUAAAAGUGCCUGAAACAGUGGCUGCUGUACAAUAAUAGUUAAAAACUGUAAAACCCUGCCAGGAAGCUUGCAGUCUGAAAGUGUCAGCCUAAACACGCCUCUUAGAAUUGUUCUAAGGAUAAAAAAGAUAACCCCAUAGAUUCCUACUGAAGCUCUUCGGAACAAUAAGGCUGGAUCUAGACACAUCAAAGAAGCGUUUCAGUAAAAUGUGUUGGAAAUUUAAACAGGGAAAACAGGUACUGUAGAGAAAAAUGGGGCUCCUCAUCGCUAUCUGAUGGCACAAUGUUGUAUCACACAUACAACGCAUAUAAAUCACAAUCUAGUUGAGUCCAAGGUAUAAGUGUAAAAGUGUAAACCAAAUGCAGUUCAAUAAGUUGGGUUGUUAUAUAGCUUUCAUAUUUUGUUGAUUCAUAUUGACUGAAGGGUUGUUGUUGUUUUACAUUCUUUACCUGCUUUUGGAUGAAGGUUGUCUCCUUAACACAUGUUUCCCCCAAGGGUACUUCCAAACCAACCCCACUGCCACAAGAUGCAAUGAUGGCAACCAGCUUAGCUGGCUUUAAUAAUGGAAAUACAGUAGAUUGUUUCUGGUGAAUCAGUUGCUCAUUUGGAUUCUCCAUCUGAGAGAGGCUCAGAGGAUGGUGGCAAGGGAGAGAGCCUUUCAGUUGCGGCUCCUCACCUGUGGAAUGCUCUUCCUGUUGAGGUCUGCCUGGCAUCUUCCUUGUCAUCUUUUCAACACCAGAUAAAGACUUAUAUUUUUUCCAGGUUUUUGAUAGACUAAGAUGCUGAUACUUGCAUGCUACCAAAGCUUCUUGUAGCUGUUAUGGAGGAUGUUGUUGUUCUGUUUUUAUGCUAUAAAUGUAUUUAUAUUUAAGUUUUUAAUGUGUUGUAAGUCACUUGGAGACCUUCAGGUAACAAGCAACUAAUAGGUCUUAUUAUUGUUACUGUUCUUCUUCUUCUUGUUGUUGUUAUUAUUAUUAUUCAGAGACAGUGUGUCACUGAAUACCAGAUGCUGGAGAACAACAGCAGGAGAAUGCUGUUGCCUUCAUGCACUGCUUCUAGUCUUUGCAGAGGCAUUUGAUGGGUCCUUGGGUGAAACAGGUUGCCAGAAUGCAUGGCCCUUUGGUUUGAACCAAUAGGAUUCCUCUGGUGUUUUUCUGUUCACUGCUCUGCAAGUACUGCAUUUGUCUUUGCCCUAAGAUGUCCCUGGAUGAAGUCCACCACUCUUCUAUACUUGAGUAUUGAGUGGGAUUCUUGAGAGCAGGGAAGUCUUGUUUUUGAGUUUCUACCCUUCAGAACUUCUUGAUCAUGAUACAGCAGGCACAUCUCUUGAACUAGCAAAACUGAACCAACGAGAGCCUCUUCAGAGCCUCUUCGGUAAAACCACAUAUCAUUGCUCAAUAGCAUUCUCAUGUCGAGACAACUGAUUAUCCUAAUGUUUUGGACUCCCCCACCUCAACCGUUUGGAUAAAUGUAAUUGUAAUUUAUAUUUACAAGGGAACAUUCUAUGUUCUAAUUGGUCUGGAAUACUUCCAGAAUGUUCAGAUAAUCAUAGGUUUAGUAUAGCGUUAUAGUGACACAGAGUAACGUUCUUAUUUCUGUUCUGUCAACCAUUUUUUUCACUUGAAAAUGCUUUACAGAUUUUAACAGCCUGAUCCCAUGCAUAUUUACCUGGAAGUAAGCCCUGCUGAAUUCAGUGGAACUCCUCAGCAACUGUGCAUGGGAUUUUGCUUUUUUAAAAAAUAUCCCAGGCACUCUUGAUAGGUACAUUGAAGGAAGCUUUUCAGUUCUAUACUAGAGGGAGAAGUGGCAUCUGUCCUCUUUGUUGCUGCUCUCAAAAGCAGAGGGGCCCUGUUCUCAAUGCAUGGGCCAUGUUUAUUCCCAUUUGAGGUGAUUUGAGAUUGAGAUGUUGGAGGAAUGUGAGUGACUUGCCUGUGACUGCCCAGCAUUGAAUUGGCUCGGAUGUAAGCCUCAGUAUUUCUCCAAAAGUUGUGAAAUAGCUUCAUCUGCUCCCUAGAUAAUGUAACGUAAACACUGAAAAAGGCUCUCUCCCACCCAGCCUCCCUCUCUUUAACCCAGCUACCCACUCUUCCUCCAGCCCCCCCCUCCCUGUGGAACCCACUUCCUGGCCAAUGGCAGCAGCACCCCAGUCACAGGGAGAAGGAACAAGAGAGGUCUUGCUGAAUAUAGUUUUGUGGUUUAAAAUCCAAACCAGAGAAAAAUUCAGGGUUCCUAAUGCAGACCUCUUCUUUGAGAUGAGCAUUACAAGCCUUGGAAAUACAUGUAACAUGCUGAAGGCUGUCUUGUGAGCUGUCACACCCUGUAUAGAAUAAGGCAGUGUUCUUGAACUUUGGUUCCCCCAGUUGUUGUUGGGUUACAACAACCAUCAUCUCCAUCCAGCUUAGUCAAUUGUCAGGGAUGAUGAAAAUUGUAGUCCAACAACAUCAGGGGACUCAAGGUUGAAGAACAAUGGGAUAUGGAUUUGAACAUGGUUCCUGCAUUCUGCAACAUGUCGUUGUCAUAAUAAUAGUGCAUUAAAAAAAAGGUAAAGGACCCCUGACAGUUAAGUCCAACCACGAAUGACUCUGGGGUUGCGGCGCUCAUCUCGCUUUACUGGCCCGAGGGAGCCAACGUUUGUCUGCAUACAGUUUUUCCGGGUGAUGUGGCCAGCAUGACUAAGCCGCUUCUGGCAAAACCAGAGCAGCGCACGGAAAUGCCGUUUACCUUCCCGCAUUAUUGCAUUAUUACUUUUUGGAGGGACACUCUUGCACUAUGUAUGGUGUGGGGAUGGGAUGGGACUGGAACACCUGGGGUAUGAAAAGUUACAGGAUUCCAGUAGGAAGGCAUACACUUAGUGCAAACCAAACAGUAAGUCCACCCCAAAACUUUUGCAGGUGCAAACAGUAUUGUGAGAUUACAUAACUGUCUCAAUACCUUCACGAGCACAAAUGACCAUGAAAGCACAAUAUGAAGGAUGUAUCGAGGGGGCCCAAGUGGAUGUAGAUUAACAUGGGCUUGAGGGGAGGGGUGCAUUUAAAACCACCUUUCCUCCCUUAAGUGUAGGCUGUCACAGCAAUGACAGGUAUAGGAGCCUGAUAGUUUAUAUUUCCUGCCCAUACCCCUAUGCAGAUCAUAACAGCCAUUGUAUUUAAUAAAGUGACUCUAAUUUUAAACCCACACCUUUGUGCCUUAUCUAAUUAUUUCUAGUCUCCUAAUGCAACCUUACAAGAUCAUGUACUCCAUACCCAUGAAUCCAGCAUUAUUAUAGACCCUGCAACUCCCUCUCUGUGUAUGGCACUUCCAGGCUGUCACAGUUAUGCAGAUGGAAUUCCUUCAUGUGACAGGAAAUUCAGGAUGUGCAAUUAAAGCUUAUUUGGUGCUCUUGUGCUACAAACUCUCUCUUUGUUAAAAAACAAAAACAAAAAACCAACACAGACUUUUUGCAAUAAGGAAAGUGAUGGGAAAAUGCACUGGGAAUUGUAGAAUAACAUUUGCUUGAGGCAGUGUAGUCUUACCUCCCUGCAAACAAAUCAAACGAAUGCACAAUAAGUAGCCAGUGUUGUCUCAUCAGGAUGAAUGCUCAAUAAACAGGUCUCCUGGAAGUGAUCCACAAGGGGCUUCAGUUUCUGGGGAAUAUAAUAGGUCCCCAAAAAGACCCCAGAGGAGCCAGGCAUAACUGCCCUAUAAGGCAUCUUAAUGUAGAUGUCUGUUUCUGAAGCUGAGUAAAGAUGGGAGGGGGUAGCCCCUUUACACUAGGAGGUCACAUGAAAAAUCCAUUGUGUACUGUUUCCAUGAGCUUCUUGAAAGAAAGUGGACACAUAACAAAUAAUAUCCUAGCCAUAUUCUGGCUGUUUUUAUUAGAGGCAUGAGGAUUGCAUUAUCUUCUCACAAAAGGAUCUUGAUCAUAUAUAUAUAUAUAUAUAUAUAUAUUGCAAGACUUCUCACAUGUUCUCAGUUGCUGGCAAAGUAUGACAAACCGAAUUAUUAACACUGAAUAACUGUUCCAUAAAAAUGCAAAUAAUGGGAGCAAGAAGCCAUUCAGUGAUCAUGGUAAGCAGCAGUGAGAGAGCUGUAAUUAAGCCUUCUAAGCAACUGGGUUCAAUAUUUAGAUAAAGUAGCAGGGACAAGCCUGGAAUGUAAAUUCACUCCUCUUCGCUCUUUACGGUUUUGACAAUGCAUACUCCCCGCACCCUGUGCAUGACAUUCAACAGAUGCACCAGCUUUGUUGGAUUAAUUGGUGCAAUACUUUCAUUAAUUGCAGAUUAGAAAUAUGCACGUUGUUAAUCAUAGCCGUGAGAAGGGUGAUUGACACCAGUGUACUGAUGUAGGCAAGCUUUAUCAUCUUUUCAUUGAACCCUGUUCUGACUAUUUAAUGAUUUAUCUUUGGCAUUAUCCCAGAGAAAGAGUUAUUUUCCCCAGUGCAAAGACUUCAGCAGUUGCUUGCAUUUGUAAUCUUUAUUUUAGCUGGUUAAUUAAUUGGUAAACAGGAAGAGAGUUCAAUUGUCUAGCUUCUCUUUCAGCAGUCAAUAGCCUUGUUGGAGGUGCAAUCCAUUUAUCUAUUCUCCAUGUGCACAGUUGCUAUCAGGUGUAUUAUAAGGACAACAGGAACAUAGGGAUCUGCCUUAAAUUAAGUCAGACUAUUGGUUUAUCUAGCUCGGUGUUGUCUAAAACCUCCUUCCCCAACCUGAUGCUCUUCAGAUAUUGUUGGACUGCAACUCCCAUCCUCCUUGAUUAUUGGCUGUGCUGGUUGGGGCUGAUGGGAAUUGGAGCCAAAUCAGUUUUCAUCAGAAUCUGAAGCUCCAUGUGCGAAGCUACUGGCUGUGCUCAGGAACAGGGCUACCUGUGUUCCAAGGCUUGAAAGGCCACCUGUCACUUCAACCUCGCAUUCCCUCCUCCAAACCUGUUCCAGAAAGGCACAGUACCCUCGGUAAACUGGUAGGUAGGAGAGUCCCCGUAGAGACCAAUGCUUUAUUUUAAAUGCCCCAUGCCACCCCCACCCCCCAUCUCGCCACCAUUUGCCCCCUCACACCUCUGCCUGCCGCUGUUGUGACUUCGGGUUCAUCCACACUUCUACUUGUCUUGCUGCUUUCCCCUAGAAAAACCUGCUCAUUACUGCUGAAUUGGAGCAGGUUUUCUCUCUCUUUUUCUUUUCAAUUUUUAAUUUAAAAAUGCAGUAAAAUGGCUACAUACAAAUUAAUAAAACAGAAAAUACAGCACAAAGCAAUACUUAGUGUAACAAUAGCAGUUCCAAAGCAGCUCAAAAAACCACUCCCAACAUUAACCAUAGUUAAGAUUCUGCUUUGUCAAUACAUGGUUUAAAGCGAUUGCCCUUAAAUUCUCUGUUAACGCCUGUUUGUGUUUGAAACAGAUAAGGCUUUUUUCUGUGAUUUAUUUUUCAAAGCCUUUGAUUUCCCUGCCUUAUGAACUGCUGUGGAUUUUCUUACCAUCAGCUCUCCAUGUCUGCCCUUCUAGCCUCCAGCUGUUAAGAGCUGGCACAGUGUUAACAAAGACCACAUGACACCAUAUUCUGUGUCUGUAUUUAUGAACCUAAUUGUUCUCUUCUCUCUCUUUAAAGAGGACUUGUCUGAGAAUGAAGAGGUGUUCCCAAAAGAAAUUACCAAAUGGAGUUCAAACGAUCUCAUGGAUAAGAUCGAAACUCCAGAAUCUGAAGAAGUACCAGGUAAUUUUUGUGUGUGGAAUGGGAUGCAGCUGAGAGUAUUGUACAGUUAUUCCACUGAAUGGCUGUACUCUUAGGUGAAUAAUAGAAGACGGGUCCUUUAAUAAUGAUAAUAAUAAUUUUAUUAUUUGUAUCCCACCCAUCUGACUGGGUUGCUCCUGUCACUCUGGGCGGCUUCCAACGUGUACAGAAACAUUUCUCUAAUUAAAACAUGUUAGCUUAGCCAUCUUAGCCAAGUCCAGUUAUUUUUCAGCCAUUCUUCUAUAGUGAAUGAGGCUGUUACCUUCCCAGGGUUUUUGGGGUGGUGGUGGAGGGGGACAGGUAGAAAACCAGAGUAAGCCUGCAGUGUAGUUGUGUACUGUUGGGGCCUGUCCAUGCUUCCAUUCGUCCUGCACUUACUUAGAAUUUGCACUGGAACAAUAGAACUGGUCCAAAAGCUUUUCAUUUAUAUCCUGACACAGAAACGCAACAUGCCCCCCGCUUUUUACCAUUGUAUCAGAACAAACGAAAGGCUACUUAAAACCCAAAUAUAAAUUAAUUCCCCUUCUUUUUUUCUUUUUCUUUUUUACUCCUGAACAGAGAAACACACACUUUUCCUUGUGUCUAUUCUUUAUUGGUUGUCAGGUCCAUCCCCUCAGGAAGUGAUAGUGGAACUCUUAGCUGAUAAACAUCUACAAAUUAUACAUCUGGUAGCCAAAUUUGCUCUGGCAGCUAAGAAGCUUUGUUCCAGUUCUGAUAAUGCAGUGUAAUUUUAAAUUUUUAUGCUGUAAACUUUUGUGCUAUAGACUUUUAUGCUGUAGAUUUUUAUAGACAUUUGAUGUGUGAUUUGCCAUCUUUGUUUAUUGUGAAGGUCUUUGGGUAUAUAUAAAAAACUGAACGAUAAACACUUUUCCUUGUGGCACAAUGUUGUGGGUAUUCCACUUUCCCCUCCACCCCUUCUGUCUCCACCCACACCUUGAGUAAAAUUGGCCAGUUUUUUCCUGAGCCCGUUGCUGUGCACUUCUGGUUCCCUGCCCCAUGCUAUUUUUUCUUAGGUGUCCCCUUCCUGUGCUCAUACGGGCAUUGUGAACAGCUAGGUAUAUGUGAGCGAAAGCAGUUUCCCUUUUUCCCUUUCCAGUGCCAAUGUGUGUUGGAUGUGCAACCACAAUGCAAGCAUUGGGGAUGAUGGGGGAAUGUGCAUUAUCCAAAUUAACCCCCUUCCUUCACUGCAGGGGCAGUCAGUGCCUUGUGCUACUGCCACCUCGAAUGUUCUACAUUAUGGGCUGUAUGGGUGGUCUUUCUUUAAUGGCAAUUAAAGUACAGUCUUGGGAUGCGGGUGGCGCUGUGGGUUAAACCACAGAGCCUAGGGCUUGCCGAUCAGAAGGUCGGCAGUUCGAAUUCCCGCGAUGGGGUGAGCUCCCGUUGCUCGGUCCCUGCUCCUGCCAACCUAGCAGUUCGAAAGCACAUCAAAGUGCAAGUAGAUAAAUAGGUACUGCUCCGGCGGGAAGGUAAACAGUGUUUCCAUGCGCUGCUCUGGUUCACCAGAAGCGGCUUAGUCAUGCUGGCCACAUGACCCAGAAGCUGUACGCUGGCUCCCACAGCCAGUAAGUGAGAUGAGCGCCGCAACCCCAGAGUCGUCCGCGACUGGACCUAAUGUCAGAGGUCCCUUUACCUUUAAAGUACAGUUUAUUUUUCACUUGUUGCACACCCCUUUGGGGGUUCCAGAAAACAUAUUGUGUGCAAGUGCACAGGAACACAAUGGACUGAAAAAAGCAACAGAAAAGGAGGGCAUGUGCAGCUGCACUGUGGCGCAAGGGGACAGAGAAAGGGGUGGGGAAGAAGGAAGAAAAGUGGAACACUGCAGUUGAUAGGAUAGUGCUCAUUUUCAGGGAUGCCUCCUUGAAAAGUGUGGAGUGAGGCGUUUACUAAUUGAAAAAAAUUGGAUAAAUGUGGAUAGACACUUAAUAAGCCAUGCCCCCAACCUGUCUUCUCAAUCUAGGUAACAAUGGAAGAUCCUUCACAAGAAAAAGCUUUAAAAACUUUUGAAAUUCACAUCUCCUCCUGUUACAUCUGUUCAUAGGUUUGGCCAUUUUGUGAUCUUGUUCUAUGCAGAUUUUCCAAAAUGGAGAGUUGGGAGCAGUCCCCACCAUGUCUCUCUCCCCUUUUCCCAUAUUAGCAAACAUGGUGGCAGAAUAGUGGCAGAUACCCCUUCACGUACUAAACCUUGGGAAGUAUUAGAAUGUCUCAUGGUCUUUGGAGGAAAGAACCCAAAUUCAUAUGACCAUACGUCUUUCCUUCCAGACGAUCCAUGUCUUGAAUCAGCAGCAGAGUACCAUGUUGGAUCCAGCGUGGAAAGGCUAAGCAUCAUUGAGGUACAGUGUCUAAAUAAAUUCCCUUUUCCAGCUUAUAUUUUUUAAAGGUGCAGCUUUUAUGUGUGUUCUAUAUCCACGUUUGUCCCUCUGAGCGGAAACAUUCCAUACCUACAGCUGUGAUCUGGCAACAAAAUCUGGAAUCUACCUGAAGCGUGUGGCCAGAUAUGACUCUUGAAUUGAUCUGACCACAGUGCAAUUCACACUUUUGCCUGGUUUCCCCUGCAAGGAAAAGAAACAUUCCUUACUCCUUUUGUAUCAUAUAUCACUUGCAGUCUGCCUCUUGGUGGUGGUAGGGAUAUAUUAGGGAACACAUUAAACCCUCAAUCCUGCCCCCCCCCCCCGCACACAUUUACAUUGCUGCAUUGCCAUGGGGACGUGCUCCACAUUCUUGAAGCUGCUGGUUCAUGCCAAUUUUAUUACAGAACUUUACAACAUUAUACGUAGGAUAUAAAUUGUUCCUGCCCUCAGAGUAGUAGCCACUGAGUACUGUGAUCUCUGAGAAUUUCAGACACUGGCCACCCCUGCUUUGAUGGAAAAGCACCAGAAACUGAUAGUGGGCGUAUGCACACUCUGGUUUACUCUGCAUGGUGUGCAUGCCCACCGCAGGUCUGGGAAGUGGUGUAUGUAUGGCGUUAUCCAUUAUCUGUAUCUAUCCUGUUGUUAGGAAAUACUGCAUUUUGAUGCAUUUCCCCCUUAAACCAGCUCCUGUCUAAAUUGCUGGGAAAGAGAACGACCUAGCUGCUCUUUCAGCCAGCAGUGUGUACACAGCCAGUGUCUUCAUUGAAAACCUAUUUCUUUACCCUGAGCAAGUUUAGAAGGAAUUCAAGGGAUCCACCAGCAAUGAGAGGUAGUGCUGGAUCCAGGGUGGAUUCAAUGAAAACCCCCAAAUCCGGCAAUGGGCUGCUUUCUUUUUCUGUGAGGGUUGUCCUGCAGGCUCCGCUUUGACAAUGGGUUUUUGAAGUAAACCUCAGUGCAGAGAAGUUGUUGCCUCCUCUGUUCUUAAGGCCAUUGACUUCCUAGGGGAUGAAAACAUACCAGCCUGAUAACCUAAUUUUUAAAAUUUAAACUUUAUUGAAUUUCAUAAUUAACUUGCAAUGCCAUUGCCCUUUUCGUCUUCCCUCCUGGCAAUAACAUUGUGUUGCAUGAGAACGUCAGCUUUUAUGGUGCGCUGAUGCUUAAUUAUAAAGGAGAGUAAACGUGCAGAAUCACAGUGUACAAUUAAGGCAGAGGGAUACAUCAAACAGAACAUAAAAGCAAUCAGGAAUUGAAAGAGGUCCAGGAAAUUCAUGUUUUGUGUAACUGUUCCAGCUUAUCCCUUUGUUUAUAUAUCAUCAUCUCACAUACUGCAAGUGCAGCCAUUUAGAGUGUCCAAACAUCUACUGUUGGUGCUGCUGGAUUCUUCCAGUAAUAACAGGGGCUUUGACUAUUUCAACUACCCUGCUUAUCUAUAAUAUUGUACAGUCUAAAAGUUUCUGGUCAAUUGAUAACACUGGGCAACAAUUUUUUACUUUUUGAAUGUUGUCUAGAUUUCUACAACUGAUUUAGGGUAUUUUUGCACUGCUGAAUCAGAAAAUGGCAUCCGUUUCUCUCCAUCAGGUCAGGUUUUUGAGCUAUGUUGAUUUGAAAAAAAUCAGAUCUUGUGACAAAAUCGAUUACAUUUUUGUGGCAUUAUCAGCUGAUUUUUGUCAACACAUAUCACCCUAUAUAUGAUUUUAAGAGACAAAAUGUUUUUCCAACAACAUAUAUUGAUUACCUGAUAGAAACAUCGAUUACUGUAAACUGAAUGGUGGGCAUUGAUAAAGGUAAGUACACGUAAAUUGCAUGUUGCUUCACCAUUUUUCAAACUUCAGGGCUUGAACUUCCGUUUCUUGGAACUCCUGGAAUGCUCAGCGGCAGGGAGGUCUCUCUUCAGAGUCCAACAGUAGUCAGCCAUCAUGACUGCGUCCCAGCGACCCUGAUACCUGGUCUCCAUCUCUUUCAUGUCCUGAUGGAAUCUCUCCCCCUGCUCGUCACUCAUUGAACCCAGGUUCUCAGGAAACCGGUCCAUAUGUGAAAAUAGGUAGUGCAUCUUGACGCUCAUGUUGCAGCCCAGGUUUCUGAAAGCAGUCAGCAUGUUGUUGACAAGUUCUGCGUAGUUUCUGGCCUUAUUGUUGCCAAGAAAGUUCUUCACUACCAGAACAAAUGCCUUCCACGCUUCCAGUUCCACUUCGUUCAUUGAGUUUCCGAACUCUGGAUCUCUGAUGAGCUGACGGAUCUGAGGACCGUCAAAGAUGCCAGCUUUCAACUUCUCCAUGGUCAAUCCUGGAAAAGCCUGGCACAAGUAAGUGAAGCAGUCACCAUCCUUGUCCAGAGCCUUGGUGAACUGCUUGAUUAAGCCGAGCUUGAUGUGCAGCGGUGGGAAGAGUAUUCUGUCUCUGUCCACCAGAGGGUCGUUGAUGACGUUCCUUUCUUUGCAAGGCACCAAUUCCUCCCGCACAGGCCAGUCCUUCUUCGUGUAAUGCUGAGCACGGUCCCUACUAUCCCACAUGCACAGAAAACAUGGGUACUUGGUGAAGCCAGACUGUUGUCCCAACAAAAAGUUCACCAUCUUCAGGUCAACACAAAUAAACCACUUAUGCUGAUCAUAACCAAUUUUCUCCAGCACAUACUUCACCGCUUCAUAGUUCUCCUUCAGUGUAGUCGAGUGAGCCAGGGGUAUAGAGGCAAACUGGUUGCCGUUGUGUAGCAGAACACAUUUCAGUGAUCGCUUGCUGCUGUCAAUGAACAGUCUCCAAUCUUUGGGUUCGUACUGUGGCACUCCAAGCUUGAGCAGAAGCUGCGCAAUAUCUGCACAGUACACCAAGUCCUUCUCUUCCGAGAAAAAAACGGAGGUACUCUUGAUGCCUGUUGCGGAAGAAGCUGAUGCGAGCACUGUCAGAGAGGAGGUUUUUCCCUUCAAUCUGGAUGCCAACAGUUCGGCAGAGUCCUUUGACAAGCUGAGGUCGCGAACUAGAUCAUUCAACUCCUUUUGGGAAAAUGGAUGUGGAGCAUCAUCUUCAAGAACCACUUCUUCUUCUUCAUGUCCUUCAACACUGGAGGCAUCUUCGUCACUAAUGUCAGGAAGGAAGUUCUCCAAAGAUAGGCACUGGAAUUUCAUCACAAUGAGCUACAGGACGACGUGCUGAUUGAAAAUCAGGAUACUUGAGGCUGCUCCGGUUCUUUCUGUUGAUCCCAGUCACAUCAACAGCGCAGAAGUAGCAGUCAGUGACAUGGUUUGUUGGCUCCCUCCAAACCAUGGGAAUUCCAAAGUUCAGACUCCUCUUGCCAUUGGUCCACCCACGUAGAGUCUCGGUGCAUGCCUUGCACACCAUGCGUGGCGCCCAAGCUUUAUCCUGGUCACCAAGUUUAAUACCCAAAUAAGCAUGGUAAGCAACUUUAUGCUUUGCUGCACCAAUUUAUGGAAGAUUUUGAGGUUUUAUGACUUCAAACUGAUCCCUUUUCGACAUAAUCACCCAGAACUAUCGGACCUGAAUACUUCUUGUCAUUAAAAUAAUCAUUUCCAAUCAAAACAAUUAUUCGACAUGGCAUUUACCCCCACCAACUUCUUCUAAAAUGCUCCACACAAGCAUACAUGUGAACAAAAACGUAAAAAAAGACAUGUGGCCAUAGCUCAAAAACUUGACCUGAUUGAGCAAAACCAAUGUGAUUUUUGGAUUCAGCACAUCAGAUUCGUCCUAAAUCAACUGAAAAAAUGCAGACAACAAAUUUGUUGUUGACCAGUGUAAUUAAUUGUUCUGCAGCAGGAGAGCCAGUGUGCUGUAGUGGUUAAGAGCGGUAGACUCGUAAUCUGGUGAACCGGGUUCGCGUCUCCGCUCCUCCACAUGCAGCUGCUGGGUGACCUUGGGCUAGUCACAAGUCUCUCAGCCUCACUCACCUCACAGGGUGUUUGUUGUGGGGGAGGAAGGGAAAGGAGAAUGUUAGCCGCUUUGAGACUCCUUCAGGUAGUGAUAAAGCGGGCUAUCAAAUCCAAACUGUUCUUCUUCUUCAGGAAGCGCUUAAGAGAAGAAGAAGAAGUGUUUAUUGGGUUUUCAAUACAACAGCGUGCAGACAAGGCUAACAAUAAAGAAACAAUGAAUAAUGAUUGUGUGGGGCACAGUAUUGCAGUUAUUAUGCAGACAUCAUAAUAAAAAAGAUUCCACAAAGGGACAUUUGGGAAGCAAGAGUCACAGGGUAACAAGGUAGCCUCACCAUAUAGAGGCGUAUGUCCCUGGGGGCCUAAGUAAUGCUCUGUUUUUAUUUAUGAAGCAUAUUUAAAAAUGGAAGUGCCUUUGAUCCUCAAAACCAUAUCUGCCAUUAUAAACUAGUCUUGCGUUUCUUGUUUUCUCUUUCAGGAUGAGGUUGUGCCUCCACUAGUGCAGCCAAGCAAGAUCCAUGUCCUGCUCUUGGUGCUUCAUGGAGGCAACAUUUUGGAUACAGGAAGUGGUGACCAGAGCUCUAAGCAAGGGGAUGUCAACACCAUAGCCACUGCCUUUGACACUGUCAUUAGGGUCCAUUACCCAGCGGCCCUUGGGCGCAUAGCCAUCAGAUUGGUCCCUUGCCCAGCCAUCUGCUCUGAAGCAUUUUCACUUGUCUCUAAGUGAGUUACUGAGUUUUCUUAAAGGGGCUGGGAAAGAGGAAGAGGGAGGGAGAACAAAGAUGGAUCUAUGCUGCACAUUUAUACCAAUUUCAGUAGUUAUUCCUUCCUCCCAGGAUAUCCUGCUGAGAACCAUGAAUAUGUGAGUUGGGCUAGACAUCUCAAACAGAAUUUGCAGCAUCUCACCUGGAAUCACUAGAGGAAACCAUGACUAUUAAGCUUUAGAAAACUCAUCUUUUUUUGUUGUGUAGAUGUACCCUUAGCUGCAUCUGUGAUUUGGCAGAGAGGCUUCCUCAUUCUGUGUCUGACUGUUCUGUCUCUUCCAGACAGACCCUUUUUUACACUGCAGCUGCAGAGGCCCCCUUUGGACCAAUUACGCUGCAAUUCACAUGGCACAGUUCCAUAGGGGAGAUGAGAAAUCUGUGAAUCAAUCAAGUUAGUCUAGACAGAGUCAACUGCUUGCUUCUCAGAAAGAGGAAAUGUUGACAGCUGUGUGAAAGCACCAUUGUGGUCCAGCCCUUGUCCUUCAGCCUGAGUCCAGAAGCCUAGGUACCAUAUCUAUCCAGCCUCAGCCCCAAACCUGAGGCUCCCAAGGCAAACCUAGCAUCUUCAUCUCCAAGGGUCUCACAUGCCAAGCUGCUCAGCACUGUAAGCAUCAUGUCCAGUGACAUCUAACAGAGAGAGGUGAGAGAGCGUCCGGUUCCAGGGCAGAGGGCUGGCCCUUUAAAGAACUCCAGCAAAUAGGUGGGACAUAGGAAAGGCAGUCGGCCGAGUUGUAGUGGUAUGGGCUUGCAGGGGGUAAACAACCUGUUACUAUUUCUACAUCAGGGUCCUGGUAGAGUCCCUGUCUCCAGUGUCCUAGAGCCAUCCAGUCAGCAUCAAAAGGGAGCUUUAUAGCCACUGAGAAGAACAUUUUUCUCCCUUUUUGCUGUUCGAAGCCAGAGUGAAAGAAGGUGAGUUAGCUGCUGAGGAUCAGCUCAUAGGGUCACCCUGGAGAAGGUGUGUUUGACAAAUGCAGAGGAGUUGUCCUGUGUACUCCAAAGCUAAGGAUUUGGGAACUCUGAAAACACAGCAUGCUUUAGUUGCAAAAGAAUGGUGUGCAAGUUCUGUUACGGACGAAAUUCAAGGAAAAAACAGUUUAAGUCUCUCUUGGAGAAGAUAUUAGAGCACUCCAAAUAAUUUGCUGGUGAAUGUGCACAGAAAAUAGUAUACCUAGUUGAAAGGUAGCACAAUCCAAAUUAUUGUUAUUGUUGCAUAAUCUUAGAAGGUUGUAUAAUCUUAGAAGGGGCAUGGCUGUGACUGUCAUGAAGGGACCAUGCAUUUUUUUAAUUUGCCACUUUCACUACUAACAGUCAGGUACCAUAUAAGCCAGGGAUGGAGAAUCUUCUCUGAUGCCAACACCCCACUUGCCCCAUAAGCUUGGCCCAUUGUCAGGAAUGACCUGGAGGACCACAAAUACACCACCACUAAAGUUCAGCUUGCUUCCAGGACUUGUUGAAACAAGUUGUCUCUUCCCUAGGACCUGUCCAGGGUCCUGAAGGGCCUUUUUCUGACCAUUCUUGCUCCCUGAUUCUGGUUGCUGGCCUUUUGGGUUGAUACAUAGCCUCUGCCUCUCAACCCCUGCUCUUGCUAUUUGCUCUAGAUCUCUGCCAGACCUUUGUCCAUGCUCCAGUACAAACUCAUACUCACCUAGACUUACUCUUUACCUCUUUGUCUUCCUGUUACCUGUGGUCUAAUGGAUGCCAUUCAUGUGAGUUGUAGGCAUAUUGGAAAAUUUCAAAAAAACAGAAAUCGCCCAUGUUCACUUAUUUGUCCCAUGACCAGAAUGGAAAUCAAUAAGUUGUUGCUCUCAGUCUGCAAAUGAUACAUAAUUGAGUAUAUCAUUCCUCCCCCACUUUGUAUUGAAAUUAAUGGGAUGGAAUAACAUAAUGACAAGCAAGAUGAAUAAUGUAGUAUUUGACCGCAGCAGAAUGGAAACAGUGCUGAUUGCAGUGAAGACAGGACAGAACUGAAGAUGAUGCCUUCUUAUGUCCCUAGCUGGCCGUAUUUCAAAGAUCAUAUGCAGCUCUUUUUAAAAUGACUUUUCUGUCUCCUGCUGAAGUCAACAGUAUGGCUGAAAUAUUGGUAUGUCUCUGCCAGUGGGUUUUAUUACAUGGUGAUUGAGUUAUAGCCUUGUGAGGCAUGCAGAGCUAUUUCACUCACCUCCUGAGCCAUCCCCUUGGUCCUCUCCAUCAGCUUCCAGCCUGAAAUAUCAGUAUUACACAAGCGGAACUGUAGCAAAACCAAAACCAGUGUGUUUCGUAUGCUGUCAGUGGGUUCCUGUUGCUGUCUUGUUGGGCUGUGUAUGUUAUAAAGGGGAGCCAUAGUAGGGUGAAGGCAUCCUCUUCUAUUUGUCCCCGUGUCAGUUUCAGUCUAUUGGUUAGCUUUUCUAUGGUUGUUUCCCAAACAAUUUGCUACCAUUGGACCAUGUUCACUCCUGACAUGUCUCUCGAGUGUCUGGCUGUGAGGUUUCUGGCUGCUGAGAGUAGGUGGGAUAUAAGUUCUUUAUAAUGUGAGUGGUCAUUAACAAAGAAAUUCUUUAAUAAAAUUAUUAUGUGUGAUAUAUAUAUAUAUAUAUAUAUAUAUAUAUAUAUAUAUAUAUAUGUCAGUGUGUUUAGGAACACAGCCUGUGCAGGCCCAUUUUCUCAAUUCAUAAUGCCAACAAGGUCCAUUCUCCUGGCGUCAAGAGCUCACACUAUUAAUUAUCUGCUAAGCUAUCCAUUCUUGAUCUCAUGCAUGACUGUAAUGAAUGUAAUAACAUUGUACUUGGAGAACCGCAAUUGAUUUGUUCAAACUAAUCAGGUGAAGGUUUAAAUGUGGAUUUGUAGAGUUGUGUGGCAAGCAAGAGGCCCUUGGAUAAUAGCUCUCACUCUAUCACUUCAGGUAUGAGAGGAAAAAAAGUCAAUCUUGAGCCCUGGAAGAUUUCCCUUAGCUGAUGAAAUUGUAGUUUGAUGGAGGGAUUGAUUUUUAACCUCCUACUGGCUGUGAUUGGAGAGAGAGAGAGAGGGAGGGAGGGAGGGGGGAGGGAGGUCUCUUGCAAUCUUGAAUCAUGCAGGGGUUAGUUGUCAUGAGGUUCAUCUGCACAGCAAGUUAAAUUAUUUCUGAUUUGGUUCACUGCUUAAAGAUAAUUCGUCUCAUCGUCUGCUUCUUAACAACAUUUCAGUAUUAUAAGCUCAAAGUGUUCCCUUCUAUAAGGAUGUUUUCCAGGGAUGGCACAUAAUUCCCUCCCUAUUGAGACCUCAUUUCUGUCAUUUAAUGGGCCAGGCAAAAGCAUUUUUGUUUCCCAGGCAUUUGGGGUUUCUUUAACUUAGAGCAGUUUGCUUUUACGCCCUUUUUGAAAGGGCUGUUACCAAAGGUAAAAAAGGUAAAGGGCCCCUGGAUGGUUAAGUCCAGUCAAAGGUGACUAUGAGGUUGCAGUGCUCAUCUCACUGUCAGGCUGAGGGAGCCGGCGUUUGUCCACAGACAGCUUUCUUGGUCAUGUGGCUGGCAGAACUAAACCGCUUCUGGCACACGGAGGACCGUGACGAGUGCCAGAGUGCACGGAAAUGCCGUUUACCUUCUUACUGCAGUGGUACCUAUUUAUCUACUUGCACUGGCAUGCUUUUGAACUGCUAGGUUGGCAGGAGAUGGGACAGAGCAACAGGAGUUCACCCUGUCGUGGGGAUUCAAACCACCAACCUUCCGAUCAGCAAGCCCAAGAGGCUCAGUGGUUUAGUGUGUACACUUUAUUUUCAAUUUCUACUUUUUAAAUUUCAUACUGUUCUGCUGGCUGCCCUGAGAAUAUACAUUCAACAUGGGUUCAACAUGCAGCAUACAAAUUAUUUAAGUAAGUCCUAAGAGCUCGCUUCUCAAUCACAGCUCUGGCUUCACUCAUUGGCUAAAACCGUUGACACACAGGAGCAGUCAGCUGGAUCAAGUCACAGAAAUUUCCCUUCAUAGCUUCCUUUUUAGGAGGGCUUUUUUUUCCAUGAAAGCUCAGAGUCUGGGGUCCCUGCCUGCAGGCACCAAUGAAGCCUUUGUGGGUGCUGCAUUAAAACCCCUUGCUUAGGUCACCUGAAGCCUUAGAAAGCUGGCAGGGCUUAAGCGUCCAAUGGCCCUGCCCUCUGGGAGAGCUCUUUAAAGGAAUUUCGUGUUUCCUGCAUGCUUGUGAAAUAAACGAGGCUGCAGGGAAUGGUCCUCAGACUCUGAGGGUGGUGGAAGAGCCACAUCCCUCAGGCAGGGGCAGUGCAGAGCAGGAUGUUGAGGGCUCCCCCUUGAGUGGGGCAAGUGGUGCAUCCUGUGAAUCAGAGUCCCCCUUUGGGCCUACACUGGGAUCCUGAAGCAGAGGGUAAAGCAAGUCUCAAAUAUCUUGUUCAUCUGGAUAGCAUCUCUGCUAAAAGCAGCUUGAAAUAAAUGGGUUUUCAAAAUGAAUUUUGAUUGUUGUCUGUAACAUUACAAACAGCGCGCGCGCACACACACACACACACACACACACAACACCCAGGGCAAUUGGGGGGAAAGUUAUAAGUUGAAGGAUGUAUAUGUGCAUAAAUGUGCCCUUGAAAUUGUUUUCUAAAUCAGCUUACAGAGCCUGCCUUGCAUAUGAGAGGAGGAGCAAGACUAAGGGAUGACUCACUCACAUUUGCUUCUUGCUCUUAUGUCAGGGAGCUCUGGGCAGUGUACAGAUGUUUGUUUUUAAAUUGUGAGGUACAUUUCACAGAGAAAAUAAACUGUGAGUGGCCUCAGCCCAAGCAGCAAGCUUUGCCCUAAACCACAUUGAUUCUUUUGGUGCAGAAUAUGAAGAAGCAAAAAAGUACAGGGUGCUUUGUAGCAAAUAGGAAUGUGCAGAGAAGAUGGUAAAUUUGUGUUUUCUCUCAAAAACUAAGCUAAGCAUCUUCUUCCAGUGCAUAUGCAUGUGACUGGUGGAGAGUGGAAGUAAGGGAACUACCGUUAAAUAUUUUGAGAUGUCCUUGCUUUCUAAAUGCUUUAGAGAUGUUUUUGUUUUAUUUUUAAUUAUAUUGUUCUGCUACUUUGCCACCCUGGGCUCCUUUAAGAGAAAGAGCAGAACAGAAAAUGUAUUUAUUUAUUUAUGAAUCCCUUCCCAUGAGGCCUCCUAAAACAAUUUACAAUGGCAUAAAACCAUAUAUAGAACAAUUGCAUAUAUAAAAACAAUUUAAAACAACAACAGGUAUAUAUAAUCCAUUCAAAUACAGAUACCAGGUGGGAUAAAAUCUCCAUGUUGGAGGUUUGUUGAAAGAGGAAUAUCUUCAACAGGCAAAGGACAAUAGAGAAGGCAGUGCCAAAAGGCAGGUAUUGCUUCUACACUAAAAGUCUGAUUACUACAUCACAUGUAGCUGCCUUCAGGUUUUGCUGAGUGAUUUUAUAGUACUGAACCUUUCGGAAUUUUGUCUAUAUGCUAAUGAAGGUUUGAGAUUGAAAUUUGUAGCUGCCCUCCUGCUAGGAUGGUGGAUAGAGGAUUCCCCCUUCUGCAUAUUUUGGUGAUCAGUUGGGUACGUAGCAUGUGAGACAAUAUAUUAUAAUAGCAAUAGCAAUAAUAAUAAUAAUACCAUGCAAUCCCAUUGCUGUGCAUCUCCACAAGUUCCCAUAUAUUAUGAUUAUGAAUUAAACUUAUUAGUCACUUUUCUUUUUACCAAAGUAGCUCAAAGCAGCAAUAUUAGCAACCAGUAUGGCUGUGGCUGACCCAUGCAACACAGAUUUGGUGUCUGUACUAGAGGUUUCACUGCUCCAUAAUGCCCACAGAAAGGAAAAGUCCUUAACUAUCUCUCUUCUUUUUUAGCCUCAGUCCUUACAGUUACGAUGAAGGCUGCCUUUCCAAUAGCCAGGAUCACAUUCCACUCGCAGCACUUCCUCUGCUGGCCACAUCGUCCCCACAGUACCAGGAGGCAGUUGCCACGGUGAUCCUGAGAGCCAAUCAGGUGUACAGCGAGUUCAUCAAAUCCCAGGAAGGCGCCUCAUUCAGCGGCCAGGUUAGCAUUCUGCCUUGGUUGGUGGCAGUGAACUGGAGAGCAAGCAGAAAGCUUUUCUGUAUUUUGUUUUUUGGUGUGAAAGUUUAUAAAACAAAACGUCCCAAUUAACACAGGAGAAUUAAAUAGAAAUAAAAUUCUAUAUUAAGUCUAUCACUUGAUUAAAUAAUGAAUUUUAAUAGAUUAAUCAAGUUGAAUACAUCUGCAUAUUUUGGGGUGUAAGUAAAGCAGUAGCUCUAGAGAAAAGGAGGGAAAUCAUUUGUUUUUCCAACGUUGAAUCAGCAGGCAAUAUCUCCAAAGAGGCACUUCAUCUUAAAUCACGGGUGGGGAACCAUUUUUAACCCCAGGGGUGCAUUUUCUUCUGAGAGCCCAGGCCCCAAAUGCCAGUGGCCAGAGGCAAAACUUGCCAGAGCAACUGAAGUUACUUUUAUCUUUGUACAGCAUGCUAGUUUGUACGCAUGCUCAGCACCCCUCUCAGCCUCCACACGGACAGGCAAGAGUGUGUUCCAGGGCACAUUUCAGACAGGCAAAAACACUCAGGGUAGGAUGCAGGGCUGUGGGAGCGGUGAACUGGGGAGAGUUCUGACGGCCAGUGAGAGAGGGGCUGAAGAGCCACGUUUGGUUCCAAGGCUUCUGAUCAAUUGAAAAGAACGUUUAUUAUUAUAUAGGUUUCCACCGCCAGUCUUUUUACCUUUCCUUUACCACAGGUGACAGCUGUCUGUAUGAGUGCUGGGGAGGAGUGAGCAAAAUAUAUGGAUCUGUGUGAUUUGUGCUGCAGUGUUGUAUAAACUGAAUAAAUUCUACACCAGCCUUCCCCAGACUGGUGCCCUCUGAGCUACAGCUGUGUACAUGUUACCAUUUACUCCAGCUACAGUGUGUUCCCACCACUGGUGUUUAAAGCUAAGUACACAGAGUGUUAGCCACAGUUCAUAUAUAUCCUGUAUUUGACACUUUCCCCUUCAAACCAACUUGCAUCCUUUGAAAAAGCAAGCCAUGGUUAAGUUGAAGUGCAUACAGUUCAGACAGCUGUUGCACAUGUGCAGAUGCCAGCUGCCUUGAAUAGGAGAGUUGAAGGGAGUUGAAGGGGUGGGGAAACAAAUGAGGUAAUGUAUGUUGGGUGAUGACACCCCACCCUCUCCCUGGUGUGUACAGCAAGUGCAAAUGAAAUUUGAAGCUCACUGGUAGAGAGGGAUGGAUUUUUAAGCUGCUAACAUAUGCAUAACCCAGAGGUCCCAACUGUCCCAGCUGGCAGGGAGAUCACUGGGAAACUUCUAAAUCCUGGAAUUUGAACAAUGAAUUUUCCUUGAAAAAGAGCAAUGAAUGGGUUUUUGUUUUCCCUUGCCCAGGUGUGUUUGGUUGGGGACUGCGUAGGAGGGAUCCUGGCCUUUGACGCUCUGUGCUACAGCAACCAGACCAUGUCAGAGAGUCAGAACAGUAGCCGGCGUGGGAGCGUUGUAAGUGUGCAGGUAAAGGCAUACACCCACCCACAGUGCUCCAUUCUGGGGCGGCAAGGAAGUUCACUGUUCACCGCAGAAGAAUACUGAACGUUUAUUUAUAUGGUGCGUUUCAAGGGUGCUCUGCCUGUGCUGUCUCAAUAAUCCCAUCAGCCUCCCUCCAUUCCAGAAAAGAGGCAGAGACACUGCUUCAUUUUUUCUUCUCCUUCAGCAUCAGUCUGCCGGUCCAAGGGACACCUGACCGACACUGUGCUCUACACCUUCAGUGUGGACGCAGUAAACCCUGUCAGUAUUCUGUUGUACUUUACUACCUGUUUCACGCACAGGGCAUGUUAAAAGUACAAAAACACUUCCACUGAGUGAAAUGCUAGUCUGUGUCACCACCAUCUCUGGCCUCAAGUACAGUCCUCUUCUGUUGCCUCACAUAAUUCAGUGCUCCCCUGUUCUCUCAUUCAUCUGAGCAUCUGACGCCUUUCCUUAAAUCCCUUGACUUCCUAUCCAUUUCCAGAUCCCACACAGGCUUGUCUUUAUCUUCAAAGACUUCCAUUGCUUUCUCCUUGCUCUAGCUUCUUGGGCUCUUGCCUCCUGACACACUUCUGCCUGUUACGUUCACACAUCCACAGCGGCGGAGCUUCAUGCUCCUGCACCAGGGGCUGAUGCACGUCCUGGGGGGCGGGGCGCAUGUCCGGGGGGGGGCAGGGUACGCCAUCUGCAGGGGCGGGCUGGGAGAAGCCACGAGGGCACCCUGGGGGUCGCGCUGCCGGGGGCGGAGCGCUCCCCCCGCAGUCCUCGUCCUCCGCCAGUGCACAUCCAUAGCCUCCAUCCUCAGCCAUCUGAAGGACUUCGGCUCCAUUAAACAGUGUCAGCGCUUUCUCUCUUGUUGCUCAUGUAUCUGGAACCACCUCCCAAAUGCCUUCUGUGCUGCUGCCACCCCUCUUAAAGCCGCUCCUCCAAACACGCCUUUUCCAUGAGCCCUUUGGCAUAACCUCCACAUCCUCAAGCUCCACUGCAGGGGUAGCCAAGGUAGUACUCUCCAAAUGCUGUUGAACUACAGUUCCCAAAAUCCCUGAUGGGAGUUGGGAGCACAGCAUCAUCUGGAGGGUGCCUUGUUUGCUAUCCCUGCCCCACUAUAACUAAGGUUGCAUACACACUGUAUAUUUGAAGCACUCAUCCCUCCCCCAAAGAAUCCUGGGAACAGUAGUUUGUUAAGGGCGCUAGGAAUUAUAGUUUUGUGAAUUCUUUGGGGAAAUUCAUUGGCUUUAAAUGUAUGGUGUGUUCACAGUCUAAGACAAACCAUGUGUAACUGAAAUAAUUGUACCAUCUGAUUCUUCCUUUGCCUCCCCUUCCUUCUUGUUCCUCUAUUGUUUCCCCUGUGUUGAAUUUUAGAUUGAUAGCUCCUUUGGGCACUGUGAAGUAUCAUGCCCACUCUCUUAAUUACAUCAUCAUCAUCAUCAUAAUUUACUACAUUUCUUAGUUGCUUUAUGCAAAAAAGAAAAUCUCAACAAGGUAAAAUAUGAAUGGACAGAAUCAGUUAAAAUCCAGAAAAAGCAUAAUGGUGUAUAAUACAAAAUUUUUAAAAUACUCAUUGAACAAAACAAUGAAAAGAACAGGUCCUACGCCACCUGACUAAAGGAUGAACACUGUGGAGGAGGCCUAGUUAAUCUCCCAGAGGCCUGGUCCCUAAAAACUGGUGGAUGGUGGCACCAGGCGUGUUUCCCUGGGGAGAGCAUUCCACAAACGGGGUUGGGGGGACACCACUGAAAAGUCACAUUGUCAUAUGGCAACUUUCUGCCCAUCCCUUGGGUGAAACACGUGGCGAAGGGCCCGUAAUGAAGCCUGCAGGGUUUCUAAGGGGAGAGAAGGAUUGAGAUCUGUCAUAGCACUAGAACUCCAGGACAUCCAAUGAAGCUGAACGUUGGAAAAUGCGGGACAGAUAAAACCAGUACUUCUUCAUGCAGCACCUAGUUAAAACUAUGGAACUCCCUGCCUCAGGAGACAGUGGUGACACCAACUUGAAUGACUUUUACAAGAGUCAGCAGGCCCUUAUGUUCUUACAGCGACAGUGUAUUAAUGAUGUUGUUGAUGAUGAUGAUUACACUAAAGCUAAUUACUUUGAUGGCUGGGUCACUGGCCUGCAACAGUUUGAGGAGCUUGGGGGUCAAACACUGACAUCCGGCAAGCCCAGCGACAGCCCACGGGGCACGUCUUUGGGCUGAGGGUCUUCUGUGCUUGCUUUCCGACGGAGUGUCAACGCGAUUGCCCUUUGUCAGGGCUCUGACGCCUAGGCCUUGUGCCCUUCAAAUUCCAGGACACUGACCUCUUGUCUCCUGGAAUCAUUGUGAACAACAGCUACUGCUCAGGGGGCUCCAGCCUGGAAGCCAGCCGCCACCUCAGCCGGAGCAACAUUGACAUCCCUCGCAGCAACGGGGAGGAGUCCAGGAAGCAGCUGCCGCGGAAGAGGAGCGACUCGUCGACUUACGAAGUGGACACCAUCAAGCAGCACCAGGCCUUCCUCUCCAGGUAGGUUUGCCACGGGAGGGAAGAGCGGCUGAUUGGCUGAUGGGGAUUGUUGCCAAUAGACUGUGCUUUGUAGUAUUGUUAUAAUUUUCAUUUUCAGAUUAAUGGAUGCUUCUGUACAUUCUUGUGCAUAUGUAAACCAGGUAUAGAGGAACCUUUGGCCUUCCAGUCAUUCCUGGACUUACACCUUCCAUCAGCCCCAGCAAGCUUGAUUCAGUGGUUCAGCAACAUCUGGUGGGCCAAAGGUUCCCCACACCUGGCACGUAAAUGACCACCUCUUUAGGGCCAAGCUGCAUGUAAAAUAGGAGAUCCGUGAUGAGAUAGGGACACAGGAAGCUACCUUUAUGGUUCAUUUAACCCAGGAGAACUUGGCUUUCUGGGGGUCUGAGACUGAGAAGGAUCUGGACUUUUUUGACAGGAGAUGCAGGGGGUUGAACCUGGAACCUUUUAUAGGUGAAGCAUUCAGCUGUAGUCCCCUUCCCGUGAUGACCCCUCUCCCCCAGCAAAAAAACCCAAACCAUUUUGGAAGCAAGUGUUUAACUGUUUUUCUGAUCUAAGUUGCUCUUCCCCAAAAGGGAGAAAAGGGAGAGAGGGAAAAAAUACUGAGUGGUCUUGAGCAAUUCCCUAUCUAUCAGCCUCAAUCUCUAAUCUGUGAAAUGGGAGUAGCUAUGCUCUGCCUUACAAGGUUGCAGAAGAACAGCUCUCUGUAAAAGAAAUUUAAAUGACACCAUGCUGAAAGUUCCAGGAAUGAUAAAGAGAUUAUGAGAUGCUGUGUCCCACGUAUUUGCUAAGCCUUUUUUUAGAACACGUGAACCUUGGUGGGAGGAGAGGGGAACUCACCAAAAGCUUAACAUGCAAACAAGCCUCACCCACAAAUACUUUCAUGCAUAGCUGCUGUGAAAUUUGUGUUGUCGACUGUUCCCAGCCUGUGCCCAUAAAACUCUUCUCUCCAACCAUGAAGUCAUAUAUUUUAUUUAUCCCACGUAUUUUCUGCAGGGAAAAAGUACCUCUUGGUAAUAUUAAAAAGAUUUAGUGGAUUCUGCAGCUUCUGUUUGUAUUGCUCUUGGCACUAAACAAUAUCACAGGCUUGUUGUCUUCACCAGUUCUCCAAACCUUGGAGGGAGUAGGGAAUUACAUCUCCUUUGCCUCCAGACCCUUUCAUGGUUAUUAACUCUGCGUGUUGCUCUGUAAAUCAUGCAGAUGGGGCUUCUGGUUGUUUGGAAUUUUACACUACACUGAACAGAGGCUGCGGCCCAUGAAAAGGAGGAAAUUCCCACCUGCCCUUAGGAGAUUUGGGACCUAUCCAGUAGGAGACCUGAAACAGUGGGCAUUUUUAAAGUCAGAUGUGCUCAGCCACUAAGGGCAUACUUGAGAAGCUGCUGGGAGGCAAUAGUUCUUUCAGACUUUUUUACCUUUAGGAAACCUGUUGUGUUGAUCCCUUGAGCAUCAGUGAAGAAAAUUCCUGCAUGUCGCAGGGGACUCUGGGGAAGGUAGUAGGUCAAAUGCACUUUUCAUGGAGUACACUGGCUGGGCCUUCUCAAUUGUCCCAUGUGCAAAGGAGGAGCACUGUAGAAUAUCCCUGAUUCUCUCCUGCAUCUGUACAUUGCAAGGGAAGAUUGGUGGCAGUGGGCAAGUUGUCUUUCAACUCAGUAGCUUUGUGCAUUGUCAGUAACCUGCUAUCACAGCACUCUGGGGUGCCCGACAGAACAGUUUGGAAGCCACUUUAUUAAAGCACAAGUGUCCAGCAGCCUGCAGCAGAGUGGCAAAGGCAGCAGUGGUUUGUGGCAUUCCUGGUGGAUGGGAGACCCAGCUGAGACCCAGCUAUGUCACAGAGGCAGAAGUGCUUGAUCAAAAUUCCUGCUAUAACUCAGUUAAUGUGAAGGGGAGUGUUUUUCUCUCCUGACCUUGGUAGGCUGUGGGCAGGAUGCGUAGUGUGACAUAUAAUCGAUCAUAUGAGCUGUACAAGGCUUCAUAUCACACAUGCUAUAAAUCUGUGAGUUGAUGCAUAUACAUUUUGAGCUGGUCGAUGAGACAGAGGCAGCAUGCAAAGAUGCAAGACUCCCUUCCUACCAAUUGUGAUCUUUCUAUUUCUCUUUCCUCUCUUAUUGUUUCUUUUCUUUUUCUUUUCUCCUUUAUUAAUCCCUUAACACUUGUGUCCCAACAACUUCUUUGAGGAAGAAAUAGGUAAGCACCAUUCACAGCUUUCCAUAAUGUAGAGAAAUCUAGAACAUUGGAGGACCACGUGGGAAAAAGGGGGACUCUUGAGCUGUAAUCCUCUGCAUAUUUACUUGGGAGCAAGCACCAAUAAACACAUUGGCAUUGACUUUCAAGUAAGCAUGCAGAGGAAUAUACAGUAGAAUACAUUUUUAAAAGAUAAAGUUAUUUUGGACCAACUGACUGCUUAGAUGUUCUGCAAACUUUCAAACCUACUAUGAUUUUUUCCCCCCAUCAUGAAUGUCAGGAGAAAUGUAAACAGCUUUUCUCCGAAAUGUCUAGACUGUGGUGGAGGGUGGAGAUAGUACAGUUCAAAGGGUUAUAAAUGAAUGGAAAAGCUAGUUGGGCCACAUAGUACAUCAUUUUUAUGUCUCUUACAUUCUGUGGGACCAAUAUGGCUGCAACACGUGGUGUUUAUAUGAACAAACAGUGAUACUUCCCUUCAUGACAUAUGCAAAGAGGACUGAGGGUUUUUUUGUUUUUAAAGCAGCCUGGGUACCAUGUUUCAUUUUGCUUUGUUGUUUUGCUACUAGAAACAACUUCACAUGAUGUACAGCAUCUUGCAUAAUGUUGGCACAAAAUAAUUCUUACAUUGUGUUAAAUGUUCUUCCACCAAUUUAAGUGUCCGCAGUCCAGCACUGAAUCUACAGUUGUCCAAGCAAACAUGUUUCCUUAUGAGCAUCAUCCUGUGCGUUCUGAACUCUUAAGAACAGCAUGCAGCAUUAACCACAGCAUGAUACGCAUCCAUGGUUGUCUGUCUUGUAGUUUUGCUUUCUUCGCUGUUGCUUACAGUCUGUUUUCACCUCUCUCCAGUUUACAUUCUAGUGCUCUGAAAAACUAUGCGGGAUCAAGGACAUCAAGCAGUUCCACUGUGCUGGAUGGAGGAAAUCUUGGGAAAUUUGAGUUUGAGAUCACAGACUUCUUCCUGUUUGGAUCUCCUUUGGGGCUGGUCCUCGCAUUGCGAAAAACCGUCAUUCCAACUCUUGACAGUAAGUUUUCGUGUUGGGUAAAAGGGUAUUUCAAAAUGCUUGCAAAAUAUUUGUACAUACUUGUAAAAUAAUUGUUAAAAGGUUUUGUGAGCAAAGACGCCAAUAUGGAAAACUCAAACUAUAAAGCAGACAAAUGUACGGUUUUUAGAGCGGUGAAGUUGUUUUGGAAGCACUGUAACUACUUCCGAAUGUAUCUUUUUCUCUCUGUGGCUGAGUUCUGAAGAAUAAUGAGCUGUGUAAAUGUUCAGCAAACCUGCUUUGGCUAGUGUCCAUGAUGUCACCAUGGCACCCACCUCAAACCCUUGAGCAUCUCAACUCUUCAAAGUGCUUCCAUUUUAAAAGGGUGAUAAAUGAGAUAUGGCACUUAAAAAUUAUUCUAAGGCAGGCAGUUUGCAUAAAUAAUGAGGGGCGGUGGAGUAAGAUUGAUUACCAACCCUGAGUUUGCUUGGUGGAACAUAGACUUCUUGUGCAAAUUGCUAAGCCAGACUUACACAAUAAGUGCAGAAUCCACUGGGAAUUCUCUUUCAGUGUUAGGUCCAUCUUCAUGGGAACAUAUGGCACUGCCUUAUACUGACAUUGACUGGCAGUGGCUUCCAGGGCUUCCAAGCCCUGCCUGGAGGUGCUGGAAUUGAAUCCAGGAGCUGCUGCAUGCAAAGCAGAUACAACCCUUCCCCUCCGUAAUAAGCAACUGUUUGAUUUAUUAAAUGAAAUGUUGGUUAUGCAGUUACUUCAUAAUGCUUUAGGACUAUGCAAUAAACAGUAUGACCAGGGCUUAGUAAAAACUGUGCACAUAAAUAUCAGCUGACUUAAAUAUUACUUACAUGUUGUGAUUUGACAAGCUGACCAAUAAUACUUUGUUUUUAUUUACUUAGCAAAAAAAUUCUGUAUUGCCAACAUUAAGAAAAAUAUUGUGUCAGUAAGCAGCAUCAUAGUGUCUAUGUCCAGGGAAUACACAGGCACACCUCAUUUCAUUGCACCUCGCUUUACUGUGUUUCACAGAUAUUUCUCCUUACGAGGAUGUGGGUGCAGUUGCAGGCAGCCUGGCUGCUUCCAGGGGAAGGAAUCCCACUGCCCCUCUUCUGGCCAUGGGAGUGGAGCUAGCUAGGGCUGAAGCUGGAUUUUUCCCUUCCCUCCCUGGCAGCCAGGGGUGGGGGGCAGUCUGACUUAAAAGACUACAGUAUAGUGUAAUCAUAACUUUUCUAUGCACUGGGAAACAAAAAAAAGUUGUGUGGCUCUCUUUAUUGCAAUAUUCGCUUUAUUGCGGUGAUCUGGAACCGAACUCACAAUAUCUUUGAGGUAUGCCUGCAUAAACAGCCAAUGUUGUCAAUGUGAUGAGAUCAGCAGUAAGAUGGUAGUCUCCAGCUUUAAUAUCUUGUCUGUAUCUUCCACCGCACCUUCCCCUCUCUAUUGCUCAGUCUUCCAGUUGAGACCAGCCUGUCAGCAAGUCUAUAACCUGUUCCACCCUGCAGACCCGUCAGCCUCACGCUUGGAACCUCUUCUGGAAAAGAAGUUCCACAUUUUACCACCCUUUAAUGUCCCACGCUACCAGAGGUUUCCUCUCGGGGAUGGCAAUUCAGCCCUCCUGGGUAAGUCAGCUUUUUGAUUCCAAAAGCCAAAAGGCAUCUAUGGCCACACUGAAGUGAUAAGCCACUUCGGCAUUCAGGUUGUGGAGGCACAUGAGUGAAAAUCCUUCCACGUAGAAAGCCAGUGAGUCAGGAAGAAGGUUAGGCUAAGACCUCCCUUCCCCCCAACAUCUAGUUUUCCAAGUGGAGGGGAUUUUAGUGUAUUGAAAAAGUAUUUAAUCAUGGGCACCCUUGUCUGCUGUUUGAAGUGGUAUACCUCAUGCACUGGUUUCUCACCUCUGGAAGAACUCAGUCUAAGAUGGAACACACAGUAACGGAGACCAACAGGCAUUUUGGUUGUAGGAGCAGUGUUUGAGUUAGCAUUAGAGCUGCUGGGUUGAAUAUGCCUGGCUCUAGGCCACCUCACUGGAUUCUGCAGACCCGCCUUCUUACCCCAGAAGUGUGUGAUCUGGCUUUGUUGACUCAGUGCUAAGGGAGGGGCACUUUGCAAAGUUCAGAGCUCCUCCCCUCUCCCCACCAUGAGCCCACAGGUAUAGAGCAAAAGAAUCCCAGCUGAUGCAGGGUGUGUGUGUGUGUUUUCGCUACAAGUUUAAGCCUCUCCCAAACCUAUUUUGCUGACAUGAGUCAUGAUAAUUUCCCAACCAAGUAGCCUGAGAACUGUGGUUUUGAGAUGGAGAUAAGAUAGAGUUGCUAGCACCCUCCCAAACUACAAUUCCAAUAGUUUUUUGGGGGAAAACAUUUACAUUUUUCAAUGUGUUCUGUUGCUUGUUGGAGUCCUUCCAGAUUGGGUUGUUUGGUUCUUUUGCGGCUGUAUUCUGCACCAAUAAUUAUUGAUGCAAUAACAGUGCUUUAAUGGUGGACUGUAUCUGACGGUCUUCACAUUAUUCCACGCAUCUUAGCUGUUCUGUGAUGCUUCCCCAACCUUACCACAUUGCUGCCUGCUGGAGGAGCAGGACAAAUAAUAAACUGGAACAUUUGUGGUAUAAAAAGCCCUAAGUCUCAGAGGUCUACCUUUUUCAUCAUGACCCAGUCCCACUGGAAUCUCUUCAGAUUUAGCAACAACCAUAUAUAUAUAUAUUCUCUGCACUACUGAAAUCUAGAAAUGUGCCUUGUUGAGCAAGGAGAGUGGGUGAUUCUGAUACCUUGAACUUUACUUAGAAGUAAAGUGCAUUGAUGUCUAUUGAAUUUUUUCCAAGUGAGCAUGCUUUAGUUCAUAACCCAAAAGACACCAAAAUUGCAUGCCACCAUGUGCCCUAAUUUUGUUCCACGUGGCACAGGCAAGUACAGAUGUGAAUAACCCUGACUUGAACAUUCCUUGUGGUCUAAGUAUAUGUGAUGUCAGCAGAUCUAUGUUACAGAAUUCUGGUCGCAGCUGAACAGGUAUAUAAGAGUUUGAAGUCAUUUCAUGUGGAGGAGCGUGUGAAAGAGGGUGUUGAACCCUUUCCCCACACCACACUCCCACCCCCUUGAAACUACUCCCCAUCCCUUGUUUGUCUCCCAUUUAAACUCCGACUGGGGAAAAGCCUCACUAGGGGCCAAUAAUAGUAAUAAUAAUUAAUAAUGAUUUAUUAUUUUUAUUUAUAUGCCACCCAUCUGACUGGGUUGCUCCAGCCACUUUGGGCAGCUUCCAACAAAUUAUAAAGCCAUAAUAAAAUAUCAAACAUUAAAAACUUCCCUGUACAGGACUGCCUUCAGAUAUCUUCUAAAAGUCAGAUAGUUGUUUAUUUUCUUGACAUCUGAUGGGGGGGAGGCGUUCCACAGGGCAGGCAUGACUAUCAAGAUUGUCCUCUGCUUAGUUCCCUGUAACCUCACUUCUCACACUGAGGGAACUACCAGAAGGCCCUCGAAGCUGGAUCCCAGUGUCCAGGCCGAACAGCGGUGGUGGAGACGCUUCAUCAGGUACAGAGCCUUAGCCAACUAAGACUUUUAAAGGUCAUCACCAACACUUUGAAUUGUGCUUGGAAACAUACUGGGAGCCAAUGUAAAUCCUGUAGGACAGGUGUUAUAUGGUCCCUGUGUCCGCUCUCAGUCACCAGUCUGGCAGCCCCAUUCUGGAUUAGUUGUAGUUUCCAAAUCACCUUCAAAGGUAUCCCCACGCAGAGUGCAUUGCAGUAGUCCAUGUGGGAGAUAACCGGAGCGUCUACCACUCUGGCAAGACAGUGCACGGGCAGAUACCUCAGCCUGCAUACCAGAUGGAGCUGUUAAGAUAGCUGCCCUGGAGACAAAAUUAACCUGCCCCUCCAUGGACAGCUGUGAAUCCAAAAUGACCCCCAGGCUGUGCGCCUGGUCUUUGGGGGGCACAGUUAGCCUAUUUAAUAAUAAUAAUAAUAAUUUUUAUUUAUACCCCGCCUUCCCCAGCCAAGGCCGGGCUCAGGGUGGCUAACAAGCAAUAAUAAAAACAAGUUGAAUGAAUACAACUUAAAAACAAGAUUAAAAUACAACAAUUAAAAUACUGAAACAUUAAAAUAUUAAAAUGCAGCCUCAUCACAGAAGGAGAAAGGAAAAAGAAAAGAAAGAGGGGGAGGGAAUCAAAUUGGCUCCAAGCCAAAGGCCAGGUGGAACGACACUGUCUUACAGGCCCUGUGGAAAGAAAUCAGAUCCUGCAGGGCCCUGGUCUCAUGAGGCAGAGCGUUCCACCAGGCCGGAGCCAGUGUUGAGAAGGCCCUGGCUCUGGUUGAGGCUAAUCUAACUUCCUUAGGGCCCAGGACCUCUAGGGUGUUGCUAUUUAUGGACCUUAAGGUCCUCCGGGGGGCAUACCAGGAGAGGCAGUCCCGUAGGUACGAGGGUCCUAGGCCGUGAAGGGCUUUAAAGGUCAAAACCAGCACCUUGAACCUGACCCUGUACUCCACCGGGAGCCAGUGCAGCUGGAAAAGCACUGGGUGACUAUGCUCCCAUGGCAGAGGCCCCGUGAGGAGCCUCGCUGCAGCAUUCUGCACCCGCUGGUGUUUCUGGGACAGCUUCAAGGGCAGCCCCACGUAGAGCGAAUUACAGUAGUCAAGCCUGGAGGUGACCGUCGCAUGGAUCACUGUGGCCAGGUCGGGGUGGGAAAGGUAAGGGACCAACUGCUUGAUGCAGCGAAGGUGGAAAAAUGUCGCCUUGGCUGUUGCUGUAACCUGUGCCUCCAUGGAAAGGGAGGCGUCAAGGAUUACACCCAAAUUCUUAACGGAAGGCAAUGGCACUAAUUGGGCCCCCACAAGAGAAGGGAGUUGGUCCCUCAUCCCCAUGCCAUCCCAACCCAGCCAUAGGACCUCUGUCUUCGAAGGAUUUAGUUUCAAUCGGCUCCCACGAAACCAUCCAGCCACAGCUUCCUAGGUCUAGGGAGUCUCCCCACCUGCCCACCCACUGUCCCCUAGAAACAAUACUUCUGUGGGGAUUCAGCCUCAAUCCGUUAAUCACCCUCCACCCCCCAAACACCUCCAGACCCCCACACAGGAAGUUCACCACCUUCACUGGUUCCAGCUUAAACAAGGUAGAGCUGGGUAUCAUCCACAUGUUGGUAAACACCCAGCCCAACCCCCCGAUGAUCUCUUCCAGCGGUUUCAUAUAGAUGUUGAAAAGCAUGGGGGAGAGGACAGAGUCCCGAGGCACCCCACAAGUGAGCACCCAGAGGUCUGAACACUCAUCCCUCACCACUAGUUUCUAGACAUGCCCCAGGAGGAAGGAGUGGGACCACUGCAUAACAGUGCCCCUAACUCCCAGCCCUCUUAGACGGUCCAGGAGGAUACUGUAGUCAAUAGUAUCAGAAGCUGCUGAGAGAUGCAGCAGACCUAGCAAACAGCUUCCACCUCUGUCCCUACCUAGCCUGCAAGAGAUCAUUGAACAGCACAACCAAGGCAGUUCCAGUCCUAUGGUGGGACCUGAAACCCGAUUGGAAGAGGUCCAAAUAGUCUGCAUCCUCCAGAUGUGCCUGGAGUUGUUCCAUGACCACCUACUCAAUCACCUUGCCCAGGAAUGGAAUAUUUGAGACUUGGUGAUAAUUGGCCAUGGUGGCCAGUUCCAAAGAAGAAGAAGAAGAAGAGUUUGGAUUUGAUAUCCCGCCUUUCACUCCCUUUAAGGAGUCUCAAAGCGGCUAACAUUCUCCUUUCCCUUCCUCCCCCACAACAAACACUCUGUGAGGUGAGUGGGGCUGAGAGACUUCAAGGGAGUGUGACUGGCCCAAGGUCACCCAGCAGCUGCAUGUGGAGGAGCGGAGAUGCGAACCCGGUUCCCCAGAUUACAAGACUACCGCUCUCAACCACUACACCACACUGGCUCUUUAAGAUUUUUUUUAAGAGGCGGUUCAAUAACCACCUCUUUAAGGGGUUCCAGGAAGACUCACCCACACUCUACUACUCCACAGAGCCCAUUGCCCAGCCCUUUCUGGCUCGCUUUUGUGGGCCAGGAUGGGCAAGGGUCAAUAAGACUCAUUCAAGCAGCCUGGCCAGGUUGAAAUUGAUCCCAUGAACGUGACUAGACAGAGUGCUGGCACCCUCCCACCCCAGCCCUGCCCCACUGUGAAGUCUGCCUCCUUCCAAAUUUGAGCGAUUUUAUCUGCAAAUGACUUUGCUUUGUCUGCUUAUUCAUACUUCCUCUUGUCCUGCUCUUUUCCCCAGGGAAAACUGCUCUUUAGUGCUCAAUUGAAGCAAACAGCAAUCAGGUUUUCCAUGGGCUGCCAUUUAUUCCAGUUUAGAGCUAAAGAGCAGGUUUCCCUGGGAAUGGAGCAGGACAAGGGGGAAACCGCUCGGACCCAUGCCUAGAAAAGUGGAUCAAGCAGAAAACUGCUUGGAAGUGUGCUUUCUAGGCACAGGACAAGCAGAAAUGUGAGCAAGCCCUGGGUGAAGUAGGUGUGAAAAGGUGCUGAAAUCUCUUAUUUCUGGCAGGGAGAAGUGGUUCAGCACCCCUUCCUGAUUCUCUGCUGUAAGCCACUAGCACCCCACCCUCUUAACACCUGUUCAGACCUGACCACCAUCACAUCUACCUUAGAGCCCUUGGUUUUCUUUCCUGUGUCUGAAUUCCUUUAGGCAAGGUCCUGAGCUGUUGUUGACAUCAAUUGUGAGGUCUCUUGUUACACUUUCUGUGGUUUGUUGUUGUUUUUUUGCCCCUAUUUGUUUUCUUCCUCAUCUGCUUCUAGUUGAAACAGUCCAGAGCAACCCUGUCCUCCUCGUAGAAAGCAGCCCACUGGUUGCUCUCCAGAACCACGACAGCUUCAUGGAAACCAGUAUCCCUGUUCCCAUCCUGAAUUGGCAAGAUAUUUCCAGUAAAAAUUCUGGAUUUGCUGAGUGUGUGUAACGUGCCCUUCUCCCUCCCCAUACUGUCUUGUGACAUAUAUUCUUGGGAUUGUGGGUGAUGCUUGAUAAACAGCUGGUUCCCCGCCCCCAAGGAUCAUGAAAGCUUUCCCUACUGCCUUAGUGGCCAGGUUGAUUCCCCCAGGACAAAAUUGGCAGAGGCAGGGACAGUAUUCUUUCAGAGGACCAACUACCUGUACAGAAUGUUGGAGUUACACAGAAUUUUUCAGAUAUAGUGCACACAGCAGAAAUGGGAAACAAGCAAAUACAAAAACAGGUAGCAAUUUUAUGUUUAAAAUUGGGAGUAAUAUUCCCUGCCCCUUUUUAAUUUUUUAUUUUGGACACUGGUACCUGAAGAAGAACUCUGUGUUGCUCAAAAGUUCACCUCCAGCACCUUUAGCAUUAGUGCAUAGGCACUACAUCAUCUGUUUGGUAUACCUCCCUUUCUGAUAAGUGACAAGCAAGCAAAGCAACCCUCUUUCCUCCCCUUGGCCACGCAUGCCUGAUUCUGCAGGGGUGGAGGUACACACUGUGCGCAAGGUGAUGCCCGCUGAGCCGAGAAGAACCAAUUCACACCUCCACCUCUGCUUGGGGAGUUUUAAAAUAUCCUUUGCUUGCAUUCAGCCUAGCUCACGCAGACAAGCUCGUCCAAGGUGCUCAACACAAAUGUAUAGGCUUGCAGUUUUUCAUGCUGCCGCUCAGUCCACUUCGGAGGGGUUUGCGUGUGGUUAGGUGCAAAGUUGCAGAUUGAUGUUCACAGUGAUGAGACAUUUUCUAUCUGGGCAGGAGGAACCAAGGCAAGGGAGGUCGUGUGAUGCUACAACAGCAAAAAAGGAGAAGGUGAAAAUCCCAGUGACUCAGCAUUUAGCUGACUCAUUAUCCAGCCUGCAGUGCUAGCGGAAGGAAGAGAUUCCUCUCUGCACUCCUAGUUCAUUCCCACUGCUAGGUCUAGGAACUGAGAAUUCGUGACUUUGCGUUAAAUGUUUCUGAUUAGGGUGGCCAUCUGCCCUACUUUACACAGGACAGUUCUCUAUUUGAAGGGCUUGCCUGCCCAAUCCAGCUCAAAGAUAAAGAGCCCUAAGAAGGGAGAGCAGCAGAGGGAACCUUGAAGUUGCCCAUCAGAAAAAUAGCAGCACUGUCUUCUCUACUAGGAUGCAGCGGUACUUUAGUCACUAUUUCUGAAUUUGCAUCUGUAUAUAUAAAUUAGCAUAUACAAAUUUUAUCCACCUGGCAUUGGAUUCCACUUGUUCCCCCUGCUGUUUAGGAUAUGAAGUGCAUGCUUUGUGUUCCGUAGAAGUUUAAACUCCCUGAAGGGCUCUCUGGUGGUGGUCAUCCAGCAUCCCUUUUAUAGCACAGGAAGGGGCUGGCAAUAUCCACUUCCCCCACACCUCUCCUGUGCUAUUAAAAUCCCUGUAAAAUUGCACUGCUUGCUUAUGCGAUAUGUAUCUACUCUAGGGGGCCGAGGUGUGGAGUUCCUCUGCCAAGCAAUGCGUGCAAAAAUGAAUAUAGCUAGGAUAAAAUAGGAACAAAAUGUGCAUAUAUUUGUGAAAAUAGCAUACAAAACGCAUUGUUUUAGGAGAAAUUGCCUUGCAAAAAUGCAUAUAUCAGAAGAAAUUCAUACUAAAAUGCAGACUAAUUUGCGUGAAGACUUUUUAAAAAUCAGAAACCACUGUGGAAAUGUGGGGAACUCAACUUAAAAGUGGAAAAUAAGAAAGAGAGAUUGAAAUUGGCAGAUUUGUCCCUCCCUAGGCAGCUCCUGCUCCUGUGGAAGUCUAAAAGCAGAAGGAAGUUCCCUGCAUCCUCACUGGAGCUCCCUUUGUAGGAACUUCUUUCAUGUCCUGAAAUAUGCUCAGUUUCCAAAUAUGCUCAGCAUUAAGUUUAGACACCAAUCAUGUACAGGAUUCAACGUUUAUGUGGGAAAGCUUUCAAGACCUUGGUGCCUCUAAUGGCUUCUGCUUCCAAAAUCGAGUUUCCUUUCGUUGCUGAUUUUCUGCCUGGCUGCAUUUCUUUUCAAAUUUUGCAUCAAAGGGGUGUUUGCAAGAUCGCGGUUGACUUGUGAAAAUAAUUGGAGUAGAUCGUUCCUUCUUCAUACUUAUUUUCAAAACUGUGCAAAUCACAGCUUUUAGGAAGCAAGGUAAAGACCUCCAACUAAGACCUGAUGCUUACAGAGGAUGCAUGGUGGUCGUUGACCAAUAACAUCUAAUAAUUUAUCAUCUGAUGGGAUUUUAAAUUAGUACCAUUUUAUCUGCUGUUUCUACUGACUGCUUUUGUUUUUAUAGAGUUUAUAUGGUUUUAAAAUCUUUAUUGACUUCCAAAACAGCACGGAACUCGUCUGUUUGUGUACUGAAGGGCAGUAUAUCAAUUUAGAAAUAAACACUGAAAGAUUAUGCAUACUGUGAUGUCAUUGCAAAUUUCAGUGCCUGUUAAAAACAUUCCUGUUUAGACAAGCCUACCCAGAUGCUUAGAAAGUUGAGGUAAUCUUAAUCUGUUUUAGUAUUUUAAUUUUUGUAUGUUUUAAAGUAAGAUUGUAAACUUUUCUUGAUUUUGCUAUUUUAUCUUUUGUAAACAACUUUGAGGGGUGUGGGGGUUUUUUUGUUGCCAAGGGGUGUAUAAAUUUUAGGAAAAUAAAAAAAUAAAAACAUCCUUCCCACUUCUAAAAGCCACAGAUGGUUAUAGGCCAAAAGUGUGGUUACCAAGGAAGGUUUUUGCCUGCCGCCUAAAUAUAUAUAAUAAUGGCAGCUGGCCAAGAGGGAGCCACUGCAGAAUAGGCCCAAGACUGAGAAUGUGUGAGAUGGAGAUGGAGAAUGCAGCAGUCUGGUUCUUCUCUUAAGCUAAGACUCAGGAACAUAGGAAGCUGCUGUAUACUAGGUCAGACCAUUGGUCCUCCAGCUCAGAUUUUUCCACAUUGACUGGAAGCAGUUUGCCAGGAUUUCAGGCAGGGAUCAUUCCCAGGCCUACCUGGAGAUACUAGGGAUUGAACUGGGACCCUCUGCAGCCAAAACAGAUUAUUCUACCCCUGAACUACACAGUCCUCCCCCUGCAAGACAGUCUCCCAUGCCCUUUUCACCCUAGCUCUACGAACACUGUUUGUAUUUAAGAGCAUAAGGCAAAGCUGCUGAACGCCCAUCUAUUCCAGCAUCCUGUUCUCACAGUGGCCAACCAGAUGCUUGUGGGAAGCCUGCAAACCGAACAGCAGCAUUCUGCCCACCUGUGGUUACCAGCAGCUGGUAUUGGCUCUAUCAGAUUCACACAGUGCCAUCUAGUGGUAGGAGGGGGAACAAUUUCUUAUGGGUUUGGAUUUUUAUGUCUACAUCUUCCCUCUAUGGAUUUGUGGGCCAGGUCAUAUACCAUUAGCUGCAAGAGUUUGGUUUCUUUGCCAUUGUGUUUUUGAAUUACACAGCCUUUCUUACCUGUGUUAACUUACUAACUUGGGGUCAGAAGUUUUGAUGGAGGACUUCCGGGGUGGCGCCUCCGGAAAAUGGCGGAAUUCCCUUCGGACUGAAGGGAACCCGCUGCACGGAGGCUUGGGUCCUGCCGCUACGGCGCAGCGGGGACCCGCAAAAACCACAGGCGGAAGAAGCCUGUGGACGUGGGACUCGGCGGGCACCGAGAGCGCUCUCUCCCCUUGUACAGGAGCCCGGUAACGGGCUCCGGAGUGGGAGGUGCGUGGUGCUGUGAGUCGUCUGCUUCCUCCGUGCAGCAAAGCCGCACUGCCGUUAUCGGAGAGCGCUGCCUUUUCCUGGACAAUUUGGCAUCUAAAACAUCUAUCCGUGAGUACCUGAUCUUGGAAGAGUUGAACCACUUUUAAGACUGGUGAAUAAACAAAUAAUAUUGGACUUGAAAUUGAACUUAAUUGGGACUCGGAAUGGGAAGGUCUAAACAGGAAGUCGCCUUCCGUUCUUUUGUUAUGUGAAGAAAGCAAAGACAAAAUAUACUAAAGCCUGAAAAUUAAAUUCUAAGUGAACUAGAAUUCAACAUCUAAGAUUUCUAGAACCCCCUUUGAUUGCAGGAGAAAAAGGGGUUGUAUUUGGACUUUUCAAUCCUGCGGAAGUGAGUUUAAAAUAAAGCAAUUUUCCACCGCCCUGAACCAGGAGCGGGCUGUCAGAAUUGACGUUCUGAAGUGUAUCCAGCUCGACAGUUAGUUAAAAGAAGGGUAACAUUUUGAUUCUACUGUUGCCUCUUGAAUUUGGAAGGGGGAAUUUUGGAUAAAGUGUUUCUGGAAAAAGAAAGAUUGUUGCUGUUGCUUUUAUUCCUUUAAAAAAAAAAAAUCCAUCUAGUGGAAUUUAGUGAAAUUGCAACGCAGAGAGAUUAAAAGAGAAGGACUAUUGGACUAUUCUUGUGGGAAAGAAUUUUCUUUGACCUUGAAGGACAAUGCUAGUACAAAGGCUUGAACAAUUGUUCCUGGAAGGUUUUUCAAAACUAAGUGCCCAGCUGGACCAGAUGCGUCAGGAGACGACCUUGAUGAUGGAAGUUACCAGAGCACAGCAGCAAACAAAUGAAAUUCAGUUAAAGGCUAUACAAGCAUAUGAACCUGCUGUAGUGACGGAGGCUUCAGAGAUGGAGGGACCUUUGGACGGGCAAGAUCAGCCUUUGAACUUGAUAAAUGAACUUGGGACAAACCAGAUUCGGAAAGAUGAAAUGUGGUCAGAUUUGGAAAUGGGGGGAUGGAUCGACCCCACUCCAUAUGGUUAUUUGGACCUUCCGAGUCUGGUGAUGGGCUGUCAGAGGAUUGGAGUAGCCGAAGUCUCCAAGCUUUGUGGAAAUUUGAAGUGGUAUUAUUUGCUGUCUGGCUUGGGCAAUGGGUUUGGGAUGGACUUCCUGCAAAGGGUCAAAAGCAUUUUCUUGCUGGAGCAUCCACGACUGGAAAGGAAUCAUCAACAAGAGUGGCGAAAGGGGCAAGAAAGAGACUUGAGGGCCUCGGAUACGAGACAACCAGGUUAAGGAGCCGGAUUACCGAGGUUAAAAGGACUGACAAUCCCGGGUCCAGGGGAGGGGAGGUUGGAAGCUGACUGGACUGAAUUUGACUUAUUAUUUUUUCUUUUUUCUUUUUUAAUAUUGGGAAUGCUUACAAAUGUUUGAAGGAUGUUGAAUGUAACUACAUGGCUUAAGUAAGGAUUGGUAAAUGAUUCGUAAAAAGGUAAUGAUGCAAGAAUUUGGUAAAUAUUGAAUAUAAGCUAUGAGUUUUAAAGUUUUUAUAUGACAAGAGGGAAAAUAGAAUAAGGAAACGUAAUGACAGAUUGUUAUGAAAAAACAGAAAGGAUUUGCUGUAAAAAUUAAAAAUUAAGAAACAAAAGAGGGGAGGAGGAGGAAGUCUAGAAAGGAAGUCAAUAGAGAUUGUAAAGGACUUUAUAUUUUUGUUUUUCUGUUUCUCUUUUUUUUUUUUCUCUUUGCGGCUGGGUUUUCUUUUCUUUUUUGUUUAUGUACUAAUUUUGUUUUUUGUAUCCUUAAAUUUUUUUUUUUUGGAAAUUUUUGUUGUUAUUUUUUGAAAAUUCAAUAAAUAUCAACUAUAAAAAAAAAAAAGAAGUUUUGAUGUACCAGAGUGGACCGUCCUGGAAAAGAGAUGCAGGAAUGAGGAAGAUCGCCCAGUACUGGGGACAGAGGGCUGGAGAAUCAUGACAUAAAAAGCCGGACUGUCAGGAGCCAUGCUGUUUCUCUGGAGCUAUAAAAUCGAUUCCAUGCCCUCACCUCAGACACCUGUGAUGUCUCUACACAAAUGUGCAAAGUGUGGGGAACAAGCAAGAAGAACUUAAUUUCUUAAUACAGGAUGACAAAUAUGACCUAAUAGGCAUUACUGAAAACUGGUGGGAUGUGACUUGUGACUGGAAUAUAGAAAUUGAGAGGUAAAACCUGCUCAAAAGAAAGGAGGAGUAGCAGCAGUCCUUUUUUUCUGGGGGGACGCAUACCCCUAAACAUUUUGUGAAUCUUUGUACUUUUGUCCUUUUACUGUAUUUAUUUUCCCUGAUUUGAACUAUAAAAUGGUGUUUUCUUGAGUCAAAAUGAGAGUACCCCUGAACAUUUUUUUAGGGGAAAAAGCACUGAGUAGCAGCAUUAUAUGCAAAGGAUGUAUACAGUUGGGAAGAGUUCCAUGACCUGGGGCUUGGAAGGAAGAAUAGAUGGGUAAAAUAUAUAAGAGAGGGAAACAACAGUGACCUUGCUGUGGGUGUCUGCUACAGACCUUCAAGCCAUACUGAGGACUUGGAUUAUGCCUUCCUAGAGCAGAUUACCAAACAGUCAAAAAGGAGGGAUAUAGGAGACCUCAACUAUCCCCAUAUCUGCUGGAAGCAACAAGGGGAUCAUCUCAUCUUGGACCUGGUCCUCACCAACAGGGAGGAACUGAUUGAUGAAGUGGAUGCACUGGGAACUUUGGGAGGAAGUGAUCAUGUCCUCUUGGGUUUCAUUAUACAGAGGGAAGGGAAAGCUGAGUGUAGUCAGACAUGCACUCUGGACUUUAAGAAGGCUGGUUUCAAAAAGCUUGAGGAACUGUUGUAUGAAGUCCUACGGUAAGAAAUACUCAAAGUGAAGAAAGUCCAAGAUGGAUAGGAGUUUUUUGACAGUGAAAUACUGAAGGCACAAAGGCAGUCAAUUCCAACAAGAAAGAAAAGUGGGAGGCACCUAAAGAAACCAGUGUGGCUACAUAAGGAGCUUACAGAUGAGCUGAGAUUUUAAGAAGGUGAUGUGUAAGAAAUGGAAGAAAGGAGAAAUCGUGAAGGAAGAGUAUACAGAAGUAGCCAGCAGAUGCACGGUCAGGUGGGCCAAAGCUCAGAAUGAACUCAGACUUGCAAGAUAGUUAGGUUAAAAAUAAUAGAAAAGGUUUCUUCAGCUAUGUUCAAAGCAAGAGGAAAAACAAGCAAGUAGGUGGAGAAAUUGAGAAGAUGGAGAAGACAGAGGUGGGUGACAGAGAAGGCAGAACUGCUGAACAUCCACUGAAAGGGAAAGCAGUGCCUAUCCUGGGGAUAAAAGAAUAAAUGAUGCAAAGAGAGAGCUGCAGCCCAAUAUAGGAAAAGAGGUGGUAAUGGAACACCUGGCUGGUUUAAUGGGAUUGAAAUCUCCAGUGCCUGAUGUAAUCUCAGAGCUUCUGUCUAUAAUUCUUGAGAAUUUUUGGAGAACAAGUGGGGUCCUUGGGGUAGAAGCAAAUGUUGCCCCUAUCUUAAAGGGGGGGGGAGAAGACCCAGGUAACUAUCAGCUAGGAAGCUUGCCAUCAGGCAGGUACCUUCACUAUAUUCUUUUCAGAGCCUGUCCAGACAUGUAGGAGUUACAUAUAUUUCAUUUCAUUUUAGCUAACGUUGAUUUUAAUAAUCUUUUAAAUAAUUUUGUAUACCAGUUUUUAAAUAUAUUUAUUGAUAAUUUCAAAGUUUAUUUUACAUUUUCCUAAACUGCUUAGAGGUCUUCCUACAACCAAGCACUAUAUAAAUUCUGUUAGAUAAAUUAAAUAAAAUUUUAAGUCAUUUCUGAUUUUGUGAUUGGCUUUUAACUGAUUAUAUCUCUGGAUAAUUUCUUGAGUAUUGUGUUUUAAUUAAGCAGUAUAUAAAUUGUCUAAACAUAUAAAUAUUUCCCAGCCAAUACCACACCACUUCAUGCUUUCUGCAUGGAAGGAAUCCUUUCUACAAUGGCUGAGCAACUCAGCUGCAUUGCAAAUGUUUCUAGGAUAUAUUAUGGGGCGGGGGUAGCCCACAUGGUACCCUCCAGAUGUUGCUGGGUUUCAGCUCCUGUCCUCCCUGAUCACUGGCCUUGCUGGCUGCUGGAGCUGCUGGUAAUUGUAGCCCAACAACAUCUAGAGGACAUCUCAUUGGCUAUCCCUAUUCUAGAGUGUAGUCUCAAUUCACAUGUUCUUGGGAGUGCCAUGUACGAACUUCGAAUGCAUUCUAGUUAUAAUUUGCACCCAAAACUCAAAUGCAGCUGAUGAGUAAUGAUGGGCAAAAUGUAUUUCACGAACACUUGUCUGCCAUUAAUGAUGUUUGAAUGGAAGAAUCCCUGGGGAGCUUCUGAAAGACCCUCUGCCCCGAUUUCCCAGAAACACAGUUUGUAUAUACAUUGCUCUGUGCAAGCGGUGUAUACUGGUGUGAGCCCAUCCCAUAGGCAACUCAGGUUCUUUCAGUCACAUAUUUCUGUUUUCUUCCAAGGCAAUUAUUUUGUUUACGACUACAGAGCUGCUGGACCUUUUUUAAAUGCUUAUUUGUGCUGGUGUUGGUUUCAUUUUCCAAUCUGGGUGCUGUUGAAAUGCUUAUUCCAUCUAACCAACUUUGAAUGAUUUCAUUUGACAUCAGUUGCGGUGUUUUCUGCCUUUUCUUUGUGUGUUGUGCAUGUUUUGCUUGAUUUUAUUUGAUUUUUGCACCCUGUUCAUCUCACCAUGCUCUAUGUCCAUUUGGUCUAAUAUUUUUGAUUUCCCUGUUUCGUCUCCGUAGCGGAUGUUGUUCAGUCUCAUGGUGGCAUCUUCAUGGAAAGUGCAUCCCCUUCGGCUCCCAUUUCAGCCCCCCAAUUCAGGGGCUUCCGGAGAGCCAGCGAGGCCAGCAUUGCCAGCCAGGUCUCGGGAAUGGCAGACAGUUACACUGCUUCCAACAUAGCCAACAGUAAGUGUUCCUCCCCCCUGGAAAUGUCGUCCUUUCCCACUAGCUCCCCCACACCAGGUCUCUGAGCAGCUUGAAGGAUUGACCGAUGUCCUGUCCUGCUUCAUUCUUGUCAUUGAGAUUCUGGGGUCUCCAAACUGCAGGCCUAAAAGAACAAGCAUUCUCAUCUGAAAAGAAGGAGGGUCUGGGCUGCAAUCUGGUUUCACUUCAGUGCUCCUUCAGUUCUUUUAAUACUUAUUUAUUCAAAGUGCUGCGCAUGCAUCAUCUGAUUGAAAUCCUCACACCAUCCCUGUAAGGUAAGUCAGUGUUGUUCUCCUCCAUAUUGCAAAUGGAGAGAUUGGGAGUGAGCUAGAGUGUCUUGCCUAAGGCCACGUCAUCCGGACACAGGCAAGAGUCAAACCAGGGGCUUGCUGAUUCAUAGCUCAGGUUUCUCUAGCCAUUAUUUCUACACCAGCUCUUUGCAUCUCACGGAUCAGAUGUUGGAGCUGUUCCAUAUCUGAAACACAUAUAUACAAACGCGCGCGCGCACACACACACACUCACAAAGGUACACAUGUAGUACUUUCUUAGGUUAUCACCUCAUUAAAGACACCUUAGUUGAUAAUACUAUGGGUUUGAAUUAAUUAGUUGCAGAGUUAAAUAUUUCUUAUGGUUAUGACUAAAACGCUUUUACUUUUUUAAGGAAAGAAAACAGUCUGUCCGUAAACUUCUCCAUCCUACCUGCAAGCAGCAUUUGAGGCAACGGCGGGGGUUGGGGGCAGUUGGGGGAGGAAAUGACAUAGGAAGUUGCCUGGAUGCUUAGAUCAUUGGUGUGGAUGAUGGUGCCAGGAAGAACCACAGGUUGCUGGGAGCAGAGCUAGAGGUUCCACUGCCCUCUUCCACACACUUUGCCCCUUGAUGUGUAUGGUGUCUGUAGGGGAGGGGAUUACAGCUGUUUCUUAAACAGCCGGUGCUUUUCCUUCAUAGCCCCAUCACACUAUCAAAGGACAAAAAUUAAGUUGCAUUCUUUGCAUGACUUGUGUUUUAACAGGCGUGUGUUUUGUUUUUGUUUUGUCUUUCCCCCUAUCGUUUUAAAUGUUCCUUUUAGAAAACAAACACCAUCUCACCCAUUCCAGGGGGUUUAGCCUUCUAGCCCUGCUUGCCCUCCCACACAAGGCCCCCACCCAACCCUCGCCCAAAAGGCAUAGGGCACCUAAACCUGAAAUUUCCCAGAACCCCUUAGGAAGAAGGGUUGGGAGCUCCUCCCAUUGGGAAGUGGAUGCCAUUCUACAUAUCCCGGACCUGGACAUCGACAAAGGUAUUCUGGAGAGAGACAAGGGGAGCAAGAUGCAUCACUAACUAACCUCCUCUGUUGCUCUCUCCAGAGCCAAAUGGGUCUGCUUUUCAUGGGACUCCUUCACCAUCUUGGCAUAGUUUAAACAACACUUGCUUCCACUCUGCUUUGAUGACUAACUUUCUUGCCUCUAACAGCCACCUGCCUCUGUAGUGCACACUCUGGUUAAUUUUAAAAUCCUCUAUAGCACUUGCAGUACUGUUGCUGCUGUUUCUUAGGAGGAAGCACCUAUUAUUGACUGUCCUGUUCGGAGGAUCCCAAAAUCACAGCUUUGAACUGCAAAUAGAAAGCUGGAACACCUCCACUUAUGAGAUGGCUUUGGCUUGGGAGUAGAAAUAAUUGCAAGUUUGUUUUGAUAACUACUCCUCUCUUAUGUCAGAAUGUGGGGGGAAAGAAGUCUUUUUUGGCAGGAUUUUCCAGAAGUUUUGGUUUUCUUGCUGGUCUGGUACAACACAAUCUGUUCUAUGAUAGACAUCUGUGGUAAGGCAAAUAAAUAAAUUUGAGAAAUCCACCAGGACAAUUGAAGCUAUGCUGUCAGAAUGGGAAUUUAUGACCUCCAUGCAACUAAAUGGCAGUUCUCCUAACAGGACAAUGUUUGGUUUCCUCCUCUUGCCUUUGCACUGAAAUUCUAUAGCAAGGAGUCUAGAGAGGAUCUGCUGUGGGAAUUGGUGAGAUGAGGGGCAUCCUUUCUCAACAAUACACUUCCUGCCUUUUCUUUUGACACUCAGCAGCUUUUGAGAUGCUGUUGUUGAUUUAGAAAUUUGUAAGGGAAUGUGUGUUUUAAAAAUUAGACACCCAGAAAUUUGCAUAAGUUUGCAGGUGCUAAGGUGCCUCAGUGGUGGUCUCCUGACACAUAGCUGUAAUGAUAAGACAGGUAAGUGACAGACUGAAGUACAAUUUCCGCUUUUGUUCCUAAAGAACUUUGGUGCCCAGUUUAAUAUGUGGUUUGAACCCAGCUACCUCUGUUCCAGAGGCCAUGACAGGCUCUCUGUGCUGGCUGAGGCUGAUGGGAAGUUGUAGGCCAAAACAUCUGAAGGGCACCAGUUUGGGGGAAGCAUAAAAUGUUCUGAAACUUCUAAGAAUCACCAAUUAAUUUCUCCUCUCUUACUGUGGGACAUGGCCACGCUACAAAUCUAUAGUAGUUUCAUACUUGUUUAACUGCCACGGCUUCCCACAAAGAAUCCUAGGAAUCGCACUUGUGCUGACAAGACUGAGAAUGCUGUGCUACAAGUGAGAUCUGCAACCAAAUGCUGCAGCAUGGAGUGCUCCUGUUCAGAGUGCCAGCCAGCAGCCUCCUAGGAUACGUUGUCUCCUCCCCCCCCCCCCCCAAUUUUCUCCUUUCUUUACAGUUCUCCACCCCAUAGGCAGCACUGGCUAUGUUCAUCCUCACUGGCAUGUUGGAAGUAGGGGCUCGCCCCAAGAGUUUCCUCUUCUGCAACAUCAGGGUUCCCCUGAUAAUGUUGAUACCUUCCUCUGGUAUGUGAAUGGUCCCAGUUUGAUUACAUAAAGAUCAGCACUUCCCUCUGAAUGUGGCUGACAGGAGGAUUGAUUGAGCCUGACACCAGCACCACCCUGCCCUUCACAGCAGUUUGAGUUUCCAGGGUUUCUUGGGAGAGAGGCAGAUUUUUUUGAAGCAAAUGCAUAGUGAAGAAUACCAGUGAAGAAUCCUCUUGAGGUAUCCUCAGAGGAACACCGCAGUCCCCCACCCCUGCUUCAAGGUUUUUUGGAAGAUGCCAUGGCAAUUUAACUGAUAAGAAACCUGAUAUGAAUCCCGAGAAGUGGAGUUUGUUAUGGUUGCCGAGAGUUGUCAGGAGAGCUUCAAGAAAAACGCAGAGAGCAAAAUCAACCCCAGUAUAUGGCGUUUAUUGACCUGAAUAAGGCCUUCAACACUGUACUGCCCUGUGGACUGUCCUGAAAAUCGGCUGCCCAGAUAAAUUUUUGAACAUCCUUCGGCUCCUCCAUGAUAACAUGACGGCAACAAUCGCAGAUAACAAUGGCUCUCAAAAUGUACCAUUCACAGUGGGAUCAACGUCAUGUGUGCACACUCAAAGGAUGAUAUCCAAACCAUCCUAAAUAUCUUCACAGAAGCUUAUGAAAAUCUUGGUCUAUCACUCAGUAUCGAAAAAACCAAAGUGCUGCACCAACAAGCACAAAACAGCCUCUCUGCAGCGCCACAAAUCCAACUUAAUGGUGUAACAUUGGAAAGUGUCAAUUACUUUUCCUACCUGGGCCGUUACCUUUCCACAAGGGCCAGCAUUGAUGCCGAGAUCCAGCAUCGCCUGAGCUCUGCAAGUGCAGCUUUCUCCCGAUUGAAGCGCAGAGUGUUUGAGUGCGCAGGGAAACCAAAAUACUCAUUUUACAAAGCUAUUGUACUACCAACAUUACUGUACACUUGUGAAACAUGGACCACUUAUAAACACCAUUUCCAGAUCUUUGAAAAAUUCCAUCAACCGACUCUCCUCGGGAAUACAGGUGAACUAAUGCCAGUGUACUGCAAAAAGCAAAGAUCACCAGUUGAUUCUUCAGCAUCAACUUCUUUGGACUGGUCAUGUUGUUUGGAUGCCUGAUUACCGUCUUCCAAAGCAACCACUCUAUUCCCAACUCAAGAAUUGAAAGCGAAAUACCAGUGAAUAACAAAAUAGGUUUAAAGACACUCUCAGGGCAAACCUAAAAUAAUGUAACAUAAGCACUGAUAACUGGGAAACACUGGCCUGCAAGUGCUCCAAUUGGAGAACAGCCUUUACCAGCCUUUACCAAAGGUGUCAUGACUUUGAAGAAGCUUGAACUCAGGGCAAAAAGGAGAAAGAGGAAGGCACGUUUGGCAAACCCUCACUGUGAUCAACUCCUGCUUGGAAACCUGUGUCCCCACUGUGGAAGGAUGUGUGGAUCCAGAAUUGUCCUCCACAGUCACGUACUCACUGUUAAGACUGUGUUCAUGGAAGACAAUCUUCUUGGCUACGAGUGAUCACCAAAGAAGAAGAUGACUCCCUUCACAGAGCUACAAUUCCCAGGAUUCCCUGGGAAGAGGAAUGAAUUAUUAAACCAAAUUACACUUCCCAGGGUUCUUUAGGGGAAGCGAUGACUGUGUGAAGCAGUGUGACACUGCUUUAGUUGUAUAGUGGAGAUGGGGCCAAAGUUGUUACACCCAGAGAAAGAGAGUUUUCUGACAUUUUAGUUGGGAAAGCAAUGGGCCUGAAAUGUAGACUUGAAUUAUUUUUUACUUUUCUUUUCCAUGAAAGGAAUAAUUCAAAUGUUGGGGCUUUGUCUCCUUUUGUUUUGUUCCCAGUUGCUGCCAAAUGGUGGGGAACGAAAAGAAUAGACUAUGCUCUCUAUUGCCCCGAUGCCCUCACCGCCUUCCCUACGGUGGCCUUACCGCACCUUUUCCAUGCAAGCUACUGGGAGUCAACAGAUGUGGUUUCCUUCCUCCUCAGGCAGGUCAGUCCUAUUUGGUUUGCAAAUCUCCAGCAUACACAGGGACUGUGCUCAUACUCCCAUUUACUGUGCACUCACUGUGCUUCCAGCCCCGGUCUUUAAUCCAUGUUCACACAACAUUAUCCAAAACUCUUUGAUGUACUGUUUCUCAAGCCUGCUUCGCACCAGUUUGGAGCCCUUAAGUUCCUAGUCCAUCUCUAGCCAAGCCGUAGGGUAAAUGCAUCCCCUCCCUGUCAACAUCCUCUGUUGUGUACACAAACAGAAAUUAAUUUGACACUCAUGAAACCCUGCUGAUGUGAGCAGCCAGAGGGAUAGAGCGGUGAAACGAUUUCACUGCGUUCUAAUGUGAACACACCCUCAGUCCUCUGUUAGUAUUAAAUUGCAGAGGGAACUCACAGUUAUUCAAGGAAACUGGACACAGCUAAUUUAUCAUCAAUUUUGCUUUGCAUUUUUGCAAGCUGAAAAUAUCUGAUGCAAAGCUCCAAAUAUAAUGAAUGACUCUCCCUCUUAAUAAAUGUAGCUUAUGAUACCCUUGGCAAAGUGUUCAUAUUUCUAGUGCUCAUGAUGGUAGCGGGGGGGGGACUGUGGGGGCUUUGACUUAAGUAUUUGUGAGCAUGUGUGUGAUGUGACAUCUUCUAGCCUUCUUGCCUGCAUACCCCUCCCCUCACAAACUUUCUGUUAGUUUCAACUUUUCAGUAUCAUAACAAAAAAUAACUGGAACAAAAAUUCUGUAAAAGCAAAACCUCUAAGAUUGGCUAACUAAAAUAAAGCGUGCAGUUUAAAUGCAUGAAUGUUUUGCAUAGUUUAGGCCAGUUCAUGAAAUUCAUUACUUUUAAGCUGCAAUCCUAUAUGCAUUCGGCUAGGAGUAAGUCCCCCUGAAUUCAGCAGGCCUUGUUUCAGAAAAAGCCUUGUAUAGGAUUGCACUGUUCAUGGAGUUUUCUAGGCGCUUGCCAUCCUCAAUAUGAUAGAAUCAGGAAAAGGGGCAAGAGGAUAGAUUGGUCUCUGAAACACUUUCCUCCCAGAAUCCUGGAGCCAGAGUUGCCUUAGUUAGAUUGCUGAAUCUGCUGGAAUCUUAUGUCAUCCCAGGAAGUGUCUGGUGCUGCAGGGCUGAGUCAAGAGGUCAGUGGAUCUGGAGGCAAUGUGUGAUAAUAAUGCAUUUCUGAAGAAAAGAUUUCCCCAGAGCAGGGAGAAAAGGGUUGGGAUGCCAUCAGAAUGAGCACACAGCUUUAGCACGAGGACAGCAGACCAAAUGAUGACAUUUAGGAGAAAGCUUUUCCUGCUAUAGGAAUAAAACAUUUGCAGAAUGUGGCAGACAUGGCUGCACACAACUUCACUGUACUAGAAACACACAUACAUACUUCUCAUCCUGGAGUGAGCUGCAAGAAAGGGAUGGGUGAGUUUUGCAAGUGUUUCAGCAAAUCAGGGAAAAGCUGAGUACGAUGGGUUCUUAUAGGCUAGCACGUGUGAUGUCACCAGCAUGCUUUCCUCUAUCCCUAAAGCAGUUGUCAAACUGUUUUUUUAAUGUUCAUAAACUUACAUACAUUUUUAACAGAAGGAUAGGCAUAAAAGUAUACAUACUUUGUUUUAAAAUAUUUUUUUAAGUAUAUCCACUCCCUAAAACAAGUGGAGAGACAUUAAGAUUCAGAGACCUGAUCCAGCAUUCAAUUUGCAAGAAGCAUUACGAAUGGAAGGAAGUUUUGGAAGCUGCUGUGAAUGACCAUAGUUGAGGGCAUAAGCCACCACUGGGGUGCCAUCCCCUGCUAAAUAGAACAGGAAGAGCCAAACAGACUUUCUCCAGCAGAUGAGGUCCCCAGCAGCAGCAGCUUCCAAGAGUGGCCAUAUCUGUGGAGCUGAUAGGUAGUGCCUGCGUCAGGCAAAAACUGUGAUUGUGUUGGUGUUUCUGGUGUAGAACAGAGUGACGGUUGUGACAGCUGAAAGUAAUCAGGAUUGGACAUUGGACAAGUCUAAAAAAUAAUUGGUCUUUCAACUGACCAAUUGUCACCAGAUGUGCUAAAAUGUAAUGUUAAUUAUAUCAGCACAGUGACAUCAAAGACACUUCAGAGUGUUGCUUGUUGCCAUUAAUAAUUCAUUUAGCACUUUCAAUACGCAAAUGGAAACUCCAGCCGCAAUUGAAAGUGUUCUCCUGACCACUUCAAUUCUGCCCAUCUCUUAAUUGUUUUAAAUACCAUCUGCUCACACUCACCCCAUGGCUCUGUUUUAAUUAAUCCAGAAUAACUACCAGUUCUUUAAAAAUAAAAAUGGCAGAGGGAAAACGUAGGAGUACAAAAAACCAAACCUUUCCUUUUAAAUAAGUGCAGAACCCCAGCUAGUGCCACUCAGUUGUGCAACAUGUGCAAAGCACCUGGCCCCCAGUAAUGGAACAAAGGACAUUCAGAAACAGAUAUGGGUGCAAACAGGCUGCAACUUACACAAAAACAGGCUACAACAAGUUUGCAGGGUUGGCUAGGCAUAGGGCAAGAACUGGAUAUUGGAGAGCCCAUCUGGUGAUAACAGAAUUGUCCAGUGAUUUCAGCUGCUCCAGUGACUUCUGCUGCCACCAGAGCUAGGCAUCUUCCACUUGGCAAACAGAGUGUAGUAGAUUCUUGCACUUUGUGGAAAUCCCUGAUCAGGCUAUGCUUUCCUCAGGUGAUGAGGCACGAGAACGCCAGCAUCCUGGAGCUGGAUGGGAAGGAGGUCUCUGUCUUUACUCCUUCUAAGCCCAGGGAGAAGUGGCUUCGCAAGAGGACCCAUGUGAAGCUAAGGGUAAGGACAGUCUUCUGUUGUUUUUGAAAAAUUUAAUUUUAUUCUAUAUUGAAAGCAAUAUGCACUCCAUUUGGCCAGUCCAAGGGUUUCAUUAACACGAGUUAAUUCACUGGCUUCAUUGAGGAACACCUUCCCCCUCUAAGUCAUUGCUCCAUGGCUUUCUAGCAAAUUGCAUCUGGCAUUGAUUGUGUCACCAUGAAAAAAAGACAGUCGCUUGUGAAACUUGUUACUGAGCAUGAAACAAUUUUAUUUGUUUUAUUUGUAAAUGGUUCCUCUUCCUCCACUUUUUAAUCCUCAGUCUCAACAACCCUGUUAGGCUGAGAGUUAGGAACUGAUGCAAGGACACCCAGUGAGGUUCUUGACUUGAGCUGGCGCUUGAACCUGGAUCUCCCCAGUCCUUGUCUGACACCCCCACAUACAUCUUGCUGACUAGUUUAACCAUCAACCAUAUGCUUGUACCUCAGUGAUAGAGCACAUACUUUGCAUCCAAAAGAUUCCUGGUUCAAUUCUGCAUCUCCAGGUGUAGGUGAGGAAGACUCCUGUCUGAAACCCUCAAGAGCACCUCCUAGUCCAUAUAAACAGUACUGAGGUAGAUGAGCCAAUGGUCCAACUCUGUAAAAGGCAUAAGAAGUCCUAUAAGAUAUGUGGAAAUGAGGUCUCCUUGGCUGCCACUUAACAAUUUCAGUUGCCAUUCAUGCACUCCCAAGCCACUCAUGCAUAGGCAGGAUUUGAAAUAGGGACAUUGGCGCCAUCCUGCUCUUCCCCUCUGUGUUUCUUCUUCUCUUCUCCCGUUGAUGGGUGAGUGAUUUGCAGCCUGUCUUGCUUCUCAAAGCAUUCCACAUAUUGUACUCCAAUAUUUCCAAUAACUGAUUGGCGUCCAAUUUUAACAUUUUAUGUGUUUUUUAUUGUAUGGCUUAAUGUGCACUUGUUGUAAACCACUUCGAUUUUUUAAAAUGAAAUAUGUAAAUACAUAAACAUUUUACAAAUAAAUAUUUGUCAUUGUUGUUAUUUUAAAUGUUUAUGCCCUGCCUUCUAGAACAGUGUCUUCCUUAACUAUUUGUUCUCUGCACCAUGCACAUUGGUGGGUCUACAUAAGUAAAUAAAUAAAUAAUUGUGAUGCUGUGGUAAAGACACAGCACCCUCAGGCUGGUAGGUGAUGGACCUAACUUGCAGAAAGGACAGGCUUUGAAUCAUAGUAUUGUAGAGCUGGCAGGGACCCUGAGGGUAAUCUAGUCCAGACCCCUGCAAGUCAGGAAUCUCAAUAAAGUGACAGAUGGCAUCCCAACCUCUGCUUAAAAGCCUCCAAUGAAGGAGAGUCCAGCACCUUCUAAGGGAGUCCUUUCCACUGUCAAAACAGCUCUUGCCAUCAGAAAGUCCUUCCUGAUGUUUAGUCAGAAUCUCUUUUCUUGUAACUUGAAUCCAUUGCUUUGGCUCCUCACCUCCAGAGCAGGAAAAAACAAGCUUGUUUUUCUUUUCUUUAUAGAACGUCACAGCCAAUCACCGAAUAAAUGAUGCUAUUGCCAAUGAGGACGGACCCCAGAUGUUAACUGGAAGGUUUAUGUAUGGCCCAUUGGACAUGGUCACACUCACAGGAGAAAAGGUAUUGUUUGUUACAGAUCUAAUCGGAUCCCUUUAAAACAAAGAAGAAAAUAAAUGUUCCAUUUAUGUUUCUACAAUAACUUUUUGGUCAGAGUAUAAAUCUUAAAUGCCCAACUUGCAGUUAGAUUUAAUAUCUGGAUCAACUGAAACUGAAGUGUGCUUGGUGCUAUUCAACAUAAUCAGAACCUGAAGCCUGAUCAUCACACACACACACGCACACACACACACACACACACACACACACACACACACUAUAGAUGACCUGAAUCCAAGAGGUCUAUUGUCAAAUGAGGUCAUGCUGGCUGGGACUGGUGAGAAUUGUAAUCUAAGACAUCCACAAGGCACCAAGUUACUAUAUAGUGCUGCUAUGUAAUACUCUCUCUAUCAAUUAACUGGGUCUGCUUCUGUCUGCUCAGAAACUUGAUUUGUGACUUCAUAUAAGGUCACUUUUGCAAGUGAUACAGAGAAGGUGCUUUUGCCUCUGAUGUGCGCAUAGCAAAUAUUGUUAUUAGGGAUUGCUGCUGUCAUCCUUUUUCUUCUCUGUAGUUCCCAUGUUUACUCAGGCCAGGAUCCAAUAUUCAUAUUCUCUUUUUAUUAGGAGAAAUUGUUUAGGAAUGUCAAAUGUUUAGUGGUUCCAAACAAUCCCCCCCCCCCCCCGGACAACUUUAAAAUCGUUGAGGUUCUUGGCAGACCACCUCAUUGUUUUUCUGUCUCUUAUAGCAAUUGCAGUGUGCUGUGCUAGAUGCUGUUUGAUUUUUAAUCACAUUUGUGUUGUUUCUUUUAUUGCUUAUAUUGUAUUUGCUUGCAUUACAGUUCAAAUUCCAUAAAUUCAAAUUGUAUGUGUUCUUCACUAACCACCUGAGAACCACUAAUGGUCCACAGACCACAGUUUGAGAAGCCCUGUCUUCAUUGUAGGAUAAAAUGAGCACCUUUUCUGCAUUGUACUUGGCAGGAAUGGUGGCAUGUAUAUAUUUAUUUGUUAUAAUUGGCGUCCUGUUUUUUCACCAAAGGCGCACACUCAGCCUUGCUUCAGGGUGUUUGAAAUUAGUCUUGAGGCUAAUAUUGGAAGGGAUCAUAAGAGUGCUAGAGGAGAGAGUAACACCCUCAGUGUUCAGGGUGCUCUGCAAAGUAACCUAAGCGUUAGAUAAAUGUCAAAUGUCCCCAAGGAGUUCAUAGUCUUCAUUUCAAAAAUGGAAGAGACAUAGCUUAAACCUCGGUAUACAAUUGAUCCACCCCCCUCAUUAUAACUGCCCUGAGAUCUACAGGUAUAGGGCGGUAUACAUUUUCCCCCCUGUGUACCGCCCUGACAUUUUAGGAUGAAGGGUGGUAUAUAAAUAUAAUUAAUUAAUAAUAAAUUAAUAAAUUUAACAAAUUAUUAUUUUUAUUAUAGUCUGUUAUGAUUGGCAGUGACUCUCGUAAGAUCUCAGGCGCUGGAAGUUAUUCCUGGCCCUGCUACCUAAGAUACUUUUAAUACUGUGUGCAGACAUGCUGAAGACCAUAGAUAGUAGACAAAGAAGAUAGUAGACAAAGAAUGAAUGUCCUGAAACCCUGAAAUCAGAACAAGAUAAUUUGCUAGAUUGUUACUUGCUACGCAUGUUCAUGAUUCCACAUACUUCUUCCUCCCAAUUUCCUUUGUGCCAUAGGUGGAUAUCCAUAUCAUGACACAACCCCCAUCAGGAGAAUGGGCUUACUUUGACACAGAGGUCACCAACAGCAGUGGUAGGAUUUCCUACGUUAUCCCCGAAAACAGGCGGCUGGGCAUUGGCGUGUAUCCUGUCAAGAUGGUGGUCAGGUAAGUUUUGCUGCAGGAUGUUUGGCUUCUGCAUCCCUUUAUAAGUAACUUGAACUUGGAGCUACAAUGUUUGAGGGCAAGGGACUGGCCCAAACAUGUUUGCUCCCUGAUCAGUCUCUUAACUAACUCAGUACCUCCCUUUUCCCUUUUCCUUUAGAGGCGACCACACGUAUGCCGACAGCUACAUCACUGUUCUGCCCAGGGGGACUGAGUUUGUGGUCUUCAGCAUUGACGGUUCCUUUGCAGCCAGUGUUUCAAUCAUGGGCAGUGACCCCAAAGUCAGAGCUGGAGCAGUUGAUGUAGUACGGUAUGAAGGAUUUGGAAAUGCUUUGGGUCUGCAGUUGUGCUUUGGAGUGCAAAAUUAUGAAAAUAUCCCCUUUCAUUUUUAAAAGGGAAGUUGCUGACCCUCAGGGUUUCAGGGAGAAACCUUAAUUAUAGCAUAUGCUUUUGUGAGCCAGGGUCCAUUAGAGUCAUGAAGUAUUUGUCCUGAGGGGUUGAUAUGUACAUAAAAUAGGGGGGUGGGAAUCCAGACAGUGACAAUUCACAAAACUGUGUUAGCAGUAACAUAAAUAUUCUGGCAUUAAAGGUAAAGGUAAAGGUACCCCUGCCCGUACGGGCCAGUCAUGUCCGACUCUAGGGUUGUGCGCCCAUCUCACUUAAGAGGCCGGGGGCCAGCGCUGUCUGCAGACACUUCCGGGUCACGUGGCCAGCGUGACAAGCUGCAUCUGACGAGCCAGCGCAGCACACGGAAACGCCGUUUACCUUCCCGCUAGUAAGCGGUCCCUAUUUAUCUACUUGCACCCGGGGGUGCUUUCGAACUGCUAGGUUGGCAGGCGCUGGGACCGAGCAACGGGAGCGCACCCCACCGUGGGGAUUCGAACCGCCGACCUGACGAUCGGCAAGUCUAGGCGCUGAGGUUUUACCCACAGCGCCACCUGCGUCCCUAUUCUGGCAUUAGUGGGCUAAUUAUCGUAUAUUGGAUGGUUCUCUCCUCCUUUGCCACAUAUUAAAGAGCUACUUUUGUUUCGUGGCACAAAUACUCUGAAAUCUAGGACUCCUGUCUCCCCACUGUUAAUAAUAAAAUAGUGGGGGGGUUAAAAUAGCAUUCUUUGUUCCAGGGGCAUAACUUCUUCAUAGCACAUCCCUGUUCCAAGGCCCCCUUUCUGUGGCCUGAGACUCUUAGAGAUGAUGGUUUCCCCACCCAAGUUUCUUGGGGUUCCAAAAUUUAUUUCCUGGUCCUUUUAGUUGCACAUACAAAAAGAUCUGAGAACACAAAAUGAGAAAAGAUGAGAUUGGAAAGUAGGUUACAAAUGUCCUGAAUGAAUUUAGCAAAUAUAUCCAAUUUAAGAAUGAAAGACUAGGAUAAUAUGUUUACAAAAGGUAUUUGUGGGGAUAGAAGAGCAAGCAUUUAUUUCUCCUUUAUUUGUUACAAAGUGCUGUGCAAGGGAAUAAAUAUUACAGAAAUUUCUAUUGAUCACUUAGCUUCACAUAUAGCAGCUUCAGCAGGCUGGCUCCUGGCAAAAUCUUCUCUAUAUUUGUGGACAGCUAAGAUUCCACUUCCAUCUCAGUUGUUAGUAAAAAAGAAAAGAAAAGAAAGGGCAUGUUCUCUCUUGUGCUAAGGGACUUAUUUCCCAGGACUUAGGGAGCGGCCGCUGCUUGGUGGGGGAAGGGCCUUGCAGGCAGAAGCUCCCAGGUUCAUUCUCUGAAAUCAUGAUUUAGGUCUGGGAGUUUCCCGGCCUAACUCAACAUAAGGCAGCUUCUUGUGUUGGUUAUAAGUUGGGGGAAGGUGCAAACAAAGCACCUAUUGGCAACACUUGGAGAGUUUUCCUCUGAAAUCAUCUCGUCAGAAGCAUUUCUAAUACAAAUAGGCUCGUGAAUGUGCCAAGAUGGUUCAGGACUACGGCAGCGGGCAAAUGGUUCCCUUCCCACUCCCCCUUGCCAGAUCCCCAGCCUGUAAUGUGCUGCAUACAUCCUCCCUCCCUCCUGUUCUUAUUAAUUGUUUUCUCCCUUCCCCUUCUUAGGCACUGGCAAGACCUUGGCUACCUCAUUAUCUACGUCACGGGCCGGCCUGACAUGCAGAAGCAACGGGUGGUUGCCUGGUUAGCACAGCACAACUUCCCCCAUGGGAUCGUCUCGUUCUGCGAUGGUCUGGUUCACGACCCACUGCGGCACAAGGCCAACUUCCUGAAGUCCCUACUCACAGACGUAAGCAAGCAGAGCAGGGUUCAUUCUCUCUCUCUUUCUCAACAGGUUUAGGGAAAACUUCUCAAAGGCCCAGAGGCUGUGUCUAUCCAAACAGUGCACGGAAAUAUCUGUGGGUAGGGUGGGGAGGUGUCAUCCUGAAGCAAACUAAGUAUCCAACAGAUACUGGAAGAUUUUUGGUGAUGUUCCAGGCACUGGCCAGUUGUUAGCGAAGUCACUUAAAUGCAGCAAACAGAGUCCAGAAAGAAAAGAAACUGAUAAUACUUUGGGGAAUAGAAAACCCCCGGAAUAUCAUAUGAGGAGAAAUAGAGAGGUGUUCUGUCUUUCUUAGUAGCUAAGCUCUAGUCCAUAACAGGAAUAUUUACUAUUGCAGAGGAGAAUUCCCUCAGAACUAAUCAGCUGAUCAGAACCUCUUAAACAUCUAACGAACACAGUUUUGACAAACUCGGUUCACUGAGCUUCAAUUUUUAACCAUAGUUCAUAGAAUCGUAGAGUUGGAAGGGAUUACAAGGGUCACCCCCAACAAUGCAGGAAUCUCAACAGAAGCAUCCAUGACUGAUGGCCAUCCAACCUCUUCAUUACAUCCACCUGAGACAUUUUAACUAGGGAUGCAAGAGCAUCCAUUCAUUUUCCCAAAAAGGUGCUGUGGAUGGUGUAUGUUCUAAGUGAGCAUGUGCGAAAUCCCUCCAAAAGCGCUGAGCACUCUCCUCCACCUCCCUCUUCCCCUGCCAGUAGACAAAGAAACUUCCCUUUGGGCAGGCAAGGAAGAAGCAGAGGUGGCGGCUGCAGGCUGUGGGGCCGUUGCCCAGUUAGGCAAUGUUAGACUCCAAGUGUCUUCAGAGGCUCUUUGGUAAUAGAAAUAGGAAAAUGUGUCAGGUUCAAGUUUCUCUCUGUUUCUCAUUUUUCCAUUCUUCAGUUCUCAACAAUGCAACAUCAGUUUGCAACUUCUAAAAAAGAAGCCUGAUGAAAAUUCAUCAUUUUAGUGCAGAUUUCUCUUUCAAUAUACAGUGGUACCUCUGGUUGCGCACAGUUCCGGAGCUCCGGUCAGAUCCCGAGCAAUUUGUGACCGGAGGUGCUGCUUCUGCGCAUGCAUGCGGCGUGGUAGAGCGCUUCUGCACAUGCGCGCGCAGCAAAACCCACAAAAAUACUUCCGGGUUUGCUGCGUUCACAUCCUGAAGGAUACACAACUAGAGGUGUGCAUAUGCAGAGGUACCACUGUACACAUUUUAAUGCACUUUUGUCUAAUGUACACAAAGCAGUUUUAUAAUAUCUUUUUUGCAUGAGAUUUUAUAAUAUACACAUUUUUAUGCAGCUUUUAUUAUAAGCACAUUACUUUUAUUUAUCUAUUUUCAUAUGCCGCUAUUCAUAAAAAAAAUCAGAGUGAUUUACAGCAUGUAUACUUGGCCAGACUGCUCAUCUUGGUAGGUGAAGCCCUGGAAUGAUGCCCCCAAACUCUGCCCAAAGUGGCACCACUUCUGGGCAGGCUGUGACCAAGACCCCUCGCUGUGCCCUUCCCAGAUGGAAGGCCCUGAAGCAGCAGCUGCUGCUGGCACCGCUGCCUUCCUCCUGGCCCAGCGUAAGUUACUGGGGGAAAUUGUGCCGGUGGGCUUGCAGGAUCAGGGUGAACCUUGUGAACACCAGUCCUGCUUUUGAGCAUUCAAGGAGGGUGUUGGCCUUCCCGAGCACUUCUCCUCAAAUGCAUCCUUACUCUUAACAUUACAACCUUUUCCCAAGGCAUCCUACAAAAGAUGCUACAUUGCAACAUCUUUGUGUGAAAACCAAGGGUCUGGUGCUAUUCCAGAGGGUACAUUUCCCUCCCAGUUGCCAAUGAUUUGCCUUUUCUUGCCCCACACCCUGCAGCUAGACAUGAAGAUCCAUGCGGCCUAUGGAUCCACCAAGGAUGUCUCGGUCUACACCUCCAUCAGCCUGCCGCCUAUGCAGAUCUACAUUGUUGGGCGGCCAACCAAGAAGUUACAGAACCAUUGUCAGGUAACCUCAGAAUUCAGAUGCUUUCACAAGGGAUAGAUAAGUGCCUGUAUGGUGAAGCUGGGGGUGCAGCCUAUCCAAGCCCUACAGCUGUGCCACUCAGCGGUGUAGCUAGCCGCUCGGGCGCCUGGGGUGGCUCCUGUGCCUGGAGGCAGGGCAGGGUAAGCCGGGGCAGGGCGUGCUGCACGGAGCCUCCAAGGAGUCUGCUCACUGCCUCCCCCUCAGCUGUAGGGCAGCAGAGGGGGAGGCGGUGAGCAGACGCAAAGCCGCACACUGCCAUUUUGGGCAGCACGGAGCCUGCAGGUGCCUGAGCCACCGAAGAAGAAGAAGAAGAAGAAGAAGAAGAAGAAGAAGAAGAAGAAGAAGAAGAAGAAGAAUUAAUUUUUUUAUUAUUUAUAUCCCGCCCUCCACAGCCGAAGUCAGGCUCAGAGCGGCUAACAACAAUAAAAGUAACACAGCAUUCUAAAAUCAGAACGUUCCACCAGAUUGGGGCCACAGCCGAAAAAGCCCUGGCUCUGGAUGAGGCCAGUCUAAGCUCCCUGUGGCCCAGGACCUCCAAGAUGUUAUUGUUUGAAGACCGUAAGGUCCUCUGUGGGACAUACCAGGAGAGGCGGUAUGAGAGAUGGUCCCGUAGGUACGAGGGUCCUAGGCCGUAUAGGGCUUUAAAGGUUAAAACCAGCACCUUAAACCUGAUCCUGUACUCCAUCGGGAGCCAGUGCAUCACAUCACUCCCAGAGGAGAUGUGUGGCUCAGGCAUGCUGCAGGCCCCACGGUCAGUGCUGCCCCAGUGGUGUGGUCGCCAAGUGCCCAUUCCCCCCCCCCCAGCUAUGCCUCUGGUGCCACUUCUGUGUCAGUGGGGCUCACGAGAAGUGGCUCCGAAGAGAUACCCAGAGAAGAUGUAGAGGAGGGUGGCAUUUUGGAGCACCAGCAGUCUAGCACAGAUCUUACCUUUAUGGUGCCAUCUUUGUUGGCAUGGAGGAGAGGAAUGGUGGAAAGAAAGCCAAGCAUCUCUUGAGGUAGUUGCAGAAGUGACUGUAGCUCAGAGGUAGAGCAUCUGCUCUGCAUACAGAAAAUUCCAGCUUCUUCAGUCUUCAGCAUCUUCAUGUCAGGUUGGGAGAGACCCCUGCCUAAAACCGCUGCCAGAGCUAAAUGCACCAAAUGCUGACUCCAUAUAAGGUAUCUGCCUCAUCUAUGGAGAGACAAAAACGGACCCAGUCAGGGGAUGCGCAGGAAAAGCAGGCAAGUAGCCCAGUAGGCCUGGAACAAGAUGGGAAGUCAUUGGAUAGGGGAGAAGCAGCAAGCCUGCCUAUGCCUUGCCUGGCUAUGUGCCUUUCUGAAAACAGAAGCAUAUUUCAGUCAAAAUUUUCAGGGGAUCAGUGUUACAUUUGUACUAUCAAGAUUUACCAGUGUGCUUUAAGAGAUUUUUAAAAUUUUUGAUUUGGGUCUUUUAAUAGCAUGGUCUAAGCUUAGGCGAUGGAGAACUGAGUACGCAGAUCUUGUACACUUCCUUGGAAUCCAUUUGAUGAAACACAGUUUAGACAUAUAUUAUAUUAAAUAAAAUACAUAUAUACACAAAGUGUAUCAAAGAUGAAUAAUGGCCAUUGCAGAAACAGCAUUAAUAUGUUUAGCAAAUUUGCUUAUUUGGGUUGACAUUUAGAUGACUUUUUGCUGAAUAACUUAUCCUGGUGCACAUACAAGUAAGUUGGUUGCCUAUAUUGUUUUGCCAGCUGCUGAGGAGAUUUUGGUGCCUGCUUCUCAAUUUCUAAACUAGUGUGUCAGAGAGACUUCUCCUUGACACUUGGCAGGAAGGUAGAGAUGACCAGCUUAUGGAGGGGUUCACACAUUCCACUUACCCCGCUUCAGCAGUGAGAACCACAUCCUGUAUGGCAGAUUAUUCUCUGGGUCUGGCAACCUGAGAUAAAUUUGUCACUUGGUAAACAGUUGCCUUGGCAGCAUCUGAAAUGGCAGCUGUGAAAUUGCAUUUGGCAAUGAAACUAGACUGAAGUUUUGGACUGCAGAUGUCUUCCAAAAAUAAGCUUUCAUUUUAAUUAAAUUUGCAGUUCAUUACCGAGGGAUACGCAGCCCACCUGGCCCAGCUGGAAUACACCCAUCGCUCCCGCCCCGCCAAGAACACCACCCGGAUGGCUCUUCGGAAAGGCAGCUUUGGCCUCCCGGGCCAAACGGAAUUCCUGCGCAAGAGGAACCACUUGCUGCGCACCAUCUCCUCUCAGCCAGCCACGGCAGCCAGCGGAAGCAGUGGCUACAGGCCGGAGCGAACCCAGAGUCAGUCAGAGAGUGACCGGGAGAGGGAGAGGGAGCGCAGCCAGAGGAGCAUGAGCCUUGCCACAGGGUGCUGGGGCCGGAGCACAGCCUCCAGACUGGAGCCGGGGGGCCUGGGGCAGAAGUAG